AGAAGCGGCGCGAUCAUGGCGGAGCGCGGUCAGCUCCCUCCCCCCGCCAAGCGCCUCUGUUGCAGACCCGGCUACGGCGUCGGGUGCAGGCCGGGCCAGCGAGCGGGCGGCGGCGUCGAAGGCGGCCUGGGCGGCGUGGGCGGCGGCGGGUCGCUCUGCAUGGCGGGGCCUUCGUCGGCCGCGGUGGCCGCCGCCUCGUCGGCCGCCGCCGCUUUCCCCCCUGCCCUGGCCGCCGCCUAUGCCGCGCUGGGGGUGCUGCCGUUGGGCAAGACGCAGAGCCCGGAGUCGCUGCUGGACAUCGCGGCGCGGCGGGUGGCGGAGAAGUGGCCGUUCCAGCGGGUGGAGGAGCGCUUCGAGCGCAUCCCGGAGCCCGUGCAGCGCCGCAUCGUCUACUGGUCCUUCCCCCGCAGCGAGAGGGAGAUCUGCAUGUACUCCUCCUUCAACACCGGCGCUGCUGCCGAGGACGCCGCCGCCAGCAACCCCGCAGCCGCCGCGCCCGGCGGGGGAUCUAACGCCGUCGGGUCCACGGGCACCGCGGGGGGCACCGCCUCGGCCGCGACCGCCGCAUCCAACAACAACAGCGGGGGAGGAGGCGCCGGAGGAGGAGGCGGCGGUGGUGGCGGAGGCGGCAGCACCGCGCCCGGCGGCGGAGGAGCAGCGGACGCCGCUGGCGACGAGAACCGGCUGCCCUUCCGCAGGGGCAUUGCUUUGCUCGACGGCGGCUGCGUCGACAACGUCCUGCAAGUCGGUGAGUCACUCGGUCGUUGGGGGGCAGGGUGGGGUGGGACCGAGGGGGAGGGCGAGGGCUUGUUUCCUCUCUCUUUUCCACCCCCUUCCUUUCCAGUCACUGGGUUUUGGGUCACGGUCUCUUCUCCUCCCACAUUCUCCAAACAUGACACCCCCCCCCGCUCAUCCACCUGUGCAGUCAUGCCGUCCUUGCUCCCUCCUCGUCUGAUACUCCCAAGCUCUUUCUCCCACCGCACCUGCCUCCCAUAGUUAAAGACACAUUUUUCUUUUUCUAGACGUUAAACUCCUCCUCCCUGCUCGCCUCUCUAACCUAGCACCCUAAGAGUCUAAGUCCAUCCCCGCAGCUUCCUCUCCCUGGCACACAUGUCGCUAGCCUUAGCUAGCCUUUUCUCUUUCUCUCCCUUUAAGUCUCCUACUGUUAAGCUGUCCUGUUUAAUCGUUAUUCCGCUUUUGCCUCCAGGCAGUCUCUUCACCCCCGCAGGAUUUCCUUGGGCUCCCCCCCCCCCAGGAAAAAACAUACCCAGGAUUAUCCCAGAACAUUAUAAUCCUGCACUAGUAACUCGUCCCCUCCUUCUCUGCCCCCUCCUUCCAGCUUCUGCUGACUGUGUGAUCAAAAUACCCUGAAACAUAAUAAGAGAUGCUCCUGUCCGUUUUAUUUCUCUUUCCCCUUCUCCUCUCCCCACACCGCCCGCCCAACCUCGACCCGAAGCAUCAGGGAGUGCGAAUGGAAGUGAAUCAGCAGAGGGAGCCCCCAGGGAAAGUGCGGGGGAAAGGGAACAGGAAUACCUCCUUAUCGCUAAACAAAGACAUUUCUAGGACAGUGGCAAUUGAGAAGGAGACGCAAUCUCCCACUGGCUUUGCACAGACUUCUUGGAUGCUCAUGUGGCCAGUCUGUAUGUCCCCAUCCUCCUAGAUUUUGUUAUUGGUGGCACUGGGGGUAGGUCAUUGGGUCGUAAAGCUGUCAGAUUGCUGAUGAAACUGGGACUGAAAGGAGGUCUGUCUGCGAUGAAAGUGGGGGGGGGGGGAGAGAGAGAAGAGAGCUGGCUGCCUGCCUAGGGGGAAUGCUGUGCAGGAAGGCAGAACCAUCUUCAAAUGCUGCCAAAUAGCUUCAGGAUAUAGCAGGGUUUUUCCGUCUCCUUUUCUUGAUGGGAGGAAAUGCUGAUUUUUCUAUGAAAUAAUCCUCUUCUCCCCUGUUUAUACCGAUCCUGAUUCUCUGUGGUGGAGAGUUUCCAUUCAUUGCAUUUAACUCCUCCCUUCUUUGAAUCAAAGGGCACUGGAGGUGGUUCUGCUUCACCAUUCCAUCCAUCUCGAGUGGGAGGCUGGCAAGGGAUUACUUCUGUCAUGAAGGGGGGGGGCUGGGUUUCCGUGUCUGGCUUUACCCAUUUCUCCUUUCUGGUUCCAAAGUCUCUCCUUGGAGAAACAGGCAGAUGUGUGGUUUAUUUCCCUUUUAAAACUUCCUGCUCAGGGUGAGGUUCUCAGUGGAGCUGAAUCUUUUUGUUGCAUUUUUAAAGAGGGUUAUGUUUUGGCUGCACAUCACCAAUGCCUUCAGGAAAUUCCCCUUGGAGGGAGGACCUGGCACCUCGCUCAUUUUCAUGUUUGUGUCCUUUUCAGCUCGCUCUCUGUGUUGGUGUGUUGCUCAAUGAAAAGGGGGAACCAAACAAAAGAGUCUCUUUCAUUGCUUUUCACUGCCUGCAAAACAGCAAGGAUCUGACAAAGGGGAAGGAGAUCUGGAGAUUUUAAAGCUGCACAGCUCAGUUUUUCAUCUACUCAGUUUUGCUCAGCUUCCUCUCUCAAGAAAUUUAAAUUCCAGCUGCGUGUUUGGGGUGUGUAUGUUUCUUCACCCUUUGCCUGCUGGCUUUUGAACAUGGAUGGAGUGUCUUUUUUCUUUCUUUUUUAAAGUGUGCUGAAACCCACAAAGCUCAACAUCAUAGUUCCUCCUCCACAAGAUCACCUUUUACUGGUGAUGUUUAAAGAUGUGGACAUGUCUAGCAAUUCAAAUUUUAAUGUAGUCAUGCCUGUGGACGAGUGUGUGGUGCCCUUCUCUUUUUCCUGCAAAUGAUUUAGCUUUGGGCACUCCUCUAAGUUCUAAUUAACAUUCCUCAGACUUCUGGAUCUGUCUUUUUAGUAGGGGUUUGAGGCAUCUCUCUUUUUCCUGGUGGCACCACCAGAGCUGCGUCUCUUCUGGUUUGGCUGGCAUUGCCAAGAGCUUGUUUUUGCCUCUGCUUGACUCCACUUGCAAGGGAUGAGGAAUGACAGGAGUGCACAUAGGGAGGGUUUUUUUGGCUGAUUACAUUUAAGCUAGGAAUUCACUGUGAAAAUAAAGCCAAGGGGUGAUAAAUAAAAGAUGCAAUCUUCUCCAGGAGACAGACACCCAGCAUGGGCUUAGCUUUUGCUUGCUUUCAGCACUUAGAAGAGGCCUCAUUGAGAACUCCUGAAGGGAGGGGAAAAAUAACUUGUGCUGCUUCAAAAAGGGGAGGGCCCUUGAGUGAUGUUGGCAAAGGUCAAUGUGAACAGAGGAAAAUAUGCAUAAAUAGAACUUGUGUCCUCUGCUGCUUCUGGAACACUUAAAUAAAAAUGCAGUAAACGCUUUACACACUGGACACACACUUUCAUUUCUUCCUGACAUGAUGCUUUUGGAAACCAUCCAGGCUAUUAAUGUAUGGAAAAUUUGCAUUUCACAGCAGUGUUAAAAUGUGACUCUAUAUGGGGUGUGGUGAGCGACGAGCAUAACAGAUGCUGAAGUUUUCCAAAUUUCAAAUAUUUUCCUACAGCAAAUGUUGGGCUCAUUAAGAUUUGUGUAAAAAGGUUUUUUACACAGCGCAGAAACAGCCAGUGAAUAAGCCUCUGAGAUAGGUAGGACAUUGUGAAUCGUCCUCCUCCCAUGUUGCACUAGAUUUUUGUGAAUGGAUUUGAGAUAAUUGGCUUUGUGAACUGACUUUAUAAUGCACUGUUAGCAUUUUAUGUCGUAGCCUCCUUUGCUUUUGUUGCAAGUUCCCCUGGGGGCUGAUUGGUUGAAAGGUGGGGUAAGUAUAGCACUGUGCAAUGAGUGGCUUUGCGGAUUUCAGCAAUCAUCUAUUUGUAAUCUCCAGACUUCACGUCUAUAGUGUGUAUUUUAUCCACACAUUUCAAAUUCAGGGAAAGCAUUCUGAAAUGUUGCAAAAUGGUAUGGUCUGGGCAAGGUAUCUAUGAAUGCCGACUUACAUUCUAUUGAUAAUGAAGAGCUUAGAUUUGCUGGCUAUGCUUGUGUAAGUCAUUCAACCUUUUCCAUGAUAUAUAUUCUGAAAUCUGUGAAUGCACCGUGGUGAAUAUAGGAAACCGCCUUAAUACCAUUUUGGAUAAUUGAUCCGUUUAACUGUAUACUGUCUACACAGAUGAUGUACAGCGUUUCAGGCAUAUGUCUUUACCCAGCUGUGUACCUGCAGAUGCUAGGGAUUGAACCUGAAUGUUUCAUAUGCAAAGCCAGGUAUUGCUGACCUAUGAGCCCUAUUUCUUGUGUAAGCCCGCAUAUGUUAUUCUAAAUGUCUGUACAACCUCUGUUUUGGGAAAACCUCAUGCCGAAACCAUUGGUCAUGAUGAAAUAGUUUUACAUGUGUUUGCCACUUCACCCAGGUUCUUAAGAAGUUAGAAUUAUGUAUAACACAGAGAACCUAUUACAUUUGUUGAUUAUUACAUCAGAUUUCACACUCUGAACUCAUAAAUCUCUUGUAAACUCUUUCUCAAACAAUAAAUUGUUGCCAAGCCUACUACCUCAGAAUUUCUCAAAGCUAUAAAGACCAGUGCUUUAGACAGUAUGCCACCAUAUAAAGGAAAUACACAAAUACUAUAAAAUUCUGCCUCACUUCUUCAUGAAUAUAGGGCAAUGAAAGUCAUGUCCAUAUGGGAAUACGCUAUUACUAUUAUUAAUACAGACACACAUCUUUUGUAACCAUGGUUGCAUACUGUAUUAUCUGAAAGCAGCAACUGGGGUUGUUGGUUUUUUUUAAUCCCUUAGCAUUAAUUUUCAGGAAGGAAAACACAAAUACUCAUUUAUCAGAAACAUGGGUUUGGUAAUUAAGCAUCCUUCAGUGGGAAAAAUUUGGUUAGUUUCUGUAAAAGAAUUACAACAGCAAUUUUAAGUGAGCUAACAUUCAUAUUAACUUUUAGUGGUCAUACAUUAAAGUGCAGGUCUAGUAUCAGCAGAAUUGUGCAGCUUUGCAGCAAUUACAGUUGUUCAUAGGGAGAGGGGUGUGAUGUUUCUGCUAGUCGUAUCGAAUAAUAGGGAAUUUGCCAUUCCCUAGUAAAGAGCCAGACCAUGUGGAACAUCCAUUAAUUUACAAAUGGAACAAAUAGUUGUUUUUCCUUUCUGAUCUGUUUCCCAUGAAUAUGAAUACUUUGAAAUCCAUCAGGAUUUAUUUAGAACACCAAGCAGUUAUCUGCAUUUGUGGACCUUUGAGCAGCUUUACGUAUGUGUGGGAUAGCAGGUCUUAAUAUUUCUGAUGCAUGCAUGUUUGGUAUUUGUAUUUUGGUAUUUUAGUAAUCAUAAUAAUAAAUAAUAAAAUUGUAUUUUCAGUGUCUAAGCUCCGCUAUCAGUAAUUGUUUUCAGACUGUCACUACAAUUACAUUCUGUCUUACAUUUCUAUCUUGGCUAUUUCAGUUAAUGACUAUCUACCUUUGCUCCUCAGCAUUUAUUAAUUUCUGUGCUGGAUUUCUUGCUUCUGAAGAACUGUAGGCUAUGUCAUGUCAGCCCCAGUUGUAGCUAUGCUAUUGGAGCCAUGCCACAGUUGCAUCAUGGUUUGCUGGAGCCCUGCAUGUUUCUGAAACUGUCAGAAUGAAGUGUAGCUAGAGCUUACAGCAGGGCAGGUUUUGCUGCAGCAUUUCCCAGGCACAUUUCCACUCCCUCCCUGAGCCUUGCCAUUCUCCAUGUGUCUCCUGCCUGUGCUCCAAAUGCCAGUCCCUGCUUUAAAGCCGAGAAAAGAACUCAAUUUGUUUUUCUAAGGGAUUGGCAUAAUUAUUCUUUCUGCCUGUGUUCUGAUCUCAGGAGUGAGGAAUAAUUCCACUUCCAAUAAGACCUUAUAUAACUCCCCCCCCCCAACACAUUUGUUAUGUUGUCAUCACAGUAAAUUAUUUUCCAUGCUUUAGGUUUUAUAAGCGAACACUUCCACUCUGCACAUUGCUAUACAUGUUCAUGAAGUUUAUGCUUAUAAUUUCUAAACCAGUCUGAGUUCGAGUCAGUGAAACCGAGGCUCAGUUUUCACAUAAGCCUAUGAACUGAGAACUGCAUGUUCUGGUCGGCAUUAACAGCUGUGGUUGCUACAGUCAUAUGGAGGGUAGGGUUCAGCAGUGUCACCGCUUGCCUUCUCACACCAAGGUGAUGUGGCAGUGAUUUUAUUGCCUCUCUGUUGUUGCCUGGAGAUGCAAGCAGUGCUAUAGCAGUGCUACGGUGAGGGCUGAAACAGAGCUCUCUGACUCUACCAGCUGUCAGACUAACAGAAGGCUCAUUUACACCUGAGGCUAGUUCUCAAGGUUCCUGUGCGAACCCGCCCUAAAUUUUCUUAAAUCCCAACACCUAGUCUUAACUGGCUUGUUAAUCAGGUUGCUGAUUAAGUUUUGUAGCAUGUAACUGUUCCUGAACUCUGGCCCAGUUGUGGCAUUGGCUGAUGAUGCUGAUAUAUUCCUAUCUGUUGAAAGUCCAUCAAGGAACUAAGAUGGGUAUAUGGUGGGCUGGUACUCGGAGUCAAAAGGUAGUUGAAACAAGAACAAGUUAACUUUGCAUAAAAGUGAGGAAAUAACAAUGUUCCGUGCAAUUUCAGCUGUCUGCCUGGUGACUGUACGCACAUGGUGCAUAUUUUUGGCACUAAGUAGCACCUGCAUAAAAACCCCACCCUGAACAUCGAUGAAAUCAGCAGACUGCUGAUGAUGGGUAACCCACUUUACAUUGCACAACUUAAAAUGCUUCUAGGGGGUGGGCUGGUUAGAAUUUCACCUGCCAGUUAAUCCAGUUUUCAUGCCAAGAACAACUUGGGUGUUGGAGCGAUGCAACACUUGUGUCGUGCUGGCACAUAGCCGAGGGAAGUGGGUGUACUUGACCCUCCACUUUUCUGGAUCUGAUCUGGAAGGGGGAAACUUAGCAACUUGAGAUGCAUAUCAAAUGGAUAGCAAUGCUAACCCAAUCCAUCUUUAGCACAGUAACUGAUUUAGAAUGCUUAUGCGUGACAGUAGUUUUUUAUUAAAUGCAAUCAGCAUGCAAAUAACAAAGUUCCCUCCUCUUAUUGUUGUUACUACUACAGUUGUUUAUAUCCUGCCUUUCAGGUUAUAAAUCAUUCUAGGCAGAUUGCAACUAUCGUGAUCAAUGCCUAGUAAAAAAUGUUCACAAUCAGUAGUCUCAAUAUACAACAAGUCUUCAAGAUCUAUCCCACAGUGGAGCUGGGUAGUAGGUGCCCCUGUGGCAGGAGGAAUCAGUGUGGCUCUGAAUGUCGUCUUCGUCUGCCUCCUUUGCUUUCCUGGGAUCUUUCCCGUAAGACAGCUGAUGGUGGUUGGUUCUGUGGGUGAAAGGCAGUCCAGAUGGAGCAGGCUGUGUUGACUUCUAGGAACUGUAGAUACCUUUGACACUAGGGAGUGGCAAAGGUAUCUACAGUUCCACACCAGGCAUCAGAUGUUACAGCUGCUACCCUGAAACUCUGGGCCUUGUAGGAAAAUAGGGCCAGCUUGGAAAAGAAUGCCAAAUUGAGCAAAUGAUUAGUCUCUCACAGGGCAGGGCUUUCUCACCCAGGUUUUGCUGGUGGUGGCAGAAGCAAGAGUCCUUCUCUGUCCAAUCAGUUUCAAAAAAAGAUAUUGGCAUUCUACAAUCUUUUCUCUGUCUUUCUGCUAACUUGGUCCUCUACUUUCUGUUUAGCACUUUGCUCCCAAAAUUAUUCACUUUUCUCAUUACUUGCAGUGGCGUAGCGUGGGGAGUGCAGGGGGGCCGGCCGCACCGGGCGCAACAUCUGGGGGUUAGGGUUAGGGGGCGCAAAUCCACGGGUUAGGGGGCGCAAAUCCACGGGUUAGGGGGCGCAAAUCCACGGAUUAGGGGGCGCAAAUCCACGGGUUAGGGGGCGCAAAUUACUUGCCUUUCCCCCGGUGCUGACAACCCACGCUACGCCACUGAUUACUUGGACCAUUUACACCCCUCAAAUCCCUGCUCUGGCUUCCUGCUUGCCCUGAAAUCCAGUGCAAGUUUCUCAAUGAGCACUUCCAGUGAUGCUGUCCUGUUCCUUCAAGCGAUUCCCUUUGUACCUAGAGUUAUCUUCCAGAUCUGGUGAUGUAAUCUUCCACUUCCUUUAAAUCCCCCUCCCCAGUUCUCCCCUUCUCUGAAGCCCUUGGCACAGCCUCCAAUCUCGGUAUCGUAACUAUAGCUCUACAAGUAGCUAAGCCCAGCUAUGUGGACAUAACAGACUAAGGACUACCACCCAUGCUCGCUUUGCUCGUUUACAAAAACUUUAAAAUGUUCAUACACUGUGUGAAAUCUAAUGUUUUGUGAUCACACUUAUUGUCGACCAUUCCUGCAAAGCUGAUUUGGUGGGCAUGUGGGCAGGCAGUUUGAUAUCACACAUUGCUCCUCCUUUUUUGGCACUUAAUCUUGAAUAUAUCAAGGAUCAGACCUUUAACCCUUGGUGGGGAUUUGCUUUUGUAUGGAAAUAAUUUCCCUUACCUCCCCUUGCUCUUGUGAAAUGGGUCCCUGUAGUGUGUAAUUGGUUUAUAAAAGCCUGUGUACUAAGACUGUACUUCUUGCCUCCUGGUGUUAGGGCUGUAAGCUAAACUGAUGUUUUACCCUAAAAGCAAGAUGAAUUCACUUUUGAAGAAGCCACAAGUGCAAUAUGAAUGAACAUCAGUUAUUUAAAUCUAUAAAGUAUAUUAGAGAACCUUGGAAUGAUACGCAUCACCACACCUGGAAAAGGAUGGCUUAAGGUUUUUUUGUGGGGGUUUUUCAGAGUAUUGCUUCUUGUUGGAAGCAAGCGCAUUUGACAGCUUUGAAAUUGCUGGAAGUUGUGUAUGGGCAAUGGCUGAGAAGGUCUGACAUUAAUUGGAAAGAUGCUGUAGAACCUGUCAGUAAGUUUAAAUUCUUGCUACUGGAGUUAGCAAUGAUUGGAUACAUUGGAAGUUCAUUUACUGAAUUAAUGUGUUGAAGAGCCAGGUGAUCUACCUCUUGUCUUGCUUUAACAGCCUGUCUGUUUUUAUAAGUCAUCUUCUGUUAAUUGGUGUCAGAUUAAUAACGGAUUUUAUGGAAGACAUGGUGGGGGUGGGGGGAAAUAGCACACAGACCCAGAGCCACACACAUUCUGUUGUACAUUCCCUUUUCCUUUGGCCACAAUCUCCUUUUGUUUCAGUGAUCCUAGAGAUGGAUAAUGUCAGGUUUUUAGAACAGCUGGGUUUUAAACAUUAUCUAGUUUCUUGCACUUAUGCAAUGCUUGCUGGUGUGCCAUAAGGGUAGCUUAUUGCCAUUUUUUUGUAGUGUCCUGCCCAGUAGGAUUAUUAGAUUCUUAAAUACUUAACUGCUACUGGUUCAGUUUAUACAACCCAAAUGAUGUUGGGUUACGAGACGUUGGACUGGUUAUACAUGUAGCUUGUCUUGGUAUUUGUUGAAACAGGUUCCAACCACAGCAUCUUCCCCUGGGAUGGAGAUUUGAUCAGUGGCAUUUACUCUCUUCCCUAUGGAUUGGUGGCUUUGGGGCCUCAGGCUCUGGCAGAAUAGGUCCUUAUAGGUUAACUAACCUUUAAUUAGUUAAAAAAGAACACAGCUUCUGUUAGUCCCUUAACCCAACUUCAUGCUGAGCUAAACUGUUCCUCUUUUCUUAUUCUGCAGCGCUUUUUACUGUAAGUAUACUGGUUGCAUUGCCUACAAUCUCUGCCAGCCUUUCCUUUACGAUUCAGGCCAGAGAACUUGUUAACAGCAGUAGCCCGUUCCUUGAACUAAGAUAAUUGCUUGAAACUUUCCCCCCCUUAAUGUAGCCUUUGUUUUGAAAGAUGGUUAUCUAUCCUUGAGGGCAAUUUUCUGAAGGACUACAAAUUGUUGUGGCUUUCUCAGAAGGCCCUGACAAUAUCAGGUUCACCAGGGAUCUAGGAAUUCCAUGCAGGAGCUGGAGAAGCAAACAGUAUCUAUUCCAAUCUGACUCAAGAGAUUCAAAUGCUCGGUCAUAGCUUUUCCACUGCUUGCACUUUAGGGAAAGGCAGCAAUUGUGUCAGUGUGCUACAUUAUAAACGUACUAGGCAACAUAUCUGCAUUGUCUAUAAAUAUUUCUUCCUGGGAAACACCCCUGCCACCCGGAAAUGCCAUUGACGCUGCAGUAUGGCUUAGGUGAAUGAUUACUUAGGAAAUGUAGCUAUGUAAGUGUUUCACCAUUUGUUGUCAGCAGAAGCCCUUCCCCCAAGAGGCAAGGUCUUGUUCCUGGCCAAGUCUCUGGAAUGAAGCACGAGUUCAAAGGGAAACCUUUUGCUCCUCUCUCCAGCUCUAAGCUUGGAAUGCAGGCAUCAGAAAACAACAGAAGUGGAGUCUGGGCAGAUGUCCAUCCUUCUUUUGCCCUGCUGGAUACUUGCAGGAUCAAGGCAGGCCCCAAUUGUCUCCACCUGCUCUCUGUAGCUCGGAGCUCAAAAUGGGAAGCAGGGACUUCUUAAGGGCUUUGCAGUUGUGCUCAGCAUGUAUACACCAUCCAGCCAAUUUUUGUGCGCUGGGCUAGUAAAACACCCCAUCAUUUUUUUUCAUAGGCAGAUGGCCAGGGAAAAGUCAAGAAAAUGUCAGUAUGUUGGCACAAACCAUAUAAUGUUGUUUGGGGACAUUCCUUUAACAGAGGGCAGCUUUCCUGCAGGGUUUUUUUUUAAAACUGGACUAGAAAAAUCCCUCAAAUACCAUUAACAUUAGUUUUCAGUUGUAAGACAUUUUUCUGAGACAGUUUAUAAUAUUUCCACAACAUUUUUACUUUAAAAAAGAUGUUUUUACUUUUAAUUGCAAACAAUGAAAACUCAUAGCUUACUACAUUGACUGUGACUGUCAGGUGUUUUUUUCCCUUUCAUAACCUAGAUAAACACUAUUUUUUUAUCUUCAAAACAAAUAAAAACUAUGCAGCAUGGGGUUUAUAUUUAACUACAGUAUUUUCAGUUAAUUCACUUGAUAAAGUGUUGCAGAAGGAGUUUUUGCAAUCUGUCAUAUUCAGUAUUUGGUGACUUCUUGGUUUAUGCUUUUGUAAAUGUUAGAGAUUUGGGUACAUCAGCAUGUUUCUGCUUGUUAUGUGAAUUCUUAACUAUUUGGAUGUUGCACUGAGGUUAAGCACUAUCUGAUUGCUUUCCCCCCUUCCGUUGGCAGUAGAUAGUGCCCUGAUUUGGUUAGAGUGGUUUAGGAGUGUGGCAAACUUAUCUUGGUAUGCUCUGACGUUGGAAAUGUCAGAGUUCUGAAAGAAGUGUCCAAGCUCAAACUAUCCAAAAUUGAAUGAUUCAGUCUUCUGGAAUUGAUUUCUGAAUAGGAUAUUUUAACAAGUUAACCCUUGAUAUUACACAUGAUACAAUCCAAUCAAAUUGGGAACUUUAAAGUCCCAUUGCUCUCAAUGUGAGGGUCAAGCACAUGCUUAAAUUUGCCCAUUUAUUAUUAGUGAGAGUUAAAUACUUAACUUUGGCUGGACGGUGCCCAGAGAGAACACUGUCCAUAUGGUGUGUGGGUGUAUAACUGUACUCAGAACUGCCAUGUGGAUGUUCCUGUCACUUGCUUUUAGCUAUUGCAGUAGGUGGUUUUUAACCUUGAAACAACACCUUUCUGAAUUGGUAUCAGUACAUUGUUAACGGUUUUCUGUUGCCGGUUCACGGUGACUAGAAGAAUGCAGAUAGAAAAGGCUGUGCAAAAAUGCAAGUUACCGUACUAGACUUUCAGCAGUUGGCAUCUUUGCUUUGCAGGUGUUGUUUAUCUGGAAGCAAACAAACCUACCGAUCCCACAACAGCUUCUUGUUGUGUCUUAGGCUGAAAACUCUCCAUUAUUCAGUUUCUUGUAGAAAAAUUGUUCUAACCUAUAUUGCCUAUGAAGUGUUGUUUUUGUUUUUUAGCUUCGGUUUUACCAAGAAAAAUGGUUACCUUCUGCUAACAAACCAAAGAUGCUAUGAAAUGAUUUCUCCUGUAUUAAUGCAUAGCUCGGCAAUGUGCUGUAAAUCCUAAAGAGACACUGGUCCAGUUUGCAUGUACCACUAAGCCAAACCAUAUCUGCAAGUGAGAGAGUACAUUGGUUGCCAGAGCAAAGAUUAUGGUUGCUGCCCUCCUCUCUGUGUCCUGCUGCAUUACAUCCAAACCCAGGUUCACAGAAUCCUAGAACUGUAGGGUUGGGAGGUACCACCAGGGUCAUCUAGUCCAACCCUUCAGGGCAGGAAUCUUUUGCCCAAUGUGGGACCCAAAUCCACAACCCUGAGAUUAAAAGUCUCAUGCUCUACUGACUGAGCAUGUUAGUUUGCUUUUGACCACUUGUGACUAAGUGAAGAUGCCUGGGCACCAGGAUGGCACCUGACAUCACUAUCUGGAAGUGCAUGCCUAGAGAUCAUUGGAUCUGGACUGUACACGUUAAUGCCCUGUCCUGUAGAAUUUUAUCAGUUGUAUUUUAUCUCCACAAGCAGAAUGAAUUUCUGGAAGCAAAAUGGUUUUUCUGUGUAGCCUGAGCAGGAACAGUCACCAUUAAGAAAAAGAGGCCGGAAUACGCCAAUAUAUAUGUGGACUUUCCCUGGAUCAAGUGACUUUUUUUUCUGAACUAGCCAGAUGGUUAACUGAGAAUCAGUCACAUCCACUGUUUGAAAAAUAAGAAUUUAGAGCCGUCUUGCCCCCAAAUGGCAACUAGACAUUCUGUUUUGGUCUAAGGAGCCAUUUAUAUGUAUCUGAAUUUCUAACACUGACCCAAAGGGUUGUAGGAUUGGGCUAGCCAGUGGUGUCUAAACUGUUUUCAAAGAGGGCCAGAUUGUUAACCUUUUUUUAGGAUUGAAGUUCUUGAGUUUUUUUUGUGAUUUUAUUCCAAAGUUCUUGAGCUUUUUUUAGGAUUGAAGUUGUUGAGGUUUUUUAGGAUUUUUACCCCAGGAAAUAAACUGCCACAGGGGCCAGAUUAAACCGACCGGUGGGCCAGAUUAGGCCCCUGAAACAGACUUGGGACAUGCCUGGGCUAGGCUCUUUGCAACUUAACACACAUUGCUCAUAUGCCAAGGCCUGGCUGAGAGGAGGAGGUAAUGUUCAUAAUGCAAGUUCACGAACACAGACUUAAAGAGUUCUCACAAAGCUAGUAGCCAGUGUGGUGUAGUGGUUAAGAGCGGUAGUCUCGUAAUCUGGGGAACUGGGUUCGCGUCUCCGCUCCUCCACAUGCAGCUGCUGGGUGACCUUGGGCCAGUCACACUUCUCUGAAGUCUCUCAGCCCCACUCACCUCACAGAGUGUUUGUUGUGGGGGAGGAAGGGAAAGGAGAAUGUUAGCUGCUUUGAGACUCCUUGGGGUAGUGAUAAAGCGGGAUAUCAAAUCCAAACUCUUCUUCCUGAUGUCUGUACUUUGUUGCUUUCUGAAUGCUCAAGCUCCCCCCCACCUCCCAAAUCUGUCUCAGACUCCUGUUUGGAAUUUUUGCUGGCUGCUGCGCUGUGGAUAAUUUCAGGUCUGACUCAUUUUAUUGAACACUUUAAAUUGUUGCUCUUCCCCCAUGAUAACAGUGGAGUUUCUUGAACAAAAUGUGUUUCUCACUUGAGUCAGCAUGAAAGGAUUUUCUAUUAAACCAGUCUGCUGUUUACUUGAGAGCAGCUGACAAAAUUUCCUAGUUUUAGGCUCAAAGGGUAAAAUGAGCUGGUCCUUCAGGCAGGUCUGGAUAAAUUCCAGGCUUCUAGAAACUUGAGCCUAGUGUCUGGGGACUGGAAACAUGUUUCUUUCCUCUUCUUCUCUCCCCCUACCCUCAAAGCUUUGCUUUCUCUGUAGACCAAAGGUCUGGUCUGUAAAGAGAACUGGUGGUCUGCUGAAUAAUUAUAGCAGAGUAAUACUGGAAAAUAGAUGGCUAUUUCAGUAUAGUGAUGCUAAAGUGUUUAGAACGGCACAAAUGAACUUUAACUUACAGCUGGCUGACUAAAGAGGCUGGCAGGUCAGUUUCAAUUACAACGGUGGUAAUUAAUGUAUUCAUGACUGGCUGAACAAGGGACUCUUACAGCUUAGAUAUGGGAUAACCAAUGUAUUGCCCUCUGGAAACCAGUGUUAGAAACUCAGAGAUAUAAAAUGGCACCUUAAACCUAGGUUACGGUUGCCACAAUGGAAUGUCUAUUCAUCAGGGGGUUGGACUAGAUGACACUCAGGGUACCUUUCAGCACUACAAUCCUACAAUUCUAUGUUCUCAACUACAUUGUUUCACUGUAGCUUGCUCUUGCAACGAUUCACUUGUCUCAGUGUGCAAGAAGGAGAAACACACACAGUGGAAAUGGGAUUAAUUAUGGGUUACAACAGAGGUUUUUAAACUGGUCUGUGAGUUCCAUGUGAGUGGCUUGUGGAAAGGCUGUGGCACAGUCAAAUCUAUCUGUACACAGCCCUUUUCUUACUUUCCUUGAUGUGAUGAUGCCCAGCAAGGGGUCCAUAAUUCACGCAGCAGUGCAGAAGCACAAGAUGUGCAUCUUGUGCUGCGCAUGAGUUAGCUGGCUCAAUGGAGACGUCCUUCACGAACCUGGCACCCAGAAAUCUCCAUGUAGUCGCAGUUGGACCCUUGCCAGCAGCAAAAUGCACCUGGCAUUGGGAAUUUCAAACACUGCUAGAAACUGUUUGACUUCAACUCCCAUCUACCUCAGUCGGCGUGGCAAGUGGUUAGGGUUGAUGGGGACUGUAGCCCAGCAAUGUCUGCAAGGCACCGUGUUGGGUACUUCAAUGUGCUGUUACUUCUUUGCAGACGUUGUGCAAAUUCCAAACGCCUCUAAACCAUUUGAGGUCCUGUGUGACAGUCUCUUCCUCAUUCUCUGCAGGCUGUGACACUGCCCGAGCUUCAUCUGACAUUUUUGUUUCUUUCUGGUCUCACACUGCCAGCAGCAGCAAAAUGGCCAAGCCAUCUUGCCUCAUUCGUUCCCUUCUGGCACUUUUGCAUCUGAGUUUAAAUAGUGGCCAGUUGCUUAAUACCAUCAGUUCCUCAUAACCCUGCUGCUCACCCCUUACCUUCCCCAACACACAACACAUGGCGACUGCUUGGAUGGGUGGGUGGGGGACCACCUUUGCUAUUAGGUGUUUUGUGGUGGAACUGAGAAGAAGGAAGGUGGGCAGAUGGAUUGUGUCCAAAUGUCACCAAGUAGAAAACAGUACUUACUAUGCUGAACUGAAACACUGAAGCAUAUCUUGUGGGUUCACCUCAGCACUUUGCUCAAGCUGGUUCUCACACUCUCGAAUACUGUCCCCUUGCAAUUGGGGCAUGAGCACUUGUCUUUUGAAGUGACAUGAAGUCCAUAGGAUACCAAAUAUUGCCUGCUACAUUUUCAAUCCAAUAUGUGCUGUCUUUCAGUGUUGACAUUUCUUAGUGCUUAUUAUACAGCAGAGGUGAUUGUGGAUAUCUUGGAGCUGAGUUAUUUGCAUUGCUCUUGCAUACGACUAUGUAAUUUCUGUUUUUGUAUACCCACAGCAUUAGACAAUAAGAGCUUUUUUUGUUUCACUAAUUCUUUGUUGUUCAUUUAUGGCCCAUGACUUUCAGUAAGUGGUCUUGGUAGGCAAUAUUUUCUUUCUACCUUGUGAAUGAUGUGUCCCGGUGACGGUGGUGGCAGAGUUCAGACUGUUUACAGGAUUCCAGCUCAUCAGUAAUGAGUGGUGAGUUCUGAUGUCCUACUUGACAAACAAAUGCCUUAUUUUCUUCUCUUGGAUCACAUCUGUCAAAUUCUGUUACUGUUUUCUUUAGGAGAGAUAAUACUGGUAAAUGGUGCUCCUUAGUAGGAAAUGAGGCAUUGGAAGCAAUGAUCUUUAUGUUGUAGAAAAGGAGAAUCCAAACAUAAUAAAGAAAUGUCUAGUUUCAAAUCCUCUGUAAUUUGUUCCUGGUUGUCAAAUACUUACGCUGUUAACAAUAUCAAAUUUUAAAGGAAUGUACUAUUUAAGGUAGGUUGUUUUAGAUAAGAUAGGCAAUACUCUUGACAACUUAAUUCCCAGAAUAAGGCUAAAGCUCAGAAGAAUGCAGAAGAACAUGAUGGGAACAUUGUAGGCAUCCAAAACAAGUAUAAACCCUUUUGUUUGAAAUAACGAAUAGCAGUGAUGAAAUUCGACUGUAGCUGAAUACAUUACUCAAGCUUGGCAAAGCCAGAGUUUCUUCUGGAGGAGUUAUAAAAGGCUUUCUAGAUGACUUACCAUUUAUAUUUUGCACUAAGUUGUUGAGAAUAGGAACUAAGACUUCAAUCAUAUUGGAUAUUACGCUUUUUAAUGGUUUGGUAUUUGCAAGCAGAGCAUUGAUGAUCUUGGAUAUAGCACACUUUGAGCUCAUAGAAGUAGUUAAAUAUGGAAUACUGAUUCCAGCUCUGAACAUACUGUGUGGAAUCAACAAUAAAACUUGAUCAAAGGUUGUAUCUUAUAGAUUGAAAAGAUUAUUGACUCUGGCGUUGCUCUGCCAUCCAGGCAACCAAAAUAAUGAUUUCAAAUGGUAUGCAUAUACUUAUGUUCAAGUUCAAAUUGUUCUACUUCUCCCAUAUAGAAUGACCACAAAACUUCCUAGUUUAGCUUUCAGCUUAAUGUUUAGAGUUGUCAUCAGACUGACCUGAUGAUGACCCAGUGUGGUUGGAGCUGGAAUAUGUGAAAGAUUUGUGAAGGCUCUUGGUUGAGGAUUCCUACUUAAAUUGCUUUCCUUGUUGAAAAAAUACUAUACAGUGGUCCCUCGGGUUAAGAACUUAAUUUGUUCUGGAGGUCCGUUCUUAACCUGAAACUGUUCUUAACCUGAGGUACCACUUUAGCUAAUGGGGCCUGCCGCUGCUGCACGAUUUCUGUUCUCAUCCUGAAGCAAAGUACUUAACCUGAGGUACUAUUUCUGGGUUAGCGGAGUCUGUAACCUGAAGCGUCUGAAACCCGAGGUGCCACUGUAAUAGAUAAACAUCCAUGGCUCUCUCCCACAGCACCCCCCAGAAAACAAGCUCUGAAACUGGUCAGGCAUUUUGUUUUUGUUUUUUUUAAAAAAAGAUGUCAUCCCUUUUUAGGAAAUAGUUAGCUGUUCAUCAAAUUGCCAUAGCUGUUAUCCUCUGUGGCCUCAAGGCAUUCCAAAAGGAGGUAGUCUCUCCUUCCCUGUCAUAUGAUGUGCUGAAAAGGUAUUUAGAAUCCCCUAAGAUGCUCCAUGAUCCUUAAAUGUGUAAGCUCCAGCCUUGUGAAGGACAAUCGUUUAAAUUUAUCGACUUUAGUACCAGUUUCAGGAAAAAAAUAUUGUUGCUCUCUAUAGCGUAAGCCAGUUCUGCAGUGUACAGAUUCUAAAGAGUAGGAGCUGGGAAACUUUCUGAAAUUACAAGGGAAUUUUUAUUUUUAUUUUUAUUUAAAGCUGAGUGUGUUUGUCUGUGCACGGGAGCUGCUGGCUUUUAAAACUCACGAAGAAAGUUUGACCUGCAGGCAGCAAGUCAGACUUGCCAAUUGGAAAGCAUGAAUUUUGCAAGGACGGGAACAGAUAUCAGUUGUAGAAGGGAAAAUGCACCUGAAGCAACUGCAUUGAAUCAAAUGGCAAGACUAAAGUUUCAGAUUCCUGGGUGGCAGCUGGGAUUUUUCUGUGCCUAAGCAGACUAAUAAACCUGUUCUUGUUGAUAUUGUGGGCUGAUUUGCUUGCCGUUCUAUUUAAAUCUAUGUACAGGUGAUGGCUGGCAUGGGAUUAGUAUGCAAGGAUUUUAUUGUGUUAGGUUUCAGUGUUGGAAAACCAGGCAAGAUAGUACCCUCUGCUUACCGUAUUUUUUAUUUUAUUUUUAAUAAUGCCUUUGAUGCUGUGUGGUGGAAAGGCAGGAUAUAAAUCUUGGUAAUCGGCAAAGCUCCUUUGUGAACACUGAGCAGCUGGUAAAUAUUUGAGCUUUCAAGGGUAGGAAGGAAUCUUACUGCCCCAAAGAGGAGCAGUACUUCUUUACGACCUGCAUCUUGUGUAUAAUAGCAAAGCGACUUCUCUUCCCUACGCAUUUGGAGCAUAACCCAUCAGGAAGCUUCCCCACAGAUGCCAUGUUGAAAUAAGCAGGAGCAUUAACAAGAACACAGUUGCUGCUUCCAUUAAUUUUAAUGGGCUGGGCAUAGGAGAUUUUUCUGGUGGGUUGUACUUCAUGGGGUAAACCUCUAUCCCGAUUCUUCUGCCUUUAAUAACACUCAAAAUCUGCUUCCUGAUGCACACAAAAGGAAAACUUGAACAGCAAGAAGUGCAAUAUUUCCUGUGGGAAGUAGAACUUCUGCUUUUCACAAGUAUAGGUUGAUGCUCAACUAUUUAAUAUCCUGAAUAGAAGUUCUGUUAAUCAUGGCUUAGAACUAAACCAGGCGUAGGCAAACUCGGUCCUCCAGAUGUUUGGGGACUACAACUCCCAUCAUCCCUGACCACUGGUCCUGUUAGCUAGGUAUGAUGGGAGUUGUAGUCCCAAAACAUCUGGAGGGCUGAGUUUGCCUAUGCCUGAACUAAACCCUUGCUUGAAUGUAUGUAAGCAGAUACAUUCGCAAAGGUGUAACUUCUAAAUUUGUGUGUGAGAAAUAAAACCGUACCAGAUAGCUUGUUUAAACAUUUUUUAAAAACUCAAUUCCUUACUAAAUUUGUAGUGCUGCCAGAAGGGUGUUGCCUAAAAUUUUUGGGAGUCCUAAAAUUAGUUGGUGCUGCUUUUGUUUGGGGAGAAUGGAAUGAUGGCUUGCAUUGGCGCUGUUACAGAGGAUGGGGCACAGUCAGGAGUCCAGAGAUCUUGUUCGGAGAGAGCUUGUUACAUUAGCUGAGCUGAUAAGGUCUGACCAAGUAUGAACUGCAACUAUUCAGCCUAGUUUAGGUUGCUGUAUCAGGCAAGUUUAAGGGCCAAGCUUUGUUGUACUAGUAAACUUUAAGAUCAACUAAAUCCUGAAGAGUAGAUGAUCACACUGAUUUGCUCAAAAUGCUAAUACGUUGAUUUAUUAAACUAUGGUUUACUAUUAUGAGUGAACCCUGCCCAGUGGCUCAACUAUAUUUUGUUUACUGCCAGCAGAAAUUGUUUACUGAAAUCAUGGUUUGUUGUUGGCUUCCAAACCUUGGUUUUAAUUAUGACUUAGUGUUGUGUAUGAACCCACUGCCCUUCUGCAAUGGUGGUUUGUUUGACCACCCCAAUCUGAAACAAAAGCAUUAGGAAAGCAAAACAAUCAGGUGAAGCUAUGGUUUGCUGGAUCAUCUGUGGGACAAUUUGUAGCUAAUCAGGAGCUGCCAUUACUUUGCAUUGGAUCUGUGACCUGGAAAGUCAUUUCACAAGCAAAAUAAACAGGUGUGCUGAUUAAAUUUCUUCACAUUUUUGUUGAUAAACAUCACUAAAUUUAUGUCUAGAUACAUGUAGAGCACUUUAAUUCCCUUAGAAAUUAAAAAGUAAAUGAAGAAAUGUGCUUAGAAGGCUGUGGUGAGGCCACUGUAGGAUGCAGGCAAGCAGGGAACUUUGAAGUUGGUUUCAUAAGUUAUGGUAUUAUUAUUUUUCCUAUAAGCUGUUUGGCAUCUAUGUAGCACUUAAUAAGGUAGCUUUCUAUUCCUAAUAUUGCUUAAGCAUACCCUUUAGCAAUUCUGUUGCAUUUCCUUAAUGUAUUUGGUACAUUUAAUGGCUGUGUUUGUCUUUUAUGUAAGGUUGCAAAUGAAGUCUGACUGGGAGUUUCUGAUUGCACCACAUGAAAGUAUUGUAUUGCUCUUUCGCAGACUUAGCCUACCUGGUGCCUUCCAGAUCUCUUGGCCAGACAUAGGUCAGAAAGAAGGAAAGUUGUGACACAGAACACACCAUACAUACUGCAAGUGAGACAACUCAUUGGGGCAUAAGACCUUCAAUUUAACGACUAAACAACAACAACAACAAAUGGUUUUUAACUGGGAAGUAGUUAGAUAUGUCACGCUUUAACCAGCCAAGUUAUCAGUGGUCUGUGUUGCACUCAUUCAUUUAGUGGGGUGAGUAGGAUUUGUUCCGCUUAAAUACAUUGUUGGAUUAGUAUUUCAGGUUUUGUCUGUUGCUGUUUAUUUGAUUUUAAUGUUGUUGAUUUAUUUUUUACAGAGGAAGUUGUUUUGAGGCACUUGAGUGCAAAAACAUGUCCGAUAAAUACUAUCAGUAAUAAUAAUUGCUGCUGUUCUCAAGUUCCUGGAUCAGGUCUAUAGCCCACUAAUGCAGUGUGUGGCUGCAUUGGGAUGUAAAAAAAAAGGUAAAGGGACCCCUGACCAUUAGGUCCAGUCGUGGCCGACUCUGGGGUUGCGGCGCUCAUCUCGCUUUAUUGGCCGACGGAGCUGGCAUACAGCUUCCGGGUCAUGUGACCAGCAUGACUAAGCUGCUUCUGGCGAACCAGAGCAGCGCAAGGAAACGCCGUUUACCUUCCCAUCGGAGCGGUACCUAUUUAUCUAAUUGCACUUUGACAUGCUUUCGAACUGCUAGGUUGGCAGGAACGGACCGAGCAACAGGAGCUCACCCUGUCGUGGGGAUUGGAACCGCCGACCUUCUGAUCGGCAAGUCCUAGGCUCUGUGGUUUAACCCACAGCGCCACCUGCGUCCCUUUGGGAUGUAAAACAGGGCAAUAACUAUACAGUGGUGCCUCGCAAGAUGAAAUUAAUCCGUUCCGCGAGUCUCUUCGUCUUGCGGUUUUUUCGUCUUGCGAAGCACGGCUAUUAGUGGCUUAGCGGCUAUUAACGGCUUAGCGGCUUUAAGAAAAAGGAAACAAACUCGCAAGAACUCGCAAGACGUUUCGUCUUGCGAAGCAAGCCCAUCGGGAAAUUCGUCUUGCGGAACGACUCAAAAAACGGAAAACUCUUUCGUCUUGCACAUUUUUCGUCUUGCGAGGCAUUCGUCUUGCGAGGUACCACUGUAGUUGGGCAAAUUAGGUUGCCUGUGCAUGUUGAGCACCACUCCCUUGCUCUUCCUUUCCCCCACUGGGGAAAUUCACCAAGCCUUAUGUCUGAACCAGUACUUGUGGCUUCUUUCUCCCAAGAAAUUGAGACCAGGAAGACACAAUUUGUUCUUGGCUUCCUGAUUGCGCUUUGUUUGGCCAAAGCAAAUGCUGUCUUGGAUGAAACAAAGGCAGGGCAUGGUUAGUUUUCCCACCGGGAAGGGAGGAGCAAUGGAGGAAUGUUCAGGUUACACUAACAACCUAAUUUGCCAGGGCAGAGUUGCAUGUGAACACGGUCACUGUCCCAAAUGCAUCACAAAGCAGAUACUUUAGAGUAGGUGUAUAAUGCAUAGAACAAACUGAGGCUGUUCAAUACAGCUAAGGAUAGGGCAAACAGUUAUGUAUUCUCCACCCCCACCCCCACCCUGUUUUCUGACAUUAUGCCACCAGCUACAAAGAUGAAUUUCUUCUAUUCUUUUCCCCCCAACCCAGUUACAAUAUUAUUAAUCUUUGUGACAUGAUGAAUUGGGAGAAACUGCUUUUUUCCCUAUACAUGCAUCAGCAGUCUCUUUCCAUAUUUAUGCUGUGCUACAUAAACAGCUCAUACACAGUCAUAUAGAACUGACUGGACAAGAUAAAUCCCAGCUUAAUCUUAAAACCUAUAUGACCCAACUUAAGCUCACUGUGGAUUUCUGCAUUUAAGUUCUAAGUAAUAGCGAUUAAGCAAAUGCAAGUCGUUCAGUAUCUUGGGCUGGGCAAGUUUCUCUGUCCUAGUAUAACAUUCUGGAUGGUUGUAAAUAAAAUGGGCAAUCUCAUGUCUGGACAGGAAAGUUUGGAUAGAAAUGUGAAUAAAUAAAAUAUUUUCUUGAGGCCUGUCCAAUUGAAUAAUUUGAAUAAAUGCCUUUAAAUACUUUUAUAUGAAAAUAUAAAAUCUUCACAUCCUAAAACUAUUUUGAAAAUCUCCAGAAGACUUGAGGUUUCUCCCCCCUCCAAAACAAAUAUAUCUAGGAAUCAGGUUAGCUAAAAUAUUUUACCCUGUGUAACCUUUAUAGGCUACACCUGGGGAGCAGCAUGGAAGGCAGUCAUAUCAAAUAGCAAUCUAAUGGUGUCUUAUUGAUUUUUAUUUUUUUUAGGUGUAUACAUGACAUUACUGGUUGGUUUUUGAUUGCAAAGUAGAAUUAUUCUGUAUGCAAAUAGGAUCUUUCAGGCAAACCACAUUGUUUUCAAAAUGAGUCUUUGCAUUCUCUCUUUCUGCCCCCCCCCCCCGCACUUUGCAGGAAGGAAUUUGUUGACUGGUCUGCAGGUCAAGGUUGUUUGGGGCGUUUGCUUGCAUUUGUGCUGCAGAAGGCAUUUUUUGCUUCAAGUACUACCUGCGGAAAGUUUUUUAUUUUAAAAUAUUAUUCUGCCUUUCCAAGGCAGUUGACAAACCCAGAAACAAUUCACAGUGAAAAAUCAGCUGGGGAAAAAAUUAACAUAUAGCAGAUUUCUAACAUGGCAUUGGCCUGGAUUCGGACAAGGAUGUUGAGAUUUGAAGGGGGAAAAAAAUAGAUAUGUUUGUUUGGAGAAUGCACUUGAUUAGCGAACUUUUUUUUUUGCACAACAGAAUCUCAAGGACUCUAAAUAUUUGGAAGUCAUUCAACCAAGUAACCUAGCAUGAUAGGGGGAAGCCAGUUCAAGAGCUCUCAGUAGCACAAUGGGUCUUUCCACCCUCUCCCCAUGUGCCUCCCCAAAAUCCACUCUGGAGGGUCAGGACAACUCUCAGGAGGGAGGAGAGGCAGGAUCAUUCCAUCUGGCCCACAGAAAUGCUUCUGCUGAUGGAGAGCAAGAUGUUGAAUUCUUUCCAUAAUUAUGCAAAAAGUUAGUUAAAAAGCAAAGUCAGUCAAGUAAUCUCUAUCAUCCUGUAGUGUAGAAGGUUUAUUUUGCUUCCCGGAAAGUGCUUGAAGAAUUGAAUUCUUGUAGUAUUUGCGGGGAAAUGGGUCUGUUUAAUGCUUUAGACUGUUCAGAGCUAUUUAUCUGAAUCUGUUUUCCCAACAGAUAGCAUAACCAUAACAUACAUCUAUUAUUCCCCAAGAUUCAGUAUAUUCAACACAUAAUAUGUACCAGGCAGAGUUACAGUCCCCAUAGCAAACAUAACUUUCAGAUCUUGACUUGUGUUCUCCGAUUUAAACAGAAUUAGGGCAGUACUUUUACAUUUAAGAGGGAGUGGGAAAUAGUUUCCCAGCAAAUCUGCUUACUCCAACACAGCAAAUUCAAGAGUCAUAUUUAGACCUAUUGGUGGUGGUGGUGGAGGAGGGGGUAGAAGACUAUUUUUAUACUUUGCUUCUGCAGUAAAUAUUUGUAAUAAACCUUGUGUGAAUUAAGACUGUUACUGUUCCAAUCACAUGCAUAUAGAACUGUCCAUGUAAUGAGUUGUCAAACUAUUGAGGCCCCCCCCCCCCGAUUCUUGGCCAUUAUGUGUCACUUGUGCUGCCGAGAUGGAUCGUGGCAAAAACGAAAACAACAUCGCAAUAACAAACAAGUGGUGUUAAAUUGAGCUCUUUCUCUGUUUAAAAUAAUGCUGAGAUGGAAAACUGAAUUAAACCAGGUAAGCAGCAGCAAGGUCGACUGGCACUUGAAUGCUGAGAAGGGACCAUGCGAAUGGGUAGUGGGAGACAGUUCUGGCGAUGAGGUGCUACAACUCCCAUGCCCAUUGAAUGUAUGUGAUUAAGAGUCUGAGUAGUAUUGGGAAUCCUGGAUGUGAAGUGGGGUGGUGGUGGAUUCCCUCAGCCCCCAAACCAGUUAUACUGCCUCCUCAAUUUCGUAUACCGCAAAAGGGCACCCCAAAAGGCUUGAGCUGGCUUCCAGCCAUCUGUCUCCCCUUACAGCGAGGUCACCCGACUCUGGUUUCCUUUCCCUUUCCCUUACUUUUAAAACUGUAGCAGGAAUGCACAUGGCAUGUAAAUUUGGGAGCUUGUACAUGGUCACUGCCCUCGCCCCAAAUUCCCCCAGAGAAGGUUAAUUCAUCAGCAACAGGGAGUAAAAGUAUAAAAGUAUUAAAUCUGGUGGUGGUGAUGAUAAUAACAACAACAAUGUUUGAAUGUCAUUUUUUAAAGUUUGGAGUACAUUCAAACAACUGAGCAAGGGAAAUCAUUAUCACACCCCCCCAUAAUCCAUAUUAACAGUGGGCCAACAUGCAUUCAGCUACUAUUGGCCCUUUAUGGUGUCCAGGAAGAGGCCAUUUCCCAUGGGGAACAGUUUCUAACCUAAAUUGGCUGAGUCACACAUUUAUCGCCGUCACCAACAAACUGCCUAGGAAGAUGAGCAUUCGUCAUCUCACUUGAGAUGGAAAGGAGACAUGAGGAGGAGCUGGAAAUUUAAUGGGUAUUCCACUUCCCUGAAAGACAGUUAUGGAAGUUUUCCUAUCCAUAUUAAUCUUUAAACUUGAUUGUUAUUCACCUGGACUGCCCCAUCUUAGAUGACUAACAAUUUGAAUAAAAAGAUGGCAGCUUUUACUAAUUUUAUUUAACAAAAUUUAUGUACUGCUUGAUUGUACUUGUUUGGGCUGUGACACUGCUCCUCCGCCCCUUGCCAGUUUUCUCCAUCGUAGUAUGAAAUUAGUUUCACUGUUUUCUGGAAUGUUGUGCGAACGAUUGAAUGUGACUGUCUGUAAGCUCUGCACCGAAUUGCCUUGCCUUAAUGUAAAGUUAUUUUCUUGACAGUGUUUUUUUAUAAUUAUUUCCUUGGUUUUGUAGGUGUUUUGCAGUAAAUUAUUUCAUAUUUAAGCUCAUAUAUUCACUGUUGUUGUUUUUUAAAAGUUGUGCCACACAGAAGUGCUUUAACUUUGGUGGGAUUAUGCCCUGGGAGCUUUCAAUAGCACACUGUCUCUUCAAAGGAGCAAAGAGUUAAGCAUGUGCUUUAAUCGUCCCUUUUUCAACGCCCCAGGGGAGUCCCCCCUCUAUUGUUCUCUGGUGUGAAUAAAGCCCUUGACACUUUAUUUAGGUUAGGUGAGGAGAGGGUUAAAGGUGGAAUGGCUGAGGCAUUAUGCAAGCUGUUAAGCAAAAAGGAAGUGCAUUACAAAAUGCUGAGCUCAGUAGUCUGGCUUCCAGCCAAACCUUGCUUUCUUCACUACAGCUGAGGGCUUUCUAAGCUUCCCACCAGUGGGUUUAUCUGAACUGUUUAGGAAUGCUGCCUCAGCCGCCAGCUGACGUCAGCACAGGCAGUUCAGCUGAGGGCCAGGCCAGACUGACAGUGUGGAUGGGAGGGGCCCUGUGUAGGCUGGCUGGCUGGCGCUCUCUCUCUCUCUCUCUCUCUCUCUCUCUCUCUGUGUGUGUGUGUGUGCGCGCACACACACACACACACACACAGAGCAUGGCAGGAAGAGUGAGGCUGCAGUUUCCUCUUCUGUAGCUGAACUCGGAACAUUGGCGUCUUGCUUUUUUUAUGACUUUUCUAUGGAAACUUCAUAUUAAUCUAGCGCUCCCAGUCUCCUCCUCUCUCCGAAACACUGUUUAUUGGCUUGCCUUGAUCUAUCUGCGUGCUGCCUUAUUUUUCUUGACAUAACUCUGGAAAAUGAGGCCAUUAGAGCAUUGAUUUCAAGUGCGGCUCUUCAGGGGCUUGGCGAGGGUAGAGAAAGCAGGGGGCGAAGAUGAGAUUCCUUCACAACUAGGAGCUGUGGUGACAAGAAGGUUAUUGCAGAGGUGUUUGUGCGUGUGCAGGGCAGAUAGGAACUGUUUGUUCUGCUUGAGUUUUUGGGUAUUCGCCUUUUUGGUUGGAACGUACUAUGCCAUUUUUGUAUUCUCUCCCACCCACAACGUGACUCUUGCAAAUGUUAAAGACAGACAGCAGCCUAUGCUAGGGCUUUGGCUGAGCUUUUUGCUAAAGCAGCCUUCCAAAAGUGUCUCUUUAUAAAAUGUGUUUUGGCCACAGAAACAGAAACCUCCUUGCUAUCGAGAGUUAAUCUCCUUUGUCGCUUCUAAUUUGAUUAGUAGAAUGUUAUGUAGCUGAAAUCUAUGGUACAAAUGAGACGUUUAUAUAGAAGCUACUUCAAAAUCGGAAUCCGUUUCACUGCUGAAACAAAGUUUGCUUUGCUUGCCGAUUUUCAAACAUGAAUAGUUAAUCAAGCUCCUUUCAUCUUCAUGACCCAGAUUUGUGUGCAUGCUCCAUUGCACAACUUUUGAGAAGGAAAGGACAGCUGAUGGGAAAAUAAGGAUUUGCAAGUACACUUUAUGUCCAUACGGUGGUAACAUGAAUUGCAGAGGUUGGCUAUAAAAGGUAUGGUUUAAUCAUUCAGCAGUCGCAUUCACAGGUCUAGAGAAAUUUUGUGAGGCUUCAGUGGCUUCUGCCGUCUAAAAGGUAGCCUGGUUGCUCCAUGGUGUUUCACUGCAGCAUUAAAAAAUGGAAAAAUCAGCUGCAUUUAGAAUGAAAAGCCCUGUGCCUGGCCAGCACAACUCAAGAUCCACUGAGCCAAAUGUUGUCCACCAGUUGUUUUGUAUUCCCAGUUAGUUACGUGCUAAAGUUGGCAACUGGCAGACUGGAAAUUGUUGUGUCCUCUCCAAGCUGGGAACCCCAAACACGUUCUAAGUUGUGCCCAAACUUCUUCAAAGUUCAACCUGGCUUAGAAUAGGUUCAUCCGCUUGCUGCUGUUACAGCUCUCUGCUCUUUCCCAUUAAAGUAACUUAGUGAUAACAUGAACUGGUGUCUCCAGUAUGUCUUUGAACCCAGCUAACCAUCCCAAAGUUCCUGGCUACACAGCGUUACUGGAGCAAUAUUUUAGGGCAUGAUGGAAGCAAGAGCAUUCCAUUACCACCUGCAGAUGGGGUUUGGGGAAAGGGAAGAAGGCAGUGAGGAGGGCUUUGGGGGCUCUGGAGACCUGGGACAAGCACUCAUGCCCAGUUCUGCUAGUGGUGGUUUGGAAUGUGAAAGGUGUCCCAAAAUUUGCUAUGUGCUCAAAAAUUGAACUACAUGCUUGUGUGGGGAGGGGCAAUGUGAUACCUUUUAGAGGAAAUUGUACUUGAAAAACAGAUACUUGGCUGAUUUUGCUUUGUUUACCAGAUUGAGUUCAAAAUGUUCGGGCUUUAGACACAUCUUUUGUGAAGCAGACAAACCCAAAUGGUAGAUAUUUUGUAUAUGAAAGUACCUGGGAACUACAUUGCCAGGAAACAGAAAUCUAUUCUGUAGGCAGGAGGGGAAGUCAGGGAGGAAAGAUUCCAGUCCCUGAAUUCUUGUAUAAAUUGUUCUGGGAAUACCAACUGGCCGUCAAAAUUCUAGAUGCAAAUUUUGGAAAUUAAAAGUCUUUCCCGGUCUGCAUCUGUGUUGGACUUGCCUUUAAGAUGUUUUUCAGAUGCCAUUUUAGUUGUCUUUAAGAUGUCACUUGUUUGCUGCCCUGGGCUUCUUUGGGAGGAAGUGGGGAUAUAAAUUUAAUUAAUAGUAAAAUUCUUGCUCAUGAGAAGCAGUGUCCUUUUUUGAUCUAUGUAAAUGUUUAAAUACAUAAAUGUGUAAAGCAGUUGGGAAAGAAGUUGAAGGUACUUGGUUCUCAACUUUAUACCUCAUCAAAGAGACUGUCCCAAGGAAUCCACUUCCCUUUUUAUUAUGUGGUUCUUCCAAAAAUGAUGUUUCAUAAAAGAGGAACUAUCCUCCUCUGGUGAAGUUCAUUCAAAUAGGCUGCUCAGCAGCACCUUAAAGAAGUUGGACAACCAAAAUAUCUUCCAGAAUUAAAGCUUAAAAUAUAACAUUUCUCAAUUAAAUGAGGAGCCAACUUACAGUAAUGUCCAUAAAUCUGGAAAGCUGUAAAAAUAGGACCACAUUUUUAAAUACCUUUAACUAAAUGGACUUGUUUUAUGAAACACAGUUUUAAUUUUGCCUAUAACAGUGGUCUUGACUGCUCUCCCAUUUCCUGUGUCUCUCUAGCAGUAUUGGGUCCUUCUGGAAUGAAUAUUGCUCCAGCUGCUAACAAGAUGACAGACUUCAAAUUCUUUUCUUCAUUUUUUAAAGGGCCUUGUAUGUCUAGGGGAGUUGCUUCGUGUGGUAUCAAGUAUCUUGCCUACAACACAAAGUUUCUUUGUCAUAGUGAGUGAAGCUCAAUGAUCUUUCAGGCUGUUGAGGAAACAGGUGCCUCUUUUUUCUUUAAGCAGGGGAAAACACAUUGCAGCAAGAAAAAAAAACUUGUGCAGGAAUCCUGAAGAACAGAACAUCUCUGUUAAGCCCAUUAAAGUGUGUGGAUGAGAAAAGAAUACUGAUCUUAACAAAUGUUCAUGUGUUGGUAAAUGAAAGGAGCACAGCUGUCUUCAGAAACUCAAGCUAGCAGAACAUUUUGAGUCAGACUUGGUAAUAUUGAGGUCUUUCUGUUAGUAUAGGGGAGCACAAACCCUUUUGCAUAGUCAAUUUGCCCAAGGCAAGCUUAUGAAAGUAAAGCCAAGAUGACAUUGUUCACCCUGUACUGUCAGCACUAUUUAGCCUGUGGGGAAAAGAAACGAAGGUGUAGAACUCAUAGGUACAAGGAGGAGGGAACAUAGUUUCCUAUGUUGUACUGAUACUUGGAACCCUGCCUUCAGGCUCAAUCAAGGUGCUUAUUAGCAGCAGUUUAACACUCAUUGCUCCCUGGAGAAACCAUGCAUUUUUCAAGAGAUCCACCUCUUGCCUUGAGAACCACUAUAUUAGAGAUAGAGCUGGAGAAAGUGUCUGGGUGGAAAUUGUAAGAGAGAGAGAGAGAAGGUCAAGGCGAUACACACAAAUAAACAAUUAAACCUUAAGGCCAUGUUACCAAAGCAAUAAACGAGCCAAGAGUAGGCAUGGGAAUGAUGGGUUCUUGUCAACACAGGAAAUAGAUGGAAAUAUGCUGAAAUGUUGGAUAUAACCACACACGUCUUGGUAGCCUGAUGUAACGCUUUCAUUUCUCUAAGAGGGUCAGAUGGCAAACCUUGUUGAACCAGUUUUGUAGACAUUAAGGAUCCGGAGAUAUCCAGUAUUAGAUUUCUGUGUAUGCUGUAGCUCAUAAAGUAAUGAGAUCUUCCUGUGCAACCACUGCAUGCUGUUCCUAGUACAAAGUUAAGACCAGAGAAUCCUCUUAAGCUCUUGUUGUGGGGAAUAAUGAACCAUCUUAGAGAAAGACAGCCACAUCUCAUCAUCUCUGCCACACAUGAGGGUAAGAGUCUUUUCCCUGUAUCCCCACCAGCAUGUGAGACCAGAGCACAGAUGUGGUAGCGUCAGAGUGGCUAAGGUACCUUUGUCUUAUCAAUUUCAAGAAAGAUCCCCACACUGCAGCCAGGACAGAUUUGAGAAGAAGUUGUUAUUUCAAAUUAGUGACCAUUUGUAAACAGGGACAGAUUUGGACCCCCAGAAGAAGUUUUCAAACCGCAAAGCAUCCCUGUCAUCAGAGAUACCAGCAUGUUAUAAAUAGAAGAAGUUCGCCCUAUGGUUUCAGGUGUCGCAUUAACACAUAGCCUCUUGAAAUUAGUCAAAGCUUGCGUGGCUUGCUGAGUGACAUGAGGGUUGGUUGCAAUGUGGUGAAUUUGGUGUAACUGAAGCCAGGAAGAUCUGAUCCUUUGAAGUUGUCCUGGCAGUGGAGUAAUAGUGAUGGGGUGGCCUUUGACAUAGUGUUUUCUAAAUCAUCCGUGCAUUUCAGGUUUUUUGAAAAAAAUAAUCCACUCAUAAUCCAGAACAAGGGAUGAUUAAGAAAAGGGAAAUGGUGGGAGUUUCCUCCAAAAGCUUUCCACAAUUGUUGUGCAUACACAAACACAUUUUGUUUGAAACCUUAUAACCUGUUAGCAGAGCCAUAGCUACAGUGGUGGUGGGCUAGCCAGGUUCUUUUUCCUGGAUGAAGCCUCCAGAGGGGCGCCAUUGAGGCUCCCAGCCUGUGUGUAUGCAAAUGUGCAUGGGGGUGUGUGCCAAACGGGAUCUUUGACCCGUGUGAAAUAAAGCCUGGCACACCUGCCUGUUAGUCUCUGGCUUAGUCAUGUUGCCAGACAGGCUUCUGCAUAACUACAAGCCAGCACCUUGCCCAGCCAGUGGUUUCACAUUGCCAGAUUGCCAUGGUGGACCCUUGAAGCACCUUUAUUCUUAAAACGUUGAAACCCACGUGGCGCUUUCUGUCCAAGGGUCUUAGCUGAGUAGAUGGUGUUGAAAAACAAAUUUUCCCCUUGGAGAAUUUGUCAGCUUUCAUCUCCUUGUAUUGGGGCAGGAAGUGAAAGAGCAAUCUGCUUUGAAAUACCUCUGAGGGUAAAUGGAAAUCCAUGCAAAUAGGGGAAUACCAUAUUGAUGAUCCUUAGCGUUACUGGGAAAUAUGGUAACAAUAUCCCAUCCUUGACUGACAAUACAUCUCAGCAGGAAAUAGACUGCAUCUUUGAUGUAAAAGAGCCACACCACUAAAUUAGAGGUGACUUAUGGAGGAGCUUACAGUUGUUACCUGAUCCCCCUUUGAGCAACCUUUGCUAUAAAACAACCCUGUCUCCCACGUUUCCCUCCCCCCACUGAUUUUGCAAGUGAGAUGUAGCUAUUUCUGAUGAGGACGCGGGUGGUGCUGUGGGUUAAACCACAGAGCCUAGGACUUGCCGAUCAGAUAAAUAGGUUCCGCUCUGGCGGCAAGGUAAAUGGCGUUUCCGUGCACUGCUCUGGUUCGCCAGAAGCGGCUUAGUCAUGCUGGCCACAUGACCCGGAAGCUGUACGCCGGCUCCCUCGGCCAAUAAAGCGAGAUGAGCGCCACAACCCCAGAGUCGGCCACGACUGGACCUAAUGGUCAGGGGUCCCUUUACCUUUGCAUAGAAGAACAAAUUUGGCACCAGAUUUAUAAAGUAAAUUUAUAAAGCUUAGAGUCCAUGUAGUGUGGUAUACCCUUUAGAGAGUUGGACUAGGACCUGGGAACUGCUAGGUUGGCAAGAGCAGGGACUGAGCAAUGGGAGCUCACCCCGUCGCGGGGAUUCGAACCGCUGACCUUCUGAUCGGCAAGUUCUAGGCUCUGUGGUUUAACCCACAGCACCACCUGCAUCCCAACAGAUUUAUACACCAGAUUAAAAAGCUUGGCUUGCUGUGUCUUUCCCAGUAGCAAGUGGAGAUGGGUAUACUGAAGGUACCAUUUUCUUUUCUAGCAAAUGCAAAUACUUGUUGGUUUUGGAAAUCAAAAGAAAUGUACUGAAAUGCAAAUGCCUGUUCCGGGUGUUCUUUGCCUGCACAGACAGUUCUGUACACAUUACUAAUUAAGCCAGAAGCUUCUCAAAUGAGAAUUGGUACAUGUUCAUUGUCUAUAUCACUGUGGAAUGCUCAUCCUCGAGCUUUUUUUUUGGAGGAAUUGUGAACUUGGGUGUUGCCACACUAGUUUGUUGCAAAAGGUGCUGUGUGUGUCUGGCAGGUAUCAAACAGUGCUGUAUGUUUGGUGUCAAGUACAGUGGUACCUCGGGUUACAUACGCUUCAGGUUACAGAUUCUGCCAACCCAGAAAUAGUGCUUCAGGUUAAGAACUUUGCUUCAGGAUAAGAACAGAAAUCGGGCUCCGGCAGCGUGGUGGCAGCAGGAGGCCCCAUUAGCUAAAGUGGUGCUUCAGGUUAAGAACAGUUUCAGGUUAAGAAUGGACCUCCGGAACAAAUUAAGCACUUAACCUGAGGUACCACUGUACUUAAAUUGGGGAGGGGGCAUUUAGCUUGGAUGGAAAGUUUAAAUAAGUGAUUAUGGGGAAAAUCCUGUAGUAGAAAAAGUUGGUAUUUUUAAAGUAAUGUCAAGUUUGUCAGCUCUGAAUUUGAGGUACCUUACUAGUAUAAUUAGAAUCCCUUUACCUGAAGCCCUGGUCGUCAGCUGGCAAGUUUUGACCCUGAACCAAGUCACAUUCUGAUCUAAAGUAGGUUGUGUCAGUGGUUGCCAUCCUUGUUAAUUUGUUUAUGUUUUUAAGAAAAGACUGGGAGCCAGAGCAGACAUAGGAGAAUGGAAAUCUGUUGUGUAAAUUGAGUCGGUUCUGUUGUAGGUCGGGUGGAUCCCGGGUCUGUGAAAGUUGGCUUUAGAAGACUUGCAGAAAUUCUGAAGGUUGGUAGGGGCAGUAUUGGGUAGCUCUUCCAGCUAAAUUGCUUAAAAGUUUAGGCUUUGUAGAGAUUCCACACAGAAUCUGGUGUGGGACUUUCUUUAAAGGGUCAGGAAACCUUUAUUAAUGUUGUGUAUGAACUAUUGAAGAGUUCUUCAGUGGUGAUGAAACAGUGAUUUUCCUUCUACACUGUUCCAUGGGGUUGACAUCACUUCAGCCAACUGGCUUAAAACCUGUUUAAAAAUGAGGUUUAAUUAAGAUAUAGUUGGCUUCUGCUGACAUGGACAUAAAAUCAAUGCUUAGUUUGCUUGAGGAAAGACUAUUUUCCUUUUGGUUCUUGACUAAGUCAGAUUUUUUUUAAAAAAAGAUUAGGAAUUCAGAAAGCAGAACCAAAUAGCCAUUUUUAAAAUUCAUGUCCUCCAAAUGUUAAUUUGAUGCUUUGAGGCAUAAAUGACCUUUCUAGCCAGCUCAGACUUGUCAAACAAAGGAGCGAUAGAAACAAGCUGCUGUUUGUUCUAAUACAACAGCCUGCUUCUCUGGGAGAUUUUCAAGGCAAUGUUGCCUCCCCCUUCUCAACAACAUUAAAUGAAACUUUGGCUGGUGCAGUGCUUGGAGUUUGGGAAAAGAAAUGUUGACUGUAUAUGCAUCAUUGGUUGGAUGGUGAUGAAAUCUGGACAAACUGAACAAAUGGGGCCAUAGAGUCCAACUUUAGAAGUACUAAAGACUUGAAUAGUGCAUCAAUCCAUGUCCACCCAAGCUGGCGUUUUUAUGUGCAGUUAUCCUUUAAAUGGAUAACAAAACAAGCCUUUUCAAAACUGUGUUUAAGGCAGGGCAAAAUGAUUUAUUUUCAGGACUUGAGUUACACCAACAACUCACUUUGUUUAUGGCCAUUGUGUCCAGGAAGUAAGCUUUGCCACAGAACGCUCAGGGUGCUGUUACUGACACACAGGGGCGAGUGGUAAGUGAGUUUCUCCUGAUAAAAGAAUCUGCGGGAUCAGUUUUGCCAGGUUGGUGGUAAAAUAAGGUAUAUGUCUGAGGUCUACGUAGAACCUGAACAACUUCCUUUCUUUUAUCAUAGCACAAGCAUCUCUUAAAAGGAUGUGUUGAUGUGCUGCCUCAAGGCAAUAUUGAUUUCCCCCCCUUCCCUGUAAAACACUUAAAGGAUAGCAAUAUCUUCAAGAACACAGCCAAGUACCAAAGCCCAGUAGCAAAAUACUUAUACGUGACCAAAGAAUUGAUCAAGGAAGCAAGAAGGGCUUGCAUGGGGUGGGAAACGUGUUCAUUCUUGUUAACACGAGCAUCUGAUUUAUGCUUAGCAUCAAAAUAAAAUUAUGAAUUUUAGGUGCCUCAAGAGAAAGGGGUGUUUUUUUAAUCUUUUAUUUCUGGUGGUGGUGUAUUGUACAGAAACUAAAGGGCUAUGCUGGAAGGACCAUACCAGCACGAUAGUAGGAGGGCCAUACAAACUAGUAGAGCAAUUACUUUGCCUAAAGAAGGUCUUUGGCUCAAUCCUAGGCAUCUUCAGGUAGGCAUCAAAUGACUUUCUUCUGAAAUGUUGGACAACUGCUGUCGGUCAGUGUAUACAGUACUCAGCUAAGUGGACCGAUGGUCUGAUUUGAUAUAGGGUAGCUUCAUCUUUAAUAUCACUUAGCCUUUUUUCAGUACAGUGGUACCUCGGGUUAAGAACAGUUCGUUCUGGAGGUCCGUUCUUAACCUGAAACUGUUCUUAACCUGAGGUACCACUUUCGCUAAUGGGGUCUCCCGCCGUCGCUGCGCCACCACCACUCAGUUUCUGUUCUCAUCCUGAAGUAAAGUUCUUAACUCGAGGUACUAUUUCUGGGUUAGUGGAGUCUGUAAGCUGAGGCGUCUGUAACCUGAGGUACUGCUGUAUAUGAAAUGAGACAAUGAAGGAAUGAUUACUCAAAUAGAAUGUGCAUGGCUUCACAGCCAGACAGGAGAACGCAGGGUUAAAACUGGCUAGGAUUUAUUUAUGUUUUUACUAAGUUGACCUGGAGAUAAUGGUGGCGGUAUCCCAUGCUAUGCGCAGAAAUAAAAAUAAAAAAUUCCUGUUCCUUGGAGGGUAGAUGUUGAAGAGCAGGCUGGAACAGAACACUUUUUCUUAAUACAAGUGUACUGUGUUCAUAAAUGUUUGGGGGUUUGGAGAGGAGGGAGGAGAGCAUUCAGUCACAUAACUAUCAACAAUCUGAGCUGAUACAGUCCAGGAAUAGUUUUACCAUUUGACAUACUGUCUGUGUAGCCAGCCUCUUAGUUCCUGGAAGGAGGGCUGGAACAAGCCAGGAUGCUUGCUUGCCCAUGCAUUUAAAACUGACAUUUUAUUUUUAACCCAACUUUCUAGCCUUGUUUGAAUCAUUUUACGUCAAGCUGUUUCCACAUUAAAGGCUUGCACUUAUGGGCAGUGUGAAUGAAAAAGUGAUGUUGGAUGUGACCCUAUAGAAUGGGCUUUAGAUAAUAUAAGCAAGUGUUCUUCAAAAUAAUAGCAUAUUUCUUCGGUGUAAUUUCUUCUGUAUGCCAGCUAGCAUAUGGAGAUCAGUGUGCCAUUUCAAAGAAUGUAUAGAUAGCUGCUGUGUGACCUCUUGGUUCCUUUUCAUUGCAAGGUUUUUUUAAAAAAAAAAAUUAAAAAAUGAAGGAACAAUAAGGAUCACACAAGAUGAAGCUAAUUUUUUCAUUUCAUUUCAUUUCUAGAAUUCACCAUGAAACUGGUUUUCCUGAUUUCGUGUAGAAUUGGUAUAGUUGCUUUAUCUUUGACAGGGAGUCCAAAUACAAGCUCCUGUAAGGACUCAAUUACCCACAAUUAUAAAUUCAAGCACACACAAUUUUAUUUAUUGCAUCUAGUGCACCUUUCUAGAAUUGAUGCAAUUCUAUCAAUUGCAUAUGUUUUAGAUAUCUGCAUAGAUAGUAAUCAUCUACAUUAGUUAGAGGAAAAGAGUAAAACGGGAUGCCCCUUUAACUAUUUUGAUAGUUUCUGUGAACCCAAUAUUCAAGUUGACUAAAUUGCACCUUAUUAAAAUUGUCAAAGAUAUCACAGGGGAUUGACUAUGAUUGCAGUCAAAAUGGAAAAAACCCUUUAGCAAUGCAAUUUUUAAUAUUUAUUUUGCUUACUCUUAAGGCGCAUGGUUUACUAGGAAUGGUAACAGAUUCCCUUUUAUCUUAUUUUGAUCCAGUACCAGGAUAGCAUGUUAGGAAGUUUGGGAAUAAAGUAGAAUUUAGGAGUGAGGUCCAAUUGUGGCAGCCCACUGACACAACAACCAAUCUGCUUGCAGGAAUCCCAAAUCCAGUGGAUGGUGUGGGCUAGUGGAAGUGUACACAGUGUUAACCUAUUGUAUACUUCUGCUUGCAGUGUCACUUGCACAAUGAAAAUCACCUGUGCAAGCAUGCCAGCUCUCCUACUUCUUGCACUAAACAUUAUGUUUGAUCUAUCCCUUGGUAAUUAAUUUUCAUUAAAACUGUGUGGAUGUUGUAUGCCUUGAUACCUAUUUCUAUUCUCAAAUAUUACUUAAAAAAAAUUAACAAUUUCAACAUAACAAAAUAUCAAAACUUAUAAUAUUCAUUAUUUCCCCCUUUCCCCCCACCUCUCCAUCGAAACCCCCCCCCCGAGACUUCCCUCAGCUCCUCUCUCUGAUUUCUCAACACAUGUUAUUCUCUUGCCACUGUUCUUUUCUCGGGGUUUCCUCGUUCUUCCAUCCUUGUGCUAUCAAGACUCUUGCCGCUGUUGUAUGUUAUCGUGGCCUUCUAAGUCCAAUGCUUCUUCCUUUUCCAGUUUUAUACAGUCCCUGAUCCAUACCAAACAUGCAGCCUCAUAAUAUCUAUUCUCAAAGAUUUAAACAGUAUUUGCAAAAUCACAAACAUAGAAUAGUAGAAUUUUAUAGCUAGGAGGGAGGGACCCAUAGGGUCAUCUACUCUAACUUCCUGCAGUGCAGGAAUUGCAAUGUAUUUUGUUGGAUCUAGAGUUGGGAUUCCAUGUACGGACAACAGUAAUCUAUCGGAAGCUUCUGUUGGAGGAAUAGUAGAGACUUAUUUUUAGUGAUUCCCUCCCCAAUCCCCUGUAGUCCUCUGCAGCAACUUUUUGAGGGGUGUGGGGCCCCUGGCAAAAUCAGUGAAAAUCACCUCCCCUUUCUCAUGUAAGUGUAAUUUUGCUGAGCACAAGUGUAACAUUUUAUGCCCCCCCCCCGAAUUCAGUAUAGACUGAAAACUCUUCAGACUACUUAAACAGUGUUUUUCCCCCCCUCUUGAGGAGCGUUAGCUGAACGAAAUGAAGCCAUUUAAAAUGUUGGGUAUAGCUGCUGCAGAAAAGUCAGCGUAGCUGCUGCUUUGGUAAACAGCUCUGUAACUAGAUGCAGUAAUGUUUGACAUUAAAUGAUCUGGGCUUAGAAUUAUCCAAUUGGAAUACAUUGUGCUUUAUGGCUUUGAGCACCUUAAAUUUAGUACACAGUACAUGCGUUCAAAUUAUCACUGUAAUAGCUUGAAAGAACAAAUACACCAUUGUACAGAAUGCAAAUAAUGCUUAUUAAGCUUGCAGUUGAUUCUUUCUGAUAGAUGAACCAAAUUGCUGUCGGGCUGUAUUUACUUGCACACAAACAGAUGUGAUUUUGCUCAAAAUCAAGAUAAUUACUCCAGGCGUAGUUGUGUGUGUGUGUGCGCACACAUGUAUAGGGUAAGCAACUGUUAGGGCUGUAUUUUAAAUCAUUCUGGCUUAAUGAACAGACUUUCAUGUUGCCCUUUUGAAGGAGGCAGGCAGCCUUACUAGUUUCACCAGCAUAAAGCACUGGUACAACUGGUGAACUAGUUAUUCCAGUUUGUGGGCUGAGAAUUGUAGCUGUCGUUAAUAACACCUGAACGUGCCUUAUCUGGAAAUUCCUUGCCAGCUCUUUGCCUACUCAAAACAGUUGUGGUAUAUAGCUGAAGGCUGAAUUGGUCAUUACAUGCCCUCCCCAUCUCCAGAGAAAGGUGCAUUGGGAGAGGCUGAUGAAGUAGAGAAGUGGGCGGGUAUCUUCAGCCUUUCCAAGCUGUAAAGAUGUGUUUGUAAUAGACUGAGCACAUUUCCCUCUGGCAGUUCUACGCAUCACUCUUUCCCCACUCCCUCAGCUGCUUUGCAUGGGGUAAUUUACCAAUCAUUUCUGGGGCUUAAUCCUGCUUCAGUUUCCUACCAACAUGAUGCAGGCAGGAAUGAAACCAAUAAUACAAAAAAUUGUUCUCCAGGUUUUAGGCUCUCUCUCUCUCUCUCUCUCUCUCUCUCUCUCUCUCUCAAUAAAAGCAUUGGCGCUUGUGUUCACUUGGUGGUUACAGAGUUAUUUUGCCUUGCAGUUGGGCAAUGGGUUUGUUACAUCACCUUAUGCUUUUAUACCAGGUUUUUCAUACGGUUGUUGUGUAACAGUUCUGUGUUUGUCGUGCAUUUGAAAUGAGUAAUGGCUGGUUCUAUAAGGUGAUUUUUUUAAAAAAUGCACAAGAUACUAAUACAGUGGUACCUUGAUUUGCGAACAGCCUACUUUACAACCAUUUUGGAUUACGACCAAUUCAAACCCGGAAAUGCACAUCCUGGUUUGCGAACUUUUUUUGGAUUAUGACCCUUUUUUUGGAUUAUGAACAAUUCUUUUGGAUUACAACCUGUGUUUUUUUUUGGAGGCCCCAUUGGCAAAAGCGCGCCUUGGGUUACGACCUGUUUUGGUUUACGAACGGACCUCCGGAACGGAUUAUUACAAGUUACAGGGAACCAGGCAGAGGGCCUUCUCGGUAGUGGCGCCUUCCCUGUGGAACACCCUCCCACCAGAUGUCAAAGAGAACAACAACUACCAGGCUUUUAGAAGACAUCUGAAGGCAGCCCUGUUUCGGGAAGCUUUUAAUGUUUGAUGUAUUAUAGUAUUUUAAUAUUCUUUUGGAAGCCGCCCAGAGUGGCCGGGGAAGCCCAGCCAGAUGGGCGAGGUAUAAAUAAUAAAUUAUUAUUAUUAUUAUUAUUAUUAUGAUGCUCAUAAACCAAGGUACCACUGUAUUAGUGCAUAAGCAGUUGUGAGCCAAAAAUUGUCCCGCAUCCAAAUUAUUUUGACUACAACCUUUAAAGGACACAAGUUAUUCACUUUGGGGACAUAACGGGUAUGUUACAAACAAUGCUAAGAAAUGGAGGCCUCGAAGGGAAUAAUUUUGAGCAAUGUUACUUAGGAGUUCAUGAUAUCCGAACAAGCAGGCAACGAACAGCAUAUAAUCUGCACGUUGUGCGGCAGCUUUAAAUAUACAUAUUAGGAAAGAAGCAGAUGCUUUCGUUGUGAAAUUGACAUGUAAAAUAGCAGUCUCCCUCAGCAGGGUGCAGCUCUAUCUGUGACUCCUUCACAUGUAAUGAAUAGCUAAUUUAUGCUCUAUAGUUCACAAGAGACUGGAGGGAGAUGAGGAGUUGGGGGAGUGUUCUGGCAACCAUAGUCAGCAGGAUGUGGUGAGAUGUGCUUUUAAUGGAAGCAAAUCCAAGGAUACUUUGGGGGUGGGUGGGUAAGGGAGGGUUAAUUUAUAAAGAGGAUUGCUCAUCUGUUACUUUGUGUUAAAUUUCAUUUAUUGCUACAAAUGGACAGGCAGACAUUUGUUCAUGUUGCAAUAAGAGGAACUGGCAGGCAUUGGUUUCUGAAUAAUGGGGAGGGGGGAGUUGUGAGGAGAUCUGCUGAGGAAUUUGCACUGGAGAAUGGACCAGUUUUCUCUCUUCUCAUCCAGUGACAACUGCAGGCUGCUGUCCAAUCGCUGUCACAUGAAUGCCCAUCUGUUGAGGAGACCUCAAAUUUCCAAGAGGUAUAUGAGCAGAGAUACAUUAAACCUCUCCCCUCUUUUUGUGAAAAUAGUUUGUCAAUAACUAGAUACCUGAUCCGCUAACCAUGGUUAAAACCUAAAUUAUGUAAUAAUAGCAUGAAAUUUGUAGACUCAAAUAUAAGAUUUCGACACUCUCCCCUCUCCCCUUCUUAGAGGGUAAAGUAGUUUUUACAGCAUCUGUUGUGAUUUUGCAACCAAAUGGUGAUUCUGGAAGAAGAAAACAGAGGAAGUGUUUUGAGGCUCUUGUUUUCCGCAGUUCUUAUCAGAAAAGACAGCUUUCUACUACAUAAACAGGAAAGACAAGAUAAAGUAUUGUAGUAACCUAAACCUACAAAUCUUUGUUGGACUGUGGCCUCAUUCUCACUGAGGUGGCAAACCUAUGUCUGGGCUCUAUGAUGCAAGGCUGCAGGUAGGAGCUCACAUAACAUAAUGCUCCUUAUGAAAUUCAUUAUAUGAAUAUAGUUCUUCAGAAGUCACAAGUGUUGCCCUUCACUUUGUGUGUGUAGGCUUUGAUUGGAGUAAAGUAAAGGUCAAGGUGCUGUAGGGAGAGUGAUAUUAUUUUGGAACAAACAUUAAUUCCUCUGCAUGGAGACAAAUCUUUAACAUUGCUUUACCGUAGCUGAAAAGUAUUGAACAGGAAGUAAUCUUUGGCUCUUCUGGGAGAAUAGAAACAAAAGCAGUAAGUUUUAAAAGUGAAUGGAAUGGUAAAAAGAAUGGGUUAUUUUAGGUUUGUUUUAACAUGUGAUUGACUUAGUGAGGUGGCUGAACAUUUCUCUCUACAUCAUACUUGUCUGUCUGUCUGUCUUUUUGUCUCUAAACUGAUAUUAUGGGUGGUUUAUGUGUGGCAGCUGAGAACUCUGUGACUUGGUUUGGCAAGUUCCUGCCAGUAAAGUUUUUGGUUUUACCUAUUGGAAACAACACACCCCUUUGAGGAGCUCAGUGUGCGUAGUGCUGUGGCAAGGCAGUUAGAGAACAUUGGAUUUAGUGUGAUGUCCUCAUUUAUAGAAUCAUAGAAUUGUAGAGGUGGAAGGGACCCUGAGGGUCAUCUAGACCAACACCCUGCGAUGCAGGAAUCUGAGUUAAAGCAUCAUGGAAUUGCACUGAGCUGUGCAUAUUUGUGUAUUGAGAUCUACAGAUCCUUACAGGGAAGGGCUGUAGCUCAGUGGUAGAGCAUUGCUUUGCAUGCAGAAGGUCCCUUGUUGAAUCCUCUGCAUCUCCUGGUGGGACUGAGUAUUUCCCCCGUCAGGCGGUGUAGACAAUACUGAGCUGGAAUGACCAAUGUUCUGACCAAUGUUUAGUCAUCCAGUACAGGUUUAACGUUGAAGGGAGAUGAGCCAAAUUCUUGCUGUGCAUACUACAGUGGUACCUCAGGUUACAAACACCUCAGGUUACAAACACUUUGGGUUACAGACUCCAAUAACCUGGAAGUAGUACCUCGGGUUAAGAACUUUACCUCAGGAUGAGAACAGAAAUCGCACGCCAGUGGCGCGGUGGCAGCGGGAGGCCCCAUUAGCUAAAGUGGUACCUCAGGUUAAGAAUGGUUUCAGGUUAAGAACGGAUCUCCAGAAUGAAUUAAGUUCAUAACCAGAGGUACCACUUUACUGGCUUUUUCAGCUGAUGGCUAAGUUUGUGGGAUAUAGCAGCUACUUGACAUGAAAACUGAUCAGGUGGAAGUUGAGAAUAACAGGGGACUAGCAAAAUGUUACAGAGUUCUGUCAAAAACAUUAUCACUUGGCUUUGUAUUCUGAACUUGGUUAAGGAUGCAGCUGGUGAUAAUGAGAACAGGAAGUUCUGUCUCAAACAAAUCUUACUUUAACCUUGGACAUUAUCACUUGUUUCCUCUGUGACUGGAUGUCUGGCCAUUAUCAUGCUUGGUCCCAGUGUGUGGGGUGUCAGUCAGCCCUUGUGCCCCUUCAGAGAGAGCCUAGUUUAGGGUUGCCUGACCACAAUGUUAGGCACUUGACUGGGAGCCUUGGUCUUUCCAGGCAGCUGGAAUUUUGAGGUUGGUGUCGUGUGACCAUCCCAGCUCCUCAUCUUGGAAGUGUUCGCUGCUGCGGUUUUCUGUGGCCUUUUAUUGCUGUCUUGACUGGAAACUAUACAAGGUUACAGUAAAAAGUAAAAUUAUACCGAAGAAAGAAGGAUAACGUCCAGAAGAGAGAAAAACCUCCAUAUGAAAAUUGCCAACAGCAUGCAUAGCAAGUCUCAAGUUGGCUAAAUGUGUUUGUGUUCCUUCUUCUCUUGCUUAAUCAUUUCAGUACUAGAGCUGCUUCGUAGUUGCUACAAGCCAUACUCGAAUCAAGAGAGGCCACAGGUGUUCUUUGGGUUUGUAUGAACGCUGUACCUGUGUUUCAGUACUGUAUAGAGCCAUGCAAUAUCCUCACAGUUAGAGAAACCACCACGGAUUUCUCCUUGCCCCUCCUCUUCCCUCCCUGAAAAUCUCCAGAUGGGAGGGCUGUGGAGUGCUGCAGAGGAAAGGGUUAAUCGGCACAAAUCACCUCCACCAUUAAGAGUCUCUGCUGGAUCAAAGACCCUUCUGUGAACAGAUGGAGCCCCUCCUUUUGUGGAGGGGAAACUCAAGAUCAUAGAAUCAGAGUUGGAAGGGACCACUAGGGUCAUCUAGUCCAAAUGCCUGCAAUGCAGGAAUCCUUAGCCCAACGUGGGGCUUGAAUCCACAACCCUGAGAUUAAGAGUCUCAUGUUCUACCAAGCCACUGAGUUGAUAUCAAAACUUUGCAUUACUGUAGAUGCUUUUUAAAAAAUAGUGAGUACAUUCCAAUGGGGGGGGGGCGGGGAGCUGAUUGCCUAAACAUUAUUGCUGGGUAAGGCUUCUGGUUUUUUUCCUGUGAAGAUUGUCUCUCAACGACUUUUCAUACCAUUGACCAUGGUAUCUUCCUGGACCAUCUCUGGGGAGUAGGAAUUGGGGGCACUAUUACAGUGGUUCUGAUUCUCCCUUCAGGACCAAAUCCAGAGGCAGUAGCAUUGGGAGAGUGUUUUUGCCCCCCUGGUGGCUAUGUUAUGGGGUGCCACAUUUAAUACCUCCAUGAAGCCGCUGGGAGUGGUCAUCAGGUGUUUUGGGAUGAGGUGCCAUCAGUAUGCUGAUGACAGUAGCUCUACAUUUUCAUAACAUCUUUUUUAGUGAUACUGUUUUAUCUUAUUUGUAAAUCAAUUUGAGGUUUUUUUUUUAAAUACAUUCAAGCAGUAUAUACAUUUUAUGAAUAAAUAAAAUUAAUUGAAUGUCUUUUAUGGUCAGGAAGAGAUUACUAAUUGAAAAUUAUGUGGAAAAUGGAUUGGAUUCCUAUGGGCAGGUAGAGAACCAGUGUCACUCCAAAAGGAAUUCAUGAAUCAUAGCUCAGUGCUUUAUUUCUCUUCCCUUUCCAUUUUGGUUUGUCUUGCCUUUCACUUCAUUAACAUUCAUUUGCUAACAAGACACACCCGAAGUUACUCACAUCAAUCUUUUUUUUCACAAUGCUUUGGACAUGCAAAAUUGAUACCCUUUAUUUAAUCUUUGAUACUACUUAUCUAAUCGUUGGUACAAGAGUUGUGUUGGUACUGUGACUGGUUUUAUUUGAAAUAGCUUUUAAUACAUAACUACAGGCUAGGACAAAUCUACAGUCGACCUUUGUGGACAGAGGACAUUUCAAAAGUGGAUUAAAUGUGCAGUAAAAGUGCACUGUAGAUCCUUUCCUGGAUUGUAUUACUUUGCAUUGCAGGCAAGGUAUCACAUAUUUAAAUGCUUUCCCCACAACUAAGUCUAUAUGAUAAAUUUAGCACAGCACAGAACGGUAGGAUACGCUUUCCUACCUUGCAUGCAAGUUUUCUGAGUGCAAGGGAUCCUCUUCUGUAUGGGGGAGCAUUACGUCAUGCAACUUUCCUCAGUGACAUAUACAUCCUCACAAAAGUGUUUUGCCAUAGUUAUGAUGGUGUAGCUUGGCUUUUCUCCUCCUCCUCCAAAGUCUGUGCUGAAGUUGCAGUAGGCAUAUGUGGUACUUGAAGGCCAAUGUUAAAGUUUGUGUAGGCCUAUUAGGAGUAAAUGUUAUAGCAAAAGGAUGUUCUGCUAACUGUACCCUACCUAUUUUGGCUGCAUACACAUUUACACAAGGGAAAAAUAUGUAUAUGCAUCAUGGCUAUUUCACUCAUGUGCAUUCUUCACUUAAGAGCACUGCAUAACUAAGAUUAAGUGUUUGUGGUAUUUCUAGGUCUGAACACAUGGGUAAACUCAUCAGUGAUCUAGAAAUGGUUAUUUCUUCCUGUGAAGGUGUAUUCUCAUUAUCAGGCUGUGAAACAAAUAUAAAUGAACAGCAUAGAAUUAACUGAGUAACCCCUACAGAACCACUGAAUAUUGUUUUGACAUUCAUGUGAACUCUUUUUCUUCUUCUUCUUACUUAAACCCGUUAAGUCCUGCCAGAUUCCACUGAUGGAAGGUUCUAACUAGUGUUUGCUGUCUGUGGAGCUGGAAAAUGUACUGCCAUGAGAGUUCUAAAGUAAUGGAGGCUUAGCGCACUGGCCUGUUCAGUCUGUUUCCUGUUUUUUUUCUGUAGUCAUUUUCUACCACAAUGACUACUUUGUGUGUACGAAGCUAUUUAUAUGCACACUGUUCCUUUGGGUGACUUUUAGUGGCUGCUGCCGAAGACCACAGUUGCUGUCUAAGACUGUCUCUAUUUAAAACUUCAUUCUACUUGUUGAUGAACUACAGUGCUUUUCUCACUUAAAAUGGCAAUCAUAGACACUUGACUGAAUUGUCCUUUUUUAUUCUUUUGUUUCUUCAAUGAACAGGUUUCCACCUGAGUGGCACAGUGACGGAGCCUGCAAUGCAAUCGGAGCCAGAAACUGUUUGCAAUGUAGCUAUCAGCUUUGAUCGUUGCAAGAUUACCUCAGUGACCUGUAGCUGUGGAAACAAAGACAUAUUUUACUGUGCCCACGUCGUGGCACUUUCUUUGUACCGGAUUCGCAAGCCAGAUCAGGUCAAACUGCAUCUUCCCAUUUCAGAGACUCUCUUUCAAAUGAACAGAGACCAACUACAAAAGUUUGUACAGUAUUUGAUCACAGUGCACCAUACAGAAGUUUUGCCAACUGCUCAGAAAUUAGCAGAUGAAAUCCUUUCUCAGAAUUCAGAGAUCAAUCAAGUUCAUGGUGAGUUAGCUUUCUGUACAGCGUACAGGCUUACUGAUAUUCUUCUAUCUGUGGUGAUGUACUGGACUUUCUUACAUGGAUUCACCUGCAAGUACAGUUACAGCAAUAAAAGACACAUUUCACCUUGGACUACUUUAGGCAAUGCAGUGAAAGACUUGACUGAAAACAGCUAUAGUAAGGAACAUUACACAUACUUUUCGGAAGGAUGAUCAUAAUAGGCCCAGCUAAUACUAGGAGAGAAUAUAAUACGUUCAGUUGCUUGAGGUCCAAGCAGAUAUGGAAUUGUCAGGAACAGGACAAAACAAAGGGUGGCUUCUGUAGCUGCUUAAGUGCACAUUGUGUGGGGAGGCAGUACUCUGAAAACUUCAGUAGUGUCUAAUGCCACCACUGUGACGUGCCUGGAUGGAGAGCAAUACUUGACCCAACCAUGUUCCAAAGGUUGCAGAUGAUUGCGACUUCAUAGGGUUUUAUAGGCAUCCUAUGAUAGUUCUUGAGGAACUAUAGUGUAAAAAACUAACAAUGGUAGUUAGUCCCAUAAAUAACACAGGAAAGAAUUUAUUUGGAACAUUUGUAUACCAGAUUUCAGGCAAUGUAUAGCAUGGAACAAAUACAAAAAAACCCCCUGCCAUCCUCAAUUAAGACAGCAAAUGAAACUUUAAAGCAGGUGGAAACUUUCAGUAAAUCAGUAAAAUCUGUUCAAAUACCUGGGUAAAGAAACAGAAUGUUUGGUAGCUAAAUGUUAGACUUCUGGACACGUUGAACUAUUUUCAGGGAUACCAGGGUCCACAACAUGACACACGUGAGGCUGAGAAGACACAGGGCUUUUGCCUAAAUCUGCAUCUUCAUCUUAGGAAUGUCUUAUCAAUAAGCAACAUAACAAUGAAAUAAGUUCACAGCGAUGACUGUGUAAACACAGCCUUAGAAGUUUUCUUGUACCAGGACUGUCCAAAAUAUAGGCUUCUGGAGUCCUCAAUGUGGGGAUCACCGGACCUUUUGCGUCACUCUGUUUUAGUUGGAGCUAGAGCUAAUAUACAUAGAAGAAAAUAUAACUCAGCAAUGGAUAGCACAGGGUUGUUCAGCACCAGUAUCUCCCAUUGUUCCCUAUAAAUUAGCAGCUCAUGUGUCAAGGAGUAUGCGAUGCAUAAGGCAGCGUAGGGAUUUGAACACGAGCCUUGUGUAUCACUUGCUUUUUACACCCAAGAGGGAAGGGUGUAGAGUGGUUGGUGGUGUGCAAUGGAUGUUGAAUGACAACACUUGUUUAGGGUACCAGGAAUGGAUGAGACAGCUGUUUUGGCAUAUUUUUAAGGGUUAUGUUAAAGUAGGGUUUAUAUGGUGGAGAAUUGUCAUCUGUGGGAAGGAAGGAUCCUUUGGGGUGCAGUAGCAGUGGUGCCAAAGGAAUUUGGAGUGGCAAUAUAUGGAAAGGAGUCAUAUUGGGGUUGAAAAGUGAGGCGUAUUUUGUAGAAGCUAACUGGGUACUAUUUACCAAGGCAAGGGAUUUAUUCUGAAAAAUGUUUAUGUUGCUCCAGGCAUCUGUGAGGUGGGGAAGUUGGCCUUUCAACCAUCUUGAGUUCUGACUCCUCUCACCCAGCAACCCAUCCCCCUCAUUUAAGUAUCUCCCAUUUUAAUUAUUCUGUAUAUACAAAUAUGUCCUAUAAAGGGUGUGUAGAAAAUGCUGUUGUUUACAUGUUACAAAUAGCCUGCCUCAUGGAGCACUGAGCUGCUACCAUAGAAAGGCAGUGUCCCACUGCCAUAUGCUCCUGAGAUGGAUUUCAGUCUCUUUAUGGAGGUGUUUACAGAGAGGUUCUCAAGAUUUCAUGGAAGAAACAAGUUUUGAAUGUGUUGUAGAGCUGUGUCUAGAUACGUUGAACCUCUUCCGUCUCCAUAUGUGUCAUUCUUUUAGUUUUUAUAACUAAGCUUGACAAAAACUAGUCAGUACUGAAGUAAAAAGUAUGAGGAAAAGUCUUUGUUUCAGCCUUUAAUACGGUAAGCUGUACUGUCUUGAGUGUGAUACCCAUCCCUCAUCUGAAAACUACAUAAUAGUUGACUUGUGGCAGUAGAUUUUCUUAGUGAACUUUGUCCCCAAAGAGGUAUACAGAACUUGUUCGGUUGCAGCUGUUGGAAUUAUUUGAACAUCAGUCAUGAAUGUCAGUCAUGCAGCUGAUAAGAUGGCUACACUGACCAGAGCUGUUCCGAUUCUGCGCAUUAGCUCCUUUGCAGAAAAGGGUUGAAACAAUGACGUCCUACCUGUGAACCUGGAUUUUAAAGCACAGCUUGGCCACAUUCAAAUUGGUAGAUCAGGCAAAUAAUUCUCUUGUUGUGGUAUUUUAAAAACAAAAACAACACUGGUCAAACUAGCCCUGGGAAGACUUAAAUGUCACGUGUUUUUCAUUAGGUUUUUUUCUUACAGUUUAUCUUCAGAAUGCCACCAGGAUGCUUUCAACAGUCUUAAUUGUUCUAUCAUAAACUUUGUCCUGGAACAUUUAUAGAAUACUGACUAGAAAAACUCAGCACAUCUUUAUUUUCUUGCUGAAAAGGUUGAGUGGUAUUUGCAGCUCUGAUUACCCAGUUCUUUCCCUCUCCUGCCCUGUAGUUAUCAGAAAGGUACAUCUCCAUAGGGGAUACCAUGCCUACUCAGUUAUGCAGUUACCAGCUGCCAAUGUUCAUGAUACCGGUAUCAACCAUGUAAUGUUAGGUGCUGGGAAUGUCCACAGAGUCAUACCACCACAGUUUUGGAUCCCUCAGCCUCAAAUUAAGUAGUGCAGCCUUUCUCAACCUGUCUUGAAUGGAGCUGAUGGAAAUGUAGUGCAAAACAUCUGGAGGGCAUGAGAUGGUGGAGGCCUGAGCUGGUGCUUAGGAGUUAACAGUUUCAGGCACCAACUUGAGUUCAGAAUGAGACAUUCCGGAUGGCCUUGGCCUGAGAGAAUGUGUGUUGUUUAAGAUACUUCAUAGGUUGAAGUAGUUGAAAUAGUCUUUGAAACUGUGGAAUAUGGUCUUGAAUUAAUGACUAGCUAGCAAAAAGUAGGCAAAAAUAAUAAGAAAAAAAUAGGUGUUGUUGUUGUUUUAAUGGCUGAAUCUCAUAUAUAUCUUAUGGUGCAUCCUAAUUUGACAAGGUGAAUCACCACAACUUCACUGGAAGGCAUCUUAGAGCCAGUGUAUUACAGCACCCAAGACUAAAUUUUAUAAAACUGGUUUUGAUUCAUUGCUACACUUUGAUUAACUAUUAUUUCUGUACACUGCCUUGUGAAGGCAAUGUACAUUGAAAGUUGGGUUUAAAAAUAAUUUAAUAAAAAACAAAUUAAAUACAUGAAAUGCAUUGUGAAUUGGGAAGUUAAAUCUCAUUAACUCACUAAGUGGCUUUAGGCAAGUCACCACAGUGAGCUUGAAAACCAACUCCUCAACACAGUGCUCAGCUUUAUAAAAACACACACGAGACAUUUUGAAGACACGAGUCUAGAAGCUAGAAAAUCAGCAAGGGUGUGGAGGAAUAAUUGGUGUUUUCCAUAAUAUGUCACAUAUUAUGACUGACUGUCUCCAGGGCAGAAGUCAUGGGUGUGUGCUUGGUGCACUGAGCUGUUAGCUCUUGGGGAAUAUUUGUUUGUUCCUUUGAGGCUAAGAUGGCAAAGCUGAGAAAAUCAGAGAAGUAUGUAGAUGAAACCUUUAAGGAUGUUGACAGCAUCUCAGCUAUCUCUGGCUUCUUGGAGGCAUCUGGGCUGGCCAUGGUUUGACUCAGAAUGCUAGCCUAGCUGGAUCCUUGAUGUAAAAUAGUAGACAUUGUAUCAUAUUUCCCCCUUAACCCCCCAGCUAUAAUAUGGUGCAAAUCGCUUCAAAUGUGUUAUUUCUCUGAAGACUUAGUGUUUGUUUGUUUACCUAGAACAAGUUUUGUGAAUGAGCCUUCAGCCUAGCGUUUUCAAUACAGUAUAGAGUAAUAGACUUGGGAGGAACCUCUGAGGUCAUCUUGCAACAUACUUGUGAACAUACAAUGUUUUUUUCUAGAAAAACCAGUUUCCAGUACAAAGAUUUCUUAACAAUCCAAUGGCAUCUUUAUAUAUUGCCUAUCUUCCACACACUGGUUCCAUACACUUGCAAGUUACUGCAGCAUAAUCUCAGACAACAUUAUGAAGAUACAUGAUGCGGUUCCUGCCCAAAGCUAAGCAGUUCUUGGUUCCUGGCCAGGUGAGUGUGUUCUAUGGGAGAUGUAUGGAAGCCACAUAUGCCAAUCUGAGCCUCUUAGAAGGUGGUACAGGAAACCAGCACAACAAUUUAAUAUCUUUGGUAUUGUGCCAACAUGAUGAUUGCCAUAUCUAGUCCUAUAGUUCUAAGUAUUUUAUGACAACUGUGCAAGAGCACAGCUUGCUGUCACAUACAUAUUUUGCUGCUGUUUAUCCACACUUGUACUGGAGCAAUUACUUGUUUUCAACUAUUUGCAAAGUGGUAUCAGUCUCUGGUGUUACAGUGCCUUGUUACCAUGGCUUCCCUUAAAGAAAUGUUUUUGGACAACUUUCAAGUUGCAUCAAGUAUAUACUGAUGGCAUGCAUUAAAAAUGUCUUAAAAUGCCACAAAAGGGGAGAGAACUUUUAAACAAGUCUGUUUAUGCCUAUAGAUGUGCUUGUUUGAUUCUGAAGGCGGUUAAUUGGGAACACUUUCUAUAAAGCCUUAAGCAGGAAUUGUUACCGUGUUUGAAAUGGGUGCUGACUACGUCGUUUGGAGAAAGCCUAGUUUCAUUUUCAUAUAUGAAGAGGGUCAAGAACUGUCUUGAAGUCUCAAGUGUUUGGUCCUCUUAGUGUUUCUGGUGACAUCUGGCCUUUGAAGCUCUUCAGUGAGUUUCGAAGCGAGUGCAACAGUUGUCUGCCAAAUUACGACAGAUAUGUUGUGCAAAUGGUUGGAACACUGUGCUUAAAAUAUCCAGGUUUUUGUUUGUUUGUUUUUAAAAAGUUGGUACUAGUAGCUUACACUUGAAUGUGGCUUUUGGCCUGUGAGGUAUAGAGUGUUGUUUGGACUAAGGCCAGAGGGAUCCAUGUUCAAAUCCUCACUUGGCCAUAUCACUCAUUGGGUGGCCUUGGGCAAUUCUCAGCCUCUUGUAGGUUGGUUGUGAGGACACAUGGGGAAGAACAACGCAUAGUGUUUUGAUUACAGUAUUAUAGAUUUAUGCUUAAAAAAGGCAAUAAAAUGUAAGCGUGAAAUCAAAAACACAAUAAAAUUAGCAGCAGGAUAAAUCCAGGUUUAAAACCAGAAAAGAACAAGAACAGUACAAAAGGUUUUUAAAAGCACUAAAAAAAUUGAGAUUGAAAAGGGGGAAGGUCCUUGGGGAAAAGGGGACUAUAAAUACGGCUACAUAAAAUGUUGGUGAGAGGUGUAUCCAUAUAAAUGGUGUGUCCAAUGUCAGAUCAAUACUAUGAAAGGCUCUUUGUCCAAGUGUGUGCUUAAUGAGGGUGAUUACUGGCUGUGAAAAAGACCCUUUAACUUGCAAAUCCAUUUUAACUAAGAAAAGAGACUAUGCAUGUUUCCUUUGGCUUUUUCAGUGUUUGCCCGUAUCCCCAGCUGUUAAUCCAUAUCAAGCAUAACCAAAUAUAAGGUGGUGAUCUUAUACAGAGUCAUACCACUGGCUCUCUAAGAUCUUGGGCAUAGACCUUUCUUAGACUUGAAAGACUUUUAAGCUGAGAUUCUGGAGGCUGAACCUGCAAAGUACGUACUCAAGCAGUGACCCUGUACAGUUGUUCUAUAUCAGGCUGUUGCAUGUGUUCACCUUUUUAAAACAUUGGCUCUGUGUUCUGAGGUUGCAUGCAGGCAGGCUGAUUUUCUUUUUCUUUUAAACACACCUCUCCAGUCACUUGGUGUGUUAAAAGUCACUAUGUCUGUGUACAGUGGCCUGAUUGUAUAGAGCCAGUAGCUAGAAUUCAGCACCCAUGACUGCAACCACAACAGAGAUUAUAAUAAGAAAUCAUUCAUAACUUCACCAUAUUUUGAAUGGGAACAGCUUGAUCCCCAUGCACCAAGAAUACCACUCCUUUCUCUUUCUUUCUUUCUCUCUCUCUCUCUCUCUCUCUCUCUGUGUGUGUGUAUAUGUAUAAUUUUUCUAUUGUGGUUGUAGGUGCUCCUGAUCCAACAGCUGGUGCUAGCAUAGAUGAUGAAAACUGCUGGCAUCUGGAUGAAGAGCAAGUUCAGGAACAGGUUAAACUCUUCCUCUCCCAGGGUGGAUACCAUGGAUCAGGGAAGCAACUCAAUUUGCUUUUUGCAAAGGUAGGUAGGAAGGAAUAUUUGUGGCUGUCAUGAAUGCUCCAUCCACACACCGCCUGUUUUCAAGUAGGCCCUUUCAAUUGGCUUGCUUCUUGCUUAAUGAUGUCCCUGUUUGCUUAUUGGAACACUGUUUGGUAUUACUACUAAGUGGUUUCCUGUGGAGGAGUGCAAGUCAAUGUGACUUAAAAUCAGUUGUUUUUCAGGCUACCAGUGGUUUUGGUGUCAGUAUAUGUAAAGCCCCCAACUGCUAAAUGGGGAAUACAAGGGCUUUCAAAAAUAAAUCCAACGCUCUUUGUUGCUAGGAAAAUGUGGCUGUGAUGUGUUUAUAGGACUCAAAGAAAGACAUGCAGUGCACCCCACAAAUAUUUUUUUAGAAGCUUGCAGCUUUGAAGCCUGACUCAUGACUUUCCACAUGUUUUGAGCUUGCACUGAAGAAUUAGUACAUUCAAGUGAGAAGUUUUAGUAUGAAAGCGGAAUCAUUUACGAGACUGGUUUUUUUUGUUUGUUCUGGAUGUUUGAGGUAGUUGGUGUUGAAAACGAUAGUCCAGGCCAACCCAUGCUAGCUCUCACUCUCCAGGUAAUGGGAAGGUUUUGAGCUGGGCUAAGUAAGAUGGGAGUUCUCCCCCCCAGGUCACUGUGUUGCCAACAGCCUAAGUGCGACAGCUGCAGGGAUGAGUCUUUGGUGGCCAUCUUAACAGACAUUUGCAUGCUGUUCCAUGCUUUUAUUAACAGGUUUAUACAGGAACAUCGUAUUUUUUUCUGCACUAAGGUUUAGAAAUGUGGCACAAGUAGAAACUAACAGUAGAAAAUUAGAACACUUGUCAUCUGCUUGAAAGGCUGGCAUAGUUGACUCAGUCCAGACUGGGAUGUUGAAGUCAGGAGUCAAGAGCCAAGUAGGAGCCUGAAAUUAAGCUCAAUUCUUUGCAUGGAACUGGGGCAGAGGCAGUUAAAGCUGCAGGUUGCUGGUGUUAGAAUAAUGUAAUGUCAAGACAGAGUGGAGGCAGCAGAUCUGUCCCAGAUCAGUGUGUGCCUUGCAGCUGAAACAGGGCACCAGUCACACUGAACAGACUGACAGAAGCCUGCAAAGACACCUAUUUCUCUUUCAACCCAGUAUUUGAAAUGGAUGUUAAAAUAUACAGAACCCAAAGGACAAAUGUGGGAGGAGAGAGUAGGGAGUAUAAAACAAAACAAAACAAAACAAAACAAAACAAAACAAAACAAAACACACGAGUGUGUUCUUUUCCCAGUAUGUCAUAAGGAAACUUGGGACACUGAUGCACUUAAGCUGUAAGAGGACAAGAUGUGUCGAUUAUGUGUCUCAAAGAAUGAUUCUUCCAAUGCAUAGUACCUUUGAGAUGGCAUGAAAAAGCACAAAUUUCCUCCCAAUAUUAUGAGGAUUAAUUUCCUGUACUUUUUCACAUUAAAAUAAGUAUUGCAGUCCAAACCAGGAGCGGUUGAGAUGUUUAGCCUGGAAAAGAGGGGACUGAGAGGAGAAAUGAUACUUAUCUUCAAAUACCUAAAGGGCUGUGUCACAUGGAAGAAGGAGCAAGCUUUUUUUUUCUUCUUCUCUGGAGGCCAGGACCCAAACCAAUGGCUUCAAGUUACAAGAAAGGAGAUUCCGACUAAACAACAGGAAUAACUUUCUGACAGGAAGAGCUGUUUGACAGUGGAAUAGAUUCCCAUGAGAGGUGGUAGACUCUCUUUCCUUGGAGGUUUUUAAGCAGAGGUUGGCUGGCCAUCUGUUAUUGAUGCUUCAAUUCAGAUUCCUUCGUUGCAGGGGGUUUGAUUAGAUGACUCCUGGGAUCCCUUCCAACUCUGCAAUUCGAUUAUUCUAUGUACAUUUGCUCAUUCUAUGAUUCUGUGUACAUUUGCUCAUACAUUACUGUCAGGGAACUGACAUCGGAGCUAGAGGCGGAGGGGAGGCUCUCAAAUGAUGCUGGAGAAGGGCCCAGCAGGGAGAGAGGCAGCUCAGCAGAUGGGGAAGCAAAUCAGCGCAACACCAGAGAUAAAGGGGGGCAGAUGGGGAAUCGGCGAGAGGGAUCCAGGACUCUUCACCGGACACCAGCGGGGAGAGCACGGGUCCUCCGCUGCCCACGCCCUCCCUGCGCAGAAGGCUUCCGCGCAGGGAGAGUAGGAGGAGACUUGGCGUCAAACAACUUUUAUGUUGGAAAAGGUUUAAGAAACGCCCACUGACGGAUUCUGCUAGCGACUGAGGCAGCCACGAAGUGAAGGGCUGUCCAGACAGAAAGGUUUAAACAAGGCAACAUAGCCAGGAGAGGCGGCAACUUACGCACGAGCAACCCAUACUCAUUACAAUUACUAUCUAGGUAGCAUAAUUGCACAAAGAAACAUUAGUUCGUAUGUGAAUGAAUUCAUUAAAGCAUGAAUGUGCUUUAAUGUGAGGGUUUUUUUGUAUUCUGCACAUUCAUCAGUGCAGCUUAUUAGUACCAUCUAUCUACUCCCCUUCCAUGUGUAUUAAUUCUGUAUUUGAUGUGAUGGUGGCGGCUCAUAACAUUGUAUAAAAAUAUUGUAUUCCUCCCACAUUUGGCAUAUUUUGUUCAUUUCCAGUAAUGUUAGGUAUGCUGCUAUCAUGUUAAAAAUAAAUUCAUUUCCCUGUCAUUGGCCUUCUUUUUGUGUAAUUUGAGAGUCAAAACUUUGAAUCUAGAGGAUGAUCUCAUUGAAAACUCCAUAAGAGAACACAAUUCCCCAUAACUCAGUAUGAGAUAUAAGAAAGUGGUUCCUUAUAUUUUCAACACUUUGCCUACUUUCCAGUGCAUUCUAAGUUGGAUUACAACUUUUCCUCUCAGUUGGUACAAAUCAACAGUAUCUGCUGUUCCAUAACUAAACUCAUACUUCCAGUGACCUUUAUCUCCAUUAGUUCUCCAUUUUACUGUUUGUGAUUUGCUUCCAAUUUCUCCCUCCCCUCUUUUUUUUUUUUUCAUUUUCAGAGGAUAGCAUGUUUUAUUUUGGGCACCUAACCUAUGAUUUUGUUUCUGUUGCUUUGAUAUUUUCUAUCCUAGGUUCGAGAGAUGUUAAAGAUGAGAGAUUCGAACGGUGCUCGGAUGUUGACAUUGAUAACGGAGCAGUUCAUGGCUGACCCUCGCCUGUCACUCUGGAGGCAACAGGGAACUGCAAUGACAGACAAGUAUAGGCAGCUCUGGGAUGAACUAGGUAAAAGCAACUCUCUAGCAGAUUUUGAAGUGAAGGAAACGCUGUGUGUUAAGAGGUGUUGGCUCUUGUUAAAGGAGCCUGGAAUAAUUGCCAACCUUUGGGAAACAUGGCAGCCUGGGCACUUUGUUUUCAUGGGCAAAAGCGGUGCAUUUUUGCUAAACCCAAGGACAUUCAGCCAAAAAUAACUACUACAUGACAUGUUUAAUAGUAAGAGCUGGAAUAUAAACACUUCCUAGGUAAUAAGUAAUCCAUUGUAUUAACAAAAGCUAGGUUUGCAGGCUAUUAAUAGUAAAUGUUUACCUUUGUGCUUAGGUCUGCCUAUCUCUCAAUUCUGAAAUGUCUAUGAAAGGACAUACUGCUUCAGUAAUCAGUUUUCGUUUGGUGCGGAAAUUUGUGUGGCCCUCUGUUUAAGCUUGACAGAUGGUAUAGUGUACACCCGGGUCCCUGAGUUCACAGUUCAGUCAAGCGGGUAUGUUUACAUGGGCUGUUUAAUAUAAUGUGGCUCAUUUUUGUGCCAUGCUUAGGUUUGAGGGGUAGUAGGAAGGCAGGAAGAUGAAAACGCCGUUAAGUGAUCUGGGUGGUGGUGGUUCAUUUUCCAAAUUAGACCACUUGCUCAGCACCUUAAUCAAACUCUCUCUGGCCUUGUGUAUUUAAGAGCUGCUGAGUUUGCACAAAUGAUCUUUGGAAUGAAGAGUAUAGUAGUACUUGUUGGCUUCAGCUGGUAAUAGCAGCUGAAAUUCAUACUGAAGUUUGUCCCAGGACAAGUAUGAUCGUCUGCUUGAAAAUCAAAAGAAUGCAAAGCUGGGAAUCUGCCUGUAUUUAUUUUAUUUUUUAUUUUUUUAAAGAAGGGCCCAUAUGCUGUGAGUAUCUUAAUCUACCUUAAUGGAAACUGGAACUAAAAUAACUGCCACGGUCGUAAUUCACACCUAGUGUUAUUUUGGUGCGUCAUGUAUUUUGGAAUAGGAGUGCCAUAUUUUUACAUUGCUCGGUAUGAAAUAAAUAUAACACUGAAAGGUCCAGAGGUGCGAAUUGCAAGCUGCAGCUAUUUCAGUUUAUCUUCCGCGUAGACAAGCAAUCAGUAAGGGAAUCCUUGCGACGCAUUCCAUCAGCAUUCUUCUGGAUGAACUAUAUUUAAUAAUGACCCUGUGCAUGUUAUAGGGAUCUGGCUGGAUGAGAAGAGAGAGCUGUUUGGACCCGGUAGCUGACAGCUGGAUAUUCUCAGUUGUGGGGUAGUUAGUGGAGGGAGCGGGUUGCUGUGGUCUAUAAGGGUUCAAUCUCCUUUCUGCAGCCCAUUUUGCAUGUUCACACUUGAAGCUGAAAGUGUGGUAUUGAGGACUUUGGGGGCUUCAGCCUCUGGGGUCGCCUUUGCAAGCCUUGCCCAGGAUUUCAUAGCAACCAUGGCUGUGUCCCCCGUGUGGAUGUUGUGUUCUGUAAUAGACAAGAUAGAGAAUCCAUGUAUGAGGAAGCCUCUAACGCCUUUGUUUAGAACAGAUUACUUCCCUUGCUAAGGUUAGAGCAUAUAUCCCUGUAACCUCCUUAGUGUUAGUGGACUUUCAAAGGCAAAUUGAUCUGGAUGGUUUUAUGCUAACCCCAGGAGAUAAUUCAGCAAACUCUGCAAACUGUUGUUUUGAAGCUCUUUGAAUAGUCAACUUGGGGAGUUUACACAGUGGCUCUUCUUUCUGGAGCCCACACAUGUACAGGGAAGUGAGGGCAAAGAGUCAUCUCUUAGAGUACAAAUGUGCAAACUGCUUUGAGGGUUGGUUUGUUUGGUUUUACAAUCAAGCGGUGUAUAAAUUUUAUGAAAUAAAAUCAGUAAGUACUGGAUAAAUGGCCAGUCUUGACUGAACAUGGAUUGGAGCCAGUUUGAAGGCUUGUGCUAUGACAGUGAUCUUUCUCUGCCCUCACUGAGAGCGCGUUCCAAAAAUGCCUGCUGGAGAUUGCACAGCUACAGAGUGGUGAAGGCAUUGCUCCAGUAUAAUGUGCAUUUUUAUGGGGCUUUAGAACCUUCAGUGGUGGGCUGGGAACAGUUUUGCAGAGUGCUUUGUAGAUCAAAUAACUCAAAUCAUUCUUUCUUGCAUUCCACUUUAGUAGCAGGAAUUAGAGCAGAAAUGUCCAGCGCCUCCUCUUCAGAUUUAUUGGAUGAAUUUCAGUUGUUGACGCCUCAUGAUGUGGAUCAAGUGUUUGGAGCUGUUGACAUUACUGCUUGCUCAUUUGACCCAUGCCCAUCCUGCCUAAUGUAAGUUUGGCAGGAGAGGCUAUUGGAUUCUGUGUUGGUUAAUAUGAGCCCUUCACUACCGCUUUGAAGGAGGUGGCAGUGCAAUCUAUCAAAGAAAUGUCUUCUCGCAAACUUAUUUUUGGUGAAUAUGGCUAUAAGCAGGCAUAUUUGGAUGAAACUGAUAAUCUAAAUCCAUUUCAAACCUAGUUUCAGGAUAGAAAUUACUCUGAUCGCCCUGAACAGGCCACACUUGUAGAAUAGUAGGGAAUCCUGUUGGAUUCUCUUGAUGGUUUUCAGUGCCAUCAACCACAGUGGCCUUCUGGACUGCUUGUGUAGGUUAGGAGUAGAACAUACCAUUCUGCAGGUGGCUCCACCUCUGCCAGGUAGGGCUGUUUCAGUUUGUGCUGGGAGUACUGCUCCAGUUGUGUUGUGGACUUCCAUCUUAUCUCUAGUGUUCGUUAAUAACUACAUGAGGUCACUUGGGGUCUGAAACUCUGUCCAGUAGCAGAUGAUAGCCAACUAUGUUUCUCCUUCCUUCUGUGUCCUAUGUGGCAGAAUUGCCUGAAGCUGGUAAAGGCCUGGAUAUGAGUACGACAAAGCUCAUUUGGACAAUCUGUAUAUUAAUUUAAUGUAAUCAUGCCCAAAAUCAUCUCUCAAAUCUGUAAAUGCAAUCCUCAAAAUAGUUGUCCAGAUACACAGUCCUCAAUAUAGUUGUUCCCUUAUUAUGUGGUUUACAUUCUCAUCUGAAAACAAAGGUUGUGCCAGGGUCAGUUGAAGUGUCUGUCCUUAAGCGAUAAAGGUUGACCAGGUGGUUGGUCGGUGCAUUUCUCAUUUUCCAAAAACUGAAGAAACACAGUGUUGGGCUUUGAGCCUUCUUCCCUUGGGGGUUCCCCAGCUGGUUCCUCCCACCAUUCCUCUGUGUCCAACCAGCCCAUGACUUCUAUCAGAGUGGCCACAGGGGCUUGGGGGAUGUCAGGAUCCAGCUCACUGGCCAGCUCCAGUUUUCCCACAGCAGUCCUUGAUGCUCAGCUGAGUAAUGCAUACUUAAUCAAAGCCUAAGCCUAAGCAACCACAGUGUUAAUAAUUUAGUAUAGGGCUAGUCCUCCCGUAAAAUUGCCUGUUACCCCUGAAUUUGAAAUUGUCAGUUCAAGCCCAUGCAGUAAGUGCAUGCAGGAGGGGUAAGCCUGUUUCAUUUACUAAGGUGGCAGAGUGCACUGAUCCCACAUACCUCAAGGGCUGAAGUGAACCCGCAGCUGGAAAUCCCACUAAACGUUGCCAAUAGCAAACCAGAGGUAAGAGAAGAGUAGGUGGCAAAUGAAGUAUUCAUCCAAUGUUAACUAAUUCUUCUUUGGUCCAGUUUGGAAGCAAGUCAGAUUUAGAAAAGCUUAAUAAUAAUAAUAAUAAUAAUAAUAAUAAUUUGGUUUUUAGAUUAAAAUUUUAGUCAUAUAUCAAACAUACAACAUAAAAACAAGAUUCCAAGGAAUCUCUUAGACUUCUCCCCUUCCCCUGGUUAAUAAUUUCCUCUUUCAUCUUUUAUGAUAAUCCAAAUCUUUUACAUCUCCAUUGUGUCCAAAGUUCACCAUUAAGCUACAAGUGAUUUUCCAAUCAAAUUUGGAAAAGCUAGCAAAAAACUUUCCUUAAAUUCAGUAGGAAGUUUGCAGAAGUUUGUUUGUUUUCCUAUUAUAUAUAUCUAUAUAUAGUGAGAGUGUGUGCAUCGAUUAAAUUUUAGUUAUCCUGUUUGUGAGCCAGUGCAAUGGAAAGGCUCAUCUGAGAAGGUUUACUUAACCCCUCUUGCACAAGGACAUGUGCGUUCCAUUAAAAGUUACUCUUCCAGGCUGUGCCUCAGUUCAAUUUAGCUGCCACCAGUUCCUAGAUGUUAGACUAUCCGGCUUCAAAGUGACAGCUGCCCUCAGAAGAGUUCCUGAGGAGGGCUUCUCCUUGGAAAAGAUCUGAUUACUCUGGGCACUUCUAAAGCCUUCCCACCCUUCUCCCUGAACCCACUACAUAUAUCACCCUCCAGCUUUUUAAAACAAAGGUUUUCGUUGUGAUAAGUACAGAUUGCUAAAAUACAGAGUGCUCUUUGGUGUCUUCCAGACAGCAAAAAGGAAAGUUUACAUCUAUACCCAGGCUCACACCUGUAUGGUUCACAGGCCAAACCUAGUGUCUUAACUACUUCUUUGGCUUUGAGAAGUGCAUCUUCAGUUGACAGAUGGAAAGGAAUUCCUCUCGAUCCCACAGAUUCGGCUAAUGUUUUUUCCCCUACUCUGGAGCAAGCCACCUUUUAAUGAGGAUGCUUUUUAAAAAGAGGGAUUUCCUUUCUAGAACUUUUCUGGAAGGCUGAGCUAACUUAAGAUGGUAAUUGAGAUCCAGCCAACACUAGCAAGAAUCCCAAAUUCAGGUGGGAAGCAGACAGUACUUCCUUUGAAUACUACACUUCACUUAGCAUGCUAAUAGUGACUACAAAAGACUUCCCCAGUUAGGAUCCUUUCUAAGGCCAAAAAAGGUCUAGCUGACAGGAUGGCCCAUUAAGAUAAGGGAAAGUGUCCUUGUUUUGCAAGAGAUGUUCAUUUACAUUUGAAAGAUGCAUCAAGCAAGCGAAAACUAACCAAGGGGAAGUGGUGGUGAUUAUUUUGAAAUCCACAUUUUCCAGAAUUGACAUCACACAUUUACACAAUAGACUGUGAUAUGGGUCAGCUCUCCCUUACAAAGCAAACAUUUGACCACAUCUGUAAUUACAAAUACAGUAGUUGUUCACACCUAAGAUUCAACUAGGAUUGAUUCAGAGUUUUAACAGUAAGUUUACUGUUUGCAGGAAAAAUUUUGCCUGGUGUAUGUAGUCACUGUGCCAACUAAAUAUUUUUAAGACCACCCUGUGACUGAACAUGGUUUUGGAAAGCAGUUUAUACAACUAUCCUUAUACAGUGGUACCUCGGGUUAAGUACUUAAUUCGUUUCGGAGGUCCGUUCUUAACCUGAAACUGUUCUUAACCUGAAGCACCACUUUAGCUAAUGGGGCCUCCUGCUGCCGCCGCACCGCCGGAACACGAUUUCUGUUCUCAUCCUGAAGCAAAGUUCUUAACCUGAAGCACUAUUUGUGGGUUAGCGGAGUCUAUAACCUGAGGCGUAUGUAACCGGAAGCGUAUGUAACCUGAGGUACCACUGUACUGGAGCAAGCAGACUGAGCUCAUAUUGCCAACCUGUCAGUUGGCAAGAAGCCAAAAUAUCAAGAAGUGAUAACUUUAUACAGUAUUUGGUCUAUUCUGAAUCACUCUUUCCCCGAAAGUGGGGGAAUUAGGGAUGGUGUGCAUGUUACUUAUUUUCUAGUGCCUGUUUCAGGCUGUUAGCUGGUCAGUCUCUCCCCUUCCCGGGGUGGGGGUGGGGGUGGAAUAUGGGACCUUAUCCUCUUUCGCUGCAUCUCUGGAGCUUGAAAUUUGCAACAACUCUAAUAGUCAUUUGUCAGAAAAUUAGGGCCGAGUAGUUUUUGGGCUGACCAAAUGAAAAACAUUUUGUUUAUUUGGGGGUUGGGAGAGAUUUGACUUUGCACCCCCUGCGUAUGGAUCACAUUGCUGCAAGGCUGUGCUUUGGAAUUAAAUGCUGAGGACUGUCAGAUGCUAGACACAGAGAAGAGGCUGAGUUUUGUCAGCAAAUGGGAUCUGCAAGUUAAUUGGUGUUUUCUGCAGGCUCCUGGCUGUGAUAUGAAAUUGGAAGCCCUUUAGCCACAUGGAUAAUACAGGGCCUGAAUACAAAUGUCACAAGUUGCCAUCGAGAUCCGCCGAGAGACAAAAGCGCUCCCCACUUGAACGCUGCACUAUUACCGAUCAUUUAAAUAUUGGGGGGGGGGGUUACGUUUUUAAACUAAAAGCCCCAUUUGCCUUUUAAUGGCAAUUUAAAUGUCCUCUUAGCAAAAGCUAAGUGACAAAUUAAAUGAAAAAAGUGUCCACAUUUUUUUAAAAAAAGUUGUAAUGCAAAACAAUCUUUUAUUGCUUCUCAUGUGCCACGAAUAAAUCAUUAUACUUGUCAACCCUAAACCAAGCCAUAAUUGGUGGAGCUACUGUUAUCAAAGUGGGGCUGCUCUUGUGACAGCUUAAUAAAGCUGAAACUGUUAAAUUAAAUCUCUGAUGCUUUAUCUGUUGAGAGCAGUCAAGCAGAAGAAUCUGUAAGAGGAAUAUCUAUGCUUGGUGGAGUGAUGGAGCCCAACAACUUGUCAACACUUAGAUUACAGGAUCAGAUAUUUAUGUGUGUGUGUGAUCUCUGAUUUUCAUUAUCUCUUCUAGCCUUCCUCUUAUUUUAAGAGUGAGGAAACAUCACACAAGUAUUGUAUAUCAAAACAAACAUUUUAUUCUCCCCCUCCUCUUGGACAUGUGUAUCAACAAGAAAAGCUUUUAAAAAAUAAAAGUAUGGAUCCAGAAUCAAAUGGCUGUUGUGAUGAAUGACUGAGAGAUGUUCAGAGCAUGCCUAUGCUUAUCUGAGGCAGAAAUGGAUUAUAAACUAGUUUGUGAAAGAUUCUUAGUUUUCCUUUGCCGUAAUUCACUUGGUUGAGGUUUGGCCUUUUAUGCUACAAAAUAACCACAGUUUCCCCAAGUUUCACAAGUAGUUUAUUUUAUUUCUACUGCUCAGCGGUGUUCUCAAAUCAGUGUUCCAUCAGAUUGGCAUUCUCCUUGCAGCAAUUGCUCAUUGAUUUUCCCCGUUAAAUAUAGGAGACAUUGCUGAUAUCCUGUGGGAGUUGCUGCCUCAGUUCUUCAGUUCUCUUGGAGUUCCUGCAGAAAGAAACACUUUCCUAAAAUGUUUCUGUGUAUGCUGGAAGCUGCCCAGAGUGACUGAGGCAACCGAGUCAGAUCGGCGGGGUACAAAUAAUAAAAAAAUUAUUGUUUAUUAUUAUUAGUAUAUUGGGAAAAGUUAAUAUUGUUAGAUGUAUUUUGUCAAGCCUCGUGCAAUCACCCCUCUCACUUCACAUGGGAGCAGUCCAAAAGCUUUGACUUCUAAACUAGUGACCACAGUUUGCAUCCAAACUUGGAAUUAUGGUAUAUUGUGAUCCUGGUUUUACUCUCCAUGGUUAUGCUCAGAUUUAAAACUGUGGUGUGUUUUGAUGAAAAACUGCCAUUCAAAAGCAAAGGCCCUCAGUCUGUUCCUCUCACACAUGAGGGAGCAGGAGAGGGGAUGAGUGCACAAGCCCAAGGCUGGCCACAUUACAUUCACAUGAGGGGAAACAGGGGUUUCCAGUAUAGUCUGAAGCAAGCCAACACCUGCUUCAGAGGAAGACACAAAUAUUAAUGAAAACCUUGGAGCAACUUGUCAGUACCCCAUGUCUGCCUUGGGAAGGUAACAUGUUGCAAUUGAUUAAACCUAAAUGAGUGGUGGGAACAUUGUUGUACGUACUUGCACACAUAGUAUGUGAAAUAGGCCUCCAGCACAUGUGUCUUGUCUAGCAAGACUUAAGCUGAUUCCUUACCAGAUGGUAUUUUGUUAUAAUGCAGGUUCAUAUUUUAAGCAUGCUGUAUAGCUUGGUAUUCCAAACCAGAGCACGUCAUAAGUGGUGGUGUUACCGUUACUAAAUGCAUAUUAUGAAAACUUAAAGAUGAGAUUAAAAUAGUCUGAAGGACUGAGAGCAUCAAACUGUACCGCACAAUCAAACUUUUGGAGCAUGUGUAUUUGUGUACUUAAAUGGCAUUUAAUUGCACUUCCAAAAUAGUCCCCAUUUAAUCUUGGCAAGUGGGAGAAAUUAUUCAGAAUGAUUUUCUUUUUUUAACCUAACCAGUUUACAAGACUUGGAAAUAAACAUACAGUACUUUUCGCUGGUUAUACUGAUGCAGAGCAAUAGAAACUGAAACUUGGUAGCAUCUACUUACUCUUCACCAUAAACACCUGAAGACUUUCCACACCUAAUUUAAAUGUUUUAGGAAGUUGUUACAGGGCGGGUGGUUGUGUGUGCGAUAUGUAUUUUGGCUCUUUUCAUUAAAGUAUUUAGGAUACAUGUGUUGUGACUGCACCAUGGAUUUAGAUACAUGUGACUGCACCACAUUUAGAAUUCGCGCACUACCUAAAAAUGUGUAGAGGUCCUGGAAGGAACCUUGCUGAAGCUAGGUAGGUCUGGUCAGGACCUAAAGUGGAAACAUACUGGAAAUUUUUUUCUACCCCUUUAAGUUCCUUAGCUCAGCCAGAGUCCUUCCUUGCUCCACAUUUCCAUUCAGAGGGGUGUUUUGCUGGUUGCCACCCGUGAUGCCAACAGCAGUAGCUUCCACCUUCCUGCGGUUUGGACAGGUACUUUAAGGAGCUGCACAAAAUUUGAGCUCUCCUGCCAGUGGGCCCAGGUGGAGAUGCACCUCUGUCUCCUUAGCACCACAGAUUGGGGAUUUGGAUUGCUGUGCGUGAGUUUGCUUGUAGUCUUCACCUAGCACUAGUAAAUUUGAGUGUGACCUUCUGGGCAAGACUUAGAUGGCAAUAAUAUUGACUUGAUUUGGAAAACAGCUUCACCUGGAGCAUCACAUCCCUAGGUUUGCCACAUCAGUUGCCACGUGAUCAGAGCAGUUCUACAAGAAGUACUCCUUGCACUAGAAGUAUAAGUGUGGGAUGUUGCGUUUGGUGGAUGUGAGCAUGGAGACAGGAAUUUGUAUUCAAUCCAUGUUAUAUAGAGAUGUGGGGUUAUUGGCAGAGCUGUGCCUAAAAUACUGUGGCUAGCCCCCUUCCUCUGUUGACAUCGAAACCAACCUUGAGAUGUAAAUCCUUCUUUGAAUGGAAGCAAAGCUUUAAGGAAGUCUCUGUGCUGUGUUCCUUUGUUACACCCACCCUACAACACCAUGUACAGAAUGUAGCUUGCAGAAGGGCCAUAAUUCCCCCUUGCCAUCAGUCCUGCAGGUAAUCUAUUGCAUUAAUCAGCCAGCUAGUGUGAAAUGCAUGGGGAGUGAUUAUACUAUCAUACACAAUACAAUCAGCAUGAAGCACUUGUCAAGACCAAUACAUCAAAGUUUAAUUCAGUAAUAGAAUGAAUUAGAGCAAAAUGAAGCAUCCUGUACUCCAAGAACCAAAGCAGCCAUUGCAGGUUCUUCACUGAGUGCUCUGUCGGAAAACCAGAUUCCACUGAGGGUGUAUGUUUAUGAAUAAAAAUAGCCACCGCCUCAAUAGCGCAUGCUCAAAUUCACAAGAUUUACCAUGGAAAGUGCAGCAGAGAUAUGCUGACUGUGUAUUCUUUGUUCAUGAUGGCACUGGUUUAAUUAGAUUGUUCUCCAGUGGGGCCUGUGACUUCUGGUAGACAUUAGAUUGAAUGGACAGAGCUUAUUUUGAUAGCAGUUGGGGGCACUUGCUUUUUAUGGGAGGGAGGGUGUGGUGGUUAGGUUAGAUCGAAAGAUACCUUGCAUGGUGAUUCAACAGCCUGCCUCAUCUUCUAGUGAAACUGUGAUAACAGCAUGUAUCUGAAGAAGUGUGCAUGCACAUGAAAGCUCAUACCAAUAACAAACUUAGUUGGUCUCUAAGGUGCUACUGGAAGGAAUUUUUUUUAGCAUACAAAUCUGAUCCGUUUCAGCUGCAACACUGUCAAUAUCCUAGCCAUUAGGAAACCAGGGUCACAAACUUGCAUACUUCUUCACCCCACCCCACCCCAGUUUUUUGUCAGAACUGUGGUAUUACCAUUUGGGUGUCAGUGAAGACAUGACUCUCUGAACCAGUUUGAAAUCAAGGGUUGACACUGUCUUGUAAGCUUUUGCUAUAGUUAAUCCUGGUGAGUUUCAUUGAAGACCUAACACUGUCAAGAGAGGAAAGUUAGUAUUGCAUAGUGAAAUAUUAACAUAAAACCUACCGUGUAUUCACUGGAUAUACUUAUCAUCAAAAGCUUCUGAUGUGUAUUGUUUAAUGCACAACACAAGUAUUGCAUAUAUGGACUCUUGACCCUUGUACUUAUUUUAUAAGGGAAGCAUCUGGGAUGUUCUGUACCCUACAAAUCCUUAAAACUGUGAAUAAUCUGUUAAUCUUCCAAGCGCUUCAACCUUUGUUUUUGCCCCGUGUUAUAGGUGAGAAACUGAGGCUUAUGUGUGUGCCCUCCCUAUUUAGUUCAGAGAAGAUAACCUCUCUAACCUUAUUGGGGGCUUCCCCAGGAAGAGAUGGAAGGUGAAGUGAGACCAUAGCACUGGCCAUUUGACAUCCUGAGCAUAGAGACAUCUGCAAAGGGCUUUCAUGCAAUUGGGACCUCUGAUUGCAUGGGAUCUCCACUUAUGUGAGCCAGUAGUUCCUGUCUUCCUUUGUAAACAUCAUGUUAAAAGUGCAUAUGCAAAGAGGGCAGGCAAAAAAGAAGCAGUAGCAGCAAACUAUGUGCGUUUGGUGAGAAUUGCUGCUGAAAAUAUGUCCCCGAUGAAGGAUUUGUUCCAAAACAUGUUGGGCCAGAAACAAAUAUCACUUCAAGCACCUGGUAUUUUUUCCACUUCUUUGCCUGCUGUUAAUGCUUUUUUUGCAGUUUUAUGGUUGGUUUUCUGCUCCUGCUUUCAGAUUUUUUUCCCCCUAUGGGAGGAAGCAGAGCCAGCAUUAUAGCUGCUGCCCCUUCCAUGUGUCUAGCCUACAUGUGAAGAAAGUCUGAAUAGGGCUUAUAACGGGUAGUUAAACAAGGUCUAAGUUUACGGGUCUGGUAAUCUGGUUGGCUGAACUCCUGUUGCAAAUAGCUGAGUGUAUAUUUCAGGCCUCCACAAAUGUGAAGCCUAACUAACACAGCCACUUACAGUGACCUUCAAGGUGCCUGACAGCCGCUCUCCCUUAUGUUUUCAUUGUUCCAGGCAUGCAGCAAAUCCAGGGGACUUAUUGAGUCUCUGCUGAGCCACCAUGUAGCUGAUGGGCUGGAUUUGGCAUGGUGGAUCACAAAGAUCCACAGGCCUAGUAGAUUCUCAUUCUGUAUCUGGAAGUUUUUAAUGUUUGACCUUUUAUUAUGUUUUCAUUGUGCUGGAAGCCUCCCAGAGUGGCUGGGGAAACCGAGCCUGAUGGGCGGAGUGUAAAUAAGAAAAUUAUUAUUGUUAGUAAUCUUGAGAAGAUUUGCACUCCCCCUCCCAGAUGCUCCUGUGGGUCUGGUUCAGUAUAAGGCAGCUUCCUGUAUUCCUACAAAAACAAACUUUUCUGCUUCAAGAAAAACUAAAGUCUGACUUGACUGACUUAUGCAAUCUAAAUGGUUAUACUAUCAAACUCCUGUGGAGUGUGUGUGAGUAAUUUAAGCACUGCCGCUCAGACCACUGGAAACUUUAUUUAGCUUCCUGUUGGGAUUCUGAGAUUUCACCAGCCAUUGUCCACUAGGGUUGUCAAACAUACUUUUGCAGCCAUAAGGGCUAGGCAUUUAAAAAUAAACAGCAAGCCGAUUUUUCCACCCAAUGUUUUCAGUGCUUUUUCUACUUUUGUGCUGAAAUCACAGGAUGCACGUUGACUAGCUCAUGUUCCAUGCUGCACAGCAAUAAUGCUUCUCCCUGCCCACCGAUUUAUAAACCAACCUUCUUGGUACUUAUGGAUUGGAGUAGCUGUGCCAGUGUUAGAAACUGAGAUAUGAAAGCUAGAAGCUAAAUGGCACCUUACACCUAGAUUAUGGGUGCAACAACCCCCAUAAUCUAGUGGGUCUAGGCAUACUUUUUUAAUAACAAGAAUACAAAGUUGAAAAUGAAUUAACUACAGCUGAAAUAUUAGGUUCAUUUUUCACAUGGUCUAGUCCUUCCCCUGCCCCCCCCAAUAUUCUUAAGAGGGUCUCUUCUCUAGUCUUCAGAGAGUAGCUGGAAGUGGGGAGGAAGAAAGGACUCCUUUCCUUCCACUCUGUAGUUUUCAUCUGAAAUCUUAGGUGCAGUACUGCGCCCAGAGCUCAGAAACUGCUCAUGUUAAUGAAAUUCCCUGUUGCAAAAUGUGCCUAGAACAAUCAGAGUUUCAAACACUGAGCUGUGCCAAGGUUAUAUCAUUACUGCCCAGUGAUUUAACCAUGCUGUGCCCUCCUUAAUGUCCCUUCGCUACCUUUUUCAAAAUGCAUAUGGUAUUUUAUCGGCUGUCUGGCAUUGGUUUGUUUGUUAUUAAGCAUGUGUUUUUGUCUAGGACUCUUGAUAUGAAUGUUGUUUUGAUUCUACAUAGUUCAUAUCCUUGGCUGCCCUUGGAUGGAAAGACAGGGCAUCCAUUUACAAAAAUGUCAUCUCACUCUUGCACCCCCCCCUUUUUUUAACAAUUGAAGUUUCACUGGAUUUGUAGGAAGCAAGUAUUAAUCUCAAAUGAGCAAUUGUCUGUGUGCUUCCUUGGUGCCUUAUGAGGCUGCUGCAUGCUGAGAAGCAGUUAGUAGCGCCUACCGUUAGUAUAACUUAGCACUUUAAUAAUGCCACCUUGUAUUUAUUAGGUUAAAUACUGAUGUAAGGAGAAACUUCAGUCUCUCAUCUCGUUCUUCUUUUUACCUGAUGGAUGAUAAAACACUGUCUGAAAGGUCUUUGUAAUGUCUGUGUUGGAACUAGAGGUCUGAUAUGGCGGAGCCACCUCUUAUUCAGGUCAAGAGGAUGAUUGUGGAACUAGAACUGACAAUACCUCACUAAGAUGUGACAGUUUUAAUACUCUUUCCCUUGUGUGAAAUUAAUACCAAAUUGCAGUCGCAGCAUGAUGCGUCUUCCAAUUAUCUUCAGGGAAAUAUGAAAUUUACAUAUUGGUUUAUGUGUGUUCGCCUCUCUGCUGGGAAAAUUUCAUAGUAGGUUGAGUUGCAUUGCUGGUAAGGGGCAAAAUCUAGACAUCCACCUUCAAAGACCUUGUAUCUCCAAAUUCAAACUGGGUACAAAAUUCUGGUCUUCUGAUUUUACUGUAACGGAUCUGGCAGUUUUGAAAUUGAGAACAGCUUUGAAAAGAGGGGAUUUUGGAGGAAUACGCUCGACUAAUAUGUUGGUACCCUAUGGUACCUAACGCUGAUGUUUUUCCUUCAAAUUUGUGGUUGUAUGUGAGUGGAGAUGGCGAGGUUUUAUGUAAAGAACUGUUCACCAAGUUGCAUGUUUUGUGGUUCAUGUUUAUAUAGAAAAUAAUAAACUUUUAAAAAAAAAAACCCAAAAGGAGUUCUUGGAGACUGGACUCAGAUCCUGUCAAAUUCCCAGCAAAAUCAGAAAUUAGUCAAUUGGAGAGGGGGAGAGACCCCCCUCACUGGAAAUGACUGCAAUAUUGGGGCUGACUGCCAAUUAUCAUUAGUUGAGUGAGGGUACAUGGAACCUAUGAGCUGUUUGUGCUUUCUCUCCACUACUGCAAUGCUGUUAUCAGGUGCCCGCCAGCUCCCAAGGACUGAAUGAUCUUUAAAUUGGUAGAAUGCACUACUAUAGCCAGAUUUCAAAAGAACUACUUCAAACUUAAUAUGUCUCUUGGGACUGGCUACUGUGAACAAAGUAGAUUUUGAUGUUUCUGAAUUCCUCUGUGUAGUGUGUAUGUUAAUCCCCUGCCUUACUCCUGGGUAGUUCUUGACUUGGCAUCCUAGUGACUCUGGCAAGGCCUCUUAGAAUCAUGGAGGGUGUUUAAAAAUGAUUUAAUACACCAUGUCUUGGACAAAUGGCGCUCAGAGGUUCAAGUCUGCUAAGAGGCAGGGAAUCUCCUUGCUUGGCAAACAUCUAAGCCAGGCAUAGGCAAACUCUGGCCCUCCAGAUGUUUGGGACUACAAUUUCCAUCAUCCAUGACCAAUUCCCAUCAUCCAUGACCAUCAAUCCCAGCUAAGGAUGGUGGGAAUUGUAGUCCCAAACAUCUAGAGGGCCGGAAUUUGCCUAUGCCUGAUCUAAGCUUAACACAAGUUGGGGGAAGCACAAAGUGUACAUUUUGUAACCUAAAGCAUAUAAAGAAGGAUGUUACAAGCUGCUAGCAUCCCUUCACAACGUUGAGAAUAUACUGUACUACCUCCCUUUGGACCUGAAUUGCUUUUGAGGAUCAGCAUAAUAUAGCAACCUUUGUUGCAGACACACAUUUGCAUUCUUUGUUAGUCACAUUUGGCUGCUGCAUCUCCCUCUCUGAAAGGCUGUCAUUCAUUUUUAGCAAAUUCUGCAGGUCUUCGAAGUGUGUAAAAACUCUUCCUUGAUGAACAAAUGAAGUGUUGCUAAAUAGUACUUGUAGAUGUCUUCACUCUGCUUGUCAGGAGUCUGCAACAGCAAUAAGACAGCUGAUUUUAAAAGCAGUAUCUUUAUAUUUAAAAAUGUUCUGGCAGUUCGUGAUUUAUUCAUGCCUCUCCUGGCAUGCAGUGUCAGGGACGUAGUUUCUUCAUUGGUUCAGAGUUAAAUGUCAGCAGAAAAUUAGAUCUGUAAAUUCUUACGAAGGAGAGUUUCUCGUGCAUAAUUGCAGGAAUAAUUACGAAGCCUCUUUCUAUUCUUGGAAAGAAAGGGCAACCACUACUGCUAAAAGUAAAAAUGGAAUUGGGAAUUCUCCCCUCAUGUCAUAAAGAAGAGUAGCCCAGCUUGUGGUGCUAAAGCAGAAUAAAGAUAAGGAUGGGAAAGAUUCCACAAGAAAAUGUUAGUGUGCAGUGCUUCUGUUCCCCUUCUGCCCCCUUCAUUCUGCUCUCCUAGCCCUGCCAGUAUGCUUAGUCCUCUUGGACGUCUGAUGGGUUUCCCACUCCAUUUGGGGCCUUUUUCCCCUUUGGCACAAGAAAAUAGAAAUUGUGCUGCUCAGUCCCAGGUACAUUGCAGUCUGGGAUUUCAUCCUUGUCCACAGGCAAUUCUUAGUGUGAACCAUGGAAUGACCUACCCAAACAAAAUGAGAUGAUUUAUUCAGCAUAAAAAAGGUGAAGGGAACCCUGACCAUUAGGUCCAGUCGUGGCCAACUCUGGGGUUGCGGCGCUCAUCUCACUUUAUUGGCCGAGGAAGCCGGCAUACAGCUUCUGGGUCAUGUGGUCAGCAUGACUAAGCCGCUUCUGGCGAAGCAGAGCAGCGCACGGAAACGCCGUUUACCUUCCCGCCGGAGCGGUACCUAUUUAUCUACUUGCACUUUGACGUGCUUUCGAACUGCUAGGUUGGCAGGAGCUGGGACUGAGCAAUGGGAGCUCACCCCAUCGUGGGGAUUCGAACCACCAACCUUCUGAUCGGCAAGCCCUAGGCUCAGUGGUUUAGACCACAUAUAUAGCCUGUGUUUCCUCCCUCCUCCCUUUCAAACCAUGUGAUUCCAUUGCCCCUCCCAAGUGGAUGAAAGCUGUUCCCCUCUCAAUAUGUGUUUGGGCAUUUGCUGAAUCCACGGGCAGGUCUUCUGUGUCCUUGUCGGUGCCCACUCAGUUUCCAACCAUCCCUGUGCUGAACAUUAUUUCAGGGGGGAUUUUCAGCUUGAAUGCGAGUAGAACACCUUUUCUUAUUGGAGAUCCUGGUUCAUCAUUACCUCCAGUCACGCCGAAGAGGGUUCUGCUUGCAUUAAAGGGGACACAAGUAGAAAUCCGAUCCUGAACGUAAAGAAGGGGAUUGAGCGGGUGGGGCAGGGCUUGCAGGUGUACUCCCUCCCCACCCCACCCAACAAAUUCGGCUUCCUAUGUUCUGGCAGGCAAGCACCUGAACACUUUGUCUCGCAACCUCCUGUGUCAUUGAGUUAUUAUGGCAGUUUCCUCAGUGCAAGAAGUGAAGUUACAGGGAACCAAGAAGAGGGCCUUCUCGGUAGUGGCUCCCACCCCGUGGAAUGCCCUCCAUUCAGACGUCAAGGAGAUAAAGAAAUACACAACUUUUAGAAGACACCUGAAAGCAGCCCAGUAUAGGGAAAUCUUUCAUGUUUGAUGUUUUAUUAUGCUUUUAUAUUUGUUGGAAGCUGCCCAGAGUGUCUGGGGCAGAAAUAAUAACAUUUAUUUAUUUAUUUUAUUUUAUUAGGCUGGUUUCGAGGUUUAUCUCCUUUAGAAUUUUUUCUAAAGAUUUAUCUUGUACUUGUGUGAACCUUAGGGUUACCUCAUGUCUGCUAAUAACUUCUAUCUGGGUGGUGUAGUUUUGGCUAUGCAAGUGCGGGCAGCAGAAGAUUUGGAUUUGCAUUAGCAUAUAGAUUAAAUUGUUUCAGCGAAUCUACCCAGGCACUCAGUUUUAGCAUGUACUUUUAUUUUGAAUAAUUGUUUGAAAAUUGCAGAUUUUAUUUGUAUUUAAAGUAUUGUGUUAACUUGUUUUGUUUUUUUAGCUGGUGUGUGUGUGCGUGUGUAAAUGAAUAAAUAAAUAAUAUUUUAGAUUGUUCUUGAUGAAUUACUUAGAGGUCUUCUGUUGAGUAAGCAGUGUUUAAUUUUUGUUAAUGAAUAUAAAUGAACAGGUUUAAGUUGAUAUUUGUGUAGGUUGGAAACUUAGUAUUGUCACACUUUCUUAAUAUAUACAUUUUAAAUUUUAUGUGGGAAGUACACUUGCUUUUCACCAAGUCUUGAGAGAGAGAUUGCUGUUUUGUGUCUCCCUCCAAAAAAUAUAUUAAAAAAUUGGCAUUUCAAUGUGAGUUUGUUGUUAGUUUUCAUACAAUUAUUUCUGUCAUGUUGCCUUUAAGAUACUGGAACAGCAUCGUGCAUGUGCUUGUGACAUUGAGGUGGCAGAUUGGCUAAUGUGGUUUUGCAGCAUACCUUUGGCAUCCAUAUAAAGCUUGCUAUGAUUUCCCUAAAAUUUAAGGUAACUAGCCCCACUGCAUUUUCUGUGUCAUUUAAUAGGUGCUCUUUGGAUGUGCAUAGUCUUAAAUCCUCAUUGCAAGGUGGAACAAAAGGCCAGUUGGCUGAAACAGCUGAAGAAAUGGAACAGUGUUGAUGUUUGUCCCUGGGAAGAUGGGAACCAUGGAAAUGACCUGCCCAGUCUAACCAAUGCUUUGCCUCAGGGUGCAAAUGCAAUCCAAGGUGAGCCCUGACUUAAUUUACUCUCUGAGACACAUGAAAUGCAAUUUAGACUCUCUGCCUGGACCAUCAUGCUCGUUUUGUCUAGCAACAACCUUAGUCCAUCGUCUUGUUCAUAUUCAUGGCUGAGGAUUGUGGUGCCACUGCUGGUGGGGAAAACAAGUCUACAGGCUCUGUGCUAGAGUUGGGCAACUUACGGGCUCCAUGUUUAUUUUUAUUUUGAUAAAGCUUUAUUAACAGUUUUCACAUUACAAUAAAAGACAAACUAAUCACACAAAAAUAAUAAAAAGAAAAGGAAUAAAAGAACAGAGAAAAGAUAGAAGAGAUAAGCACAGAAUCCUCUCUCACAGAUAUAUUUUAAACUUCUGUCACAUACAGAAAAGGGUGUGUCCUCCCAGCUCUCACCUCCCAGGUAGCUGACCCUACUGCACUCAUUUGUCUCCACUAGGGUGCGUGACAUCACCUAGGGAGAGGUGAAUCAUGGAAUAUUCAUUCAGCCAAACAGUCUCCCCGCGAAAGGUUUGUGGCAUCUUUCACCUCCCGGAAAAGAGGGCAUAUUCUAGCCUUCUCAAGCUGCACUGUAGCUGCUGUCAAAAAGGUUCUUGAAGGUGAGAGGGAUCUAGGAGCAAAGCACAGCUUUUUCCUAGAUAAUGUGAAGGGCUUAGAUAUCCUAAAUUUGAAUAUUUCCUUUGCAUCACCCACAUUUGUAGACUCACGAUGCUGACAUGUUGCAGGGAAAGGGCAGUGCUCAAGCACACACCCCUCGCCAAACCACCCCAAAACUUAACUGUCCAACUCCCCAAAUGCAACGAUCUCACCAACUGGAACACUCCAGCUCAGGAAGUCUCUGAAACACCAAAAGCUCAGAAAUAGAUGAUCCAGCAAGGAGGCGAAAGGAGGACACCCCAUGGCCAUGCCGGAGUUCAAACAGCAAGUGGCCACGCCCCCAGCUGUGCCGAGAUGCGGCUGGGAGUCCCCAUGACCCAAGCGGCAUCCCUCCACCCUCCCACCGGGUCACUGGAGGUCCCGGAUGCCCUCCCACAACACUGCCCCUCCAGUGAAGGAGAGCGGAUUUGGGUCCUGUCAUAGGUUCCAAUCCAAAUCUCUUUUGUUUCUUCUGUAUGGACCUAUAUUCUUUAAGUGCAAGUUCUCAUUUCAAUGUCUUCCACUAGAGCUAUGUGAUGACACAUGACUUGUUGACUUGCUAAUCUGUUUGUGUGUUUGCAUGGAAAUUAAAUGCAUUAAUAAAAUGGGACACAUGCACACACCCUUUUUUCUGUGACUGUGUCUCAUUAGAAUUAUUGUAGAACCCUGCAUAUGUUCUAUACACACAACCAAUGUAAUAUUUUUUUCUUAGUGAACAUAUAUGUGUAAAAGUAUGAGAGCAAUUUUUAUUAUAUUGGUUGCAAUACACACACACUAUGCAGCCAAGGGUUCAAGUGUCUCUUCUUCUGCUUGGAAGCAUAGUGCAGUUUUUUCUCCAUUUUUAUGGCUCAAAGUGGUUCUGUUGAAUCCACUGUUUAAUUUUGCAACAUACAAUAGAAAGCAGUGGAUCUAAGCCUCAUUUCUGUCAAUUCAAAGCUGUAUUUCCAUGGUGUACAUAUUGACAAACCGCCCAGGAAUUUCUUAGGCAUUUCUGUAAUUGUUUCUGCACAUGCCCAAAUGUUCAAUAUACUUUGUGUACAUAUACAGUGUUAAGACAGGAUGAGUUUUGGCCCCCUCCGGUGUGUAUUAACUUCAAUAGAAUCCUGUGUACUUGUUUUGAAAAAGAAAUAGCUUGUGUAGGGUAAACCUGAAACACUCCUUGUUAGGAAGCAUGUAUUGAUUGUAUUGGAGGAGGGGAGAGUGGGGUGCGAGUUGGGUGUCACCCAUAUGGAGGCAUGAAACUGAUUCUGUUUGAACUCGUGGGCCUGACAGAUUCAUCAAACAGGUCUCACCGGACGGUGUUCACUCGAGCCAUUGAGGCGUGCGAUCUCCAUUGGCAGGACAGCCACUUGCAGCACAUUAUCAGAAGUGACCUGUACACCAACUACUGUUACCAUGAUGAUGCUGAAAACUCACUCUUUGACUCUCACGGGUGGCCCCUCUGGCAUGGUAAGUGGCUCAGCCGGAAAGAGGUUUCCAUGAGUUGAUGCUUUGUUCCAUUUCUAUGGCACUGUUUUUGGGGGACGGGGAGAGGGAUGAAAGGUCUGGCAAUAGCAACAGAGCUUCUCUUCAAACGGUCUUUUAUUCCCUUCCCUUUUUAAAGUACUGUUUUCUCAGAUUCUUUAACAACAACAAAAACCCCUUCUGAAUGCUCCCCUGGGAUGGGGGUUGCUGCAGACGCGGAUGAGCUCUUUAAUAAUGCUUCCCCCUUUCUCUCUGUUCAGAACAUGUGCCUACAGCCUGCGCGAGGGUGGAUGCACUAAGAUCUCAUGGCUAUCCAAGAGAAGCACUGCGGCUAGCAAUAGCUAUUGUCAAUACUCUAAGGAGGCAGCAGCAGAAACAGCAGGAAAUGUUCCGGUUCCAGAAGAAAGGUAAAUGUGGGCAAGAUGAUGUCAAAAGGUUGCAGCCUGGGGAGAGGAAGGUUGGAAUGGGGCCAAGUGCAAGGAAUUGCUGCUUAGAAAUAAAAGACUGCGGCUGUGCAGUGGUUGACUGUAGCGGGCAAUGGGAGGCGGUUCAUUGCCAAGGGCUCUAUAGGGCUAUGGCAGUGUUUGCGCCUCUCUGUAAAAGAGCCAUAAUGCUGGCUUAGAGCUUUUAGGUUCUUCCUACUCCCACCGAUGCCACAUCUUUUGAAUACCUAAAUUCAAAGCAAGGAAUGUUGUAGAAAUAUAUUUGUAAAGCAAGCAACCAAGAUGGUCUCUAAAGCGGCAGAAUAAUUUGGACCGUACUAUUUUCUGCUCCCAACCUUGGACUCUCUCUGCACUGGCUCCAGAAUGGGAAGAGCAUCAGUUUGCAUGUAAGCCUGGAGAUAAAUCUGGGGCUACUGCUUUGUAAAUGUGUGAAAAAGAUGUGUUCAGUUAACUAGUGCAGUGUUGGAUGGGUCUAGUCAUUACAGUGGUACCUCGGGUUACAGACGCUUCAGGUUAUGUGAUUUCCGAACCCGGAAGUACCGGAACGGGUUACUUCUGGGCUUCGGCGCUCGCGGAAGCGCAGAGACACCAAAUCAUGACCUGCAUGUGUGCAGAAGCGGUGCUGUGGGUUGCAAACGCUGCGGGUUGCGAACGUGCCUCCCACACGGAUCACGUUCGCAACCCGAGGUUCUGCUGUAUUCAUAGAAAUAAGGGUUGCUGUCAAACAGCAAACUGUUGCUUGGUUGCUGGAUUCAGGAAUUAGAAGGGGGUUCAGGCAUACAGCACCUCCCCCCAGCUCCUAACACUAUGAAGGCCCAGGAAAUAAUGAAAAUGUGUUUUUUUGGGGGGGCAUUUCUCUGAAGUUGCCCUUUGUUUUUUCCUGAAACAUUGAAAUUACCUUGAACUCCUGACACGGACAGUAGCAUUUGGCAUGUGUCCAAGUAACCUUUCAGUCAAUUUCACUUACAAAAGUUAGUGUUUGAUUUGCCCCAAACUGCAAAGGAAGUGUACAUAGGUGGGGAAAGUAUACGUACAAUUGCAAUCCGGAUUUUAUUCUAUUGGGGUAGUGAAGUCAUUGGAAAGGAAUUUGGGUGUGUGUCUUAACUGCUUAUAUAUCUGUAGUUCCAUGACUGUAGUAAAUUGUGUUUACCUGGUAGUAGCUGGAGAACAUGACAAAGUAUACACAAAUAGGGUUUUGCACAAGCAUUACACAGGAGCUGCCUGCACUGGACAACUUAUUUGCAGGGCUUCCUUCCAUUAUUCUAGACACCCUCCUCUUGCUUCCACUCAUAACUCAUCUCUCUGAGGCCAAAUACAGGCACUGUAGUUGAUCACCCUUCCUUAUUGGGAAAUGGGAGGUUGCAGGUUCUUCAGAAGCUGCAUAGUGUUAGAAUGGACAAAAGGAGUGUAUGAAGGCCUCUCUGUCUGAUGGAAAGGGCACCUGAAGGAUCUCCUGCAUCCCGAUGACGCAUGUACCUUUCAGCUCUACAGAGAACAGCAGUAGUUUUGGGCUUCUUCUUUGCCCAGCAUCUCUACUUGGCAAUAAGCCCUCUACUAACCAGCCCGUGGGCCUCGGCAUAGGUGCCCCUGACAGUGGACCCUGUCUGUCAACAGGGGAUCUGUUUACCUUUUACAUUUUGCAAAUAAGGCAAAUCUAGCUGACUUGAAAGGUAGAUCUUUUAAGAGUUGUCAUGUGACACAUGCCUGGGUUGUUGUUUUCCCCAGUUCCACAGGAUUAGCUUAGUUAAAAUAGUGCUCCUUGUUUUUCUCAACAAGGAAACUAAAAUAGAUAUCUCUUCUGUGCAUACCACAAGUGUGCUUCCUGUUUAUAAAUCCUUCAGCAGUGACUCUAAAGAGAGUUUGGAUAGCUUAUAAUCAAGGAGUCUUGCAUAGACAGUAGGGUAGGCAGUCGUGAUCUAUGGCUUGCUAUGAUAGGCAGUGAGAAAUUGCUUUGUUCUAAUUGAUGCACGGUAGAACUGGCUUUGUAUUUCUGUUUAUCGGUAAGCAGGGGCGGGGUGGGCAGAACAAAAUGGUAUUCCGUGUUAAGCAAAGCUGUGUUUGGUCAGUAUUCUUCUGCAGUUGGCAUUGAUGCAUCUCCCUGAAUGAAAAACGGCCAUGGGCCUUCUGGAUAAUGUGUUCUGUUAUAAGAUACAGUAUUUGGGUUCAAAAUCCAGUUUAUCUGUGGUCACUGAUGGUGCAUAUGCUGUUGCUAGCUACAGUUUCCAUGUCUGAAAAAUCAGGAUGAUGAGGGGGGAAAUGCAAGCUGUUUUGCCUACUAAAAGUACUGUAUGGCCACUAAGGCUGCAUGUAUUUAUUUUUCUAAUGUAGAACUUCUCCACAAAGGUGUUACCUCUAUAACUAACCUGGAAGGCUGGGUUGGGCACCCACUGGACCCAAUUGGCACCCUUUUCAGCAGCCUUAUGGAGGCCUGCAGGGUUGAUGAUGAGAGCUUCCAUGUGUUCUCAGAGUUCACAGGUAAAAUUUGAUCAUGGGUCAACUUGAUGUAUUUUUAAGCAUGCUGUGGUUUUAACUUUGCUUUAGACCUAUUAUUUGCAACCAUGCUUGCAAAACACCAUAACUUAAACAUUUGCUGAAUAGGGGUGUUGACAGUGCUUAAGAGGGAGGGAUGUAGUUUGCAUGUGUGCAUACAAAAUAGUAUUCUUGCCCUACUGUUGAAAUAUAUGAAGCUGCCUUCUACCAAGGCAGACUAUUGGCCUAUCUAGCCUACUGUUUACCCUGACUGGCAUCAGCUCCCAGGACAAAGGUCUUUUCCUUUAAAACUGAUCCUUUAAAAUUGGAGAUGCCAGAGCUUGAACUUUGGACAUUCUGCCUGCAAAGCAAGUGCCUUAUUACUGCUAGUAGUAUUGGCAUUGGCAUUAUUUACAAUACUUUUGCUUAGUGUUUUCAAGUGUACUUGACAUGUGUGCACAACCCUAUGAGGUAGUCAGUGCUGUUGGCCAUAUUGUAGACAGGGGGUACUCAGGCUAAGAGAGUGGCAUGCCCAAGGCUACCUUGUGAGGGUGGCUGCCUUUGUGAAAAUUUGUGGGAGGCUUGCAAACGAUGCAGGAGGACAGGCACAAAUAAGGUGUGUAACCACAAGUAAACUAUUGAGUGACUUGAUGUUUUUUCCCCCGCUCCAGAGAAUAUGGGCCAGUACAAAUCUUUGGAGUACUAUCACCUGCCUGCCCACAAAUUCUUAGAAGAAGGAGAAUCUUAUUUGACGCUGGCUGUGGAAGUGGCAUUGAUAGGACUGGGGCAGCAGCGAAUAAUGCCUGAUGGCUUGUAUGCACAAGAGAAAGUUUGUCGGAAUGAGGAACAGUUAAUUUCCAAGCUACAGGAAAUCGAACUGGAUGACACGCUGGUGAAGAUUUUCCAAAAGCAAGCAGUCUUCCUAUUAGAAGGUAGUUGACUAUUGAUGCUAACCACUUCUUUCAGCAGUUUCUAAUAAAAAGACCAGGUACUCCUCUGGGAGUUGGCUUAUCUGGUAAUUAUCAGGUUCUUAGGAAUCUAAUGGUUGCUUAUAGAUCUUCCAUCAGACACCCAACACCACCCUCAUACUAUACUUAAACAUCGCAUUGAUGUGGAAGUGGAAGGGUCUUGUUUAUGUAUUAUCUCCCCCCCACCCCCCAGUUAGUUAGGCUAGCAUGUAAGGAAACUGAAGUUCAUAAUGACACCACCACUUUCUAGCGAAACAUUGUAAAUGUGUGAAAUUAAACUUGCCCUAGACACUCAUUCCACUGGCCCAAUUUAGAUUGCUUAUGAGGAAUUUCAUACUGUGAGCUUAGUGGGGACCGAAAGUAGCUUUGCAUGUAAAAGUAAGAUUUUUGUCCUACGUCAGAAAUCACACUCUGAUACUUGUGCCUGAAACUUUGCAACAAAGACGUUUUCUUGCCAGUGUCACACUGUAAAUCAUUAAAACACAAGGGAAAGAAAUACAGUGAUGUGUUUUUAUCAUCCUUUAGAGAAAGUGUAUUGCUUACAAGACAUGCACACGAUAAUCCAAAGCACAAGAGUUUUCCAUUGCUUAGACAGAGCAAGAGAAUAGGGCUGGUCUCAAGCUGGAUUGGUAGAGGCUACCUGCCAGUCAUGAUGCCCAGAACAUCUUUCUUAGCAGUGCAGUUCAGCCAAGGCCCAUGCUCGUGACAAGCGAAGUUCCUGUUUGGUGGUUGUAAUCUUAAUGUAAUUAACAGCUGAAGAAUGUAAGAAGAAGAAGCUGGCACUAUGGACACUGUGGGAUUUGUGGGUGGGUGGGUCUGUUUAAAAGUAGUGAAAGUUGUAGAUGUCAUUGUUUUCUUUAGAAGUGUGUUCAAUCUGGCCCUUCUGGAAAAAUGAGAGAAAACAUUACGGGUUUUCUGUUAGUGUCAAAAUGAUGUUAUAUAUUAGCAUUAGGGAAUCUUUAAAGAACAAGUGCGUGCCUUUUUAAAAGCACUUUUUUCCAGCAUUACUUUGGAGCCUUUUGUCAGUGUGCUUUUUUUGGUUGGGGGGUGUUCCCUUAAAGGAUGGAUUCAUCUAGUUUCAGCUUGAUUUGAGCGGGUGCUUCCAAUUCUCUACACUUCAGUGUUUUCAUAGAAUGUAGUUCUUAAGCUGACAACCUCCGCUGCCCUUUUAAAGUAUAGGAAGCUGCCUUCUACUGAAUCAGGCAAAUGGCCUGUCCAGCUAAGUACACUGACUUGGCAGCUGCUUUCCCAAGGUGUCCCAGAGUUUCUCAAAUUAAACCUGGGACCUUUUUCAUGCAGAGUUUGUGCUUUGCCAUUGAACUAUGGCUGCCUCCCCCCUUGUAGCAAGAGGUGCAGCCACUCGCCCCAGUGCUACAGCCCACAUACCUCAGUAGCAAAUAACAUGGGGUCUGAGGAAAGGUCAGGAACCUUUUGCGAUGUUACAUGCACCUGCCCACCACAUGCAAGUGUGUGAGCACAUGCGCACACUCCUGUCCUCUACCUGUUUAGACACCUAUGUUGCAUUAUUUGACUACAUCCAAGGGUAGUGAGGGUGGUGAUUCAGAUACCUUGGCUUGACGUGCAUGGCAGAAAUGCUUCUUAGUCAUCUAACUCCCUGCAUUUUUGCCACUUUAAACUGCAGGGGCAAUUUUCAUAACAAGUCAGCUUAAUGUUAAAGAAAACAUGGAAUAGCUUCUAUACCAAUGAAUGAAAAGUGAACAAAUGAAGUGUUCUGGGCUCUUUGAAUCCAAGAAGGAAAGCUAUAGCCAGGCCACCUUAUUUGCUUCAAUAAGAUAUAUUUAUCACCACCAUUUUCUUUUAGUACUGCACAUUUCUUAGAGGACCCCUCACCAGAGAGCUUAUUUCUCUUCACUGUGAGUGCUUUUUUUUUGGCAAGGAUUAUUACAAUAUUUCUAGAUAACUUUUAGCACUUUCGAUUUUAUGUACAAUCAAACUACAGCACUAUUUAUAAGACUUUCUGUUUUUUUUUUCCUUUCCCAAAUCCCUUCCCUCAUAGCUGGACCCUAUAGCGGUCUAGGUGAAAUCAUCCAUCGAGAGAGUGUUCCAAUGCACACAUUUGCCAAGUAUCUUUUCACCUCUCUCCUACCUCAUGAUGCUGAACUAGCAUACAAAACUGCACUGAGAGCAAUGCGGUACGUGUCUUUAAACCUCAUUUAGAAAAGAAGCAUAAACCCGGUCAACGGUAUGAGCUCCCUUCAGCCAUAAAGUCAUGAGGGAAGGCCUUGCUCCACACACCUGUUCUUUUCGAGGGUAAAAAGGAUGGUGACAAGGAGCAAUGCCUUUUCUGUAGUGGCACCCUGUGUUGUGGAACUCCCAUCUCUAAAGGGGCUCACCAGGUAAGCUCCUUUGACUUUUAAGAAGGCUGGCAAACAACUUCCUCCUUUAAGGAUAGCGAUCCUGAUAGAGGAUGUACACAAUGUGUUUGAUUUAUCUGUGUGUUUGUAGUAGGUUGUUGAAGCCUAUACUUUCAAUGCAAGUGUUUCUGCACUUGUCUUAGAUACAGUUUUUGAGUAACCCUGGAGACCUGUUUGGCUAUAGGAUGGGAAAUCUAAUGAAUGAGUGAAUGAACCAAGAACCGCAAGACUGAUAUAAGGAACAGGUGGGUGGUUAGCACCCAAUUAACUCACACGUUGCAUAGCAUGAGUUAAUUUGAAUCAUAGAAUAGAAUCAUAGAAUCAUAGAGUUGGAAGAGACCACAAGGGCCAUCGAGUCCAACCCCCUGCCAAGCAGGAAACUGUUCUCUAACGUCUGUUUUUUAACCUUCUGAUACAAGCAGUUCAGUUGCUUUAAUCCUCUCCCCUGCUCCAAAAAUGAAAUUCCCAGCAGUAAAAAUUCAAGAGAUAACCCUGAUUUUCAUCUUUCUAAAAAAAGAUAUCUGCUGUGCUUGACACCAAAAGUCUCAGUCCUGGGCUUUUUGAUGUUGUAAUAAAUAGCACUGGGGCGAAUUGCCUUGGUAGAUCUUCACCUUUUCAAGUAUGAGCAGCUGUCUUGCAAACACAGACUGACUUGGAAAACAAUGGCAAAGUUUCCUCCUUACAGCUCUGUGCAUUUUGUGGAAACCUCUCUGAAGUACUCAGUUGUGUUUAUCAUUGCUGGUAGUAAAUCCCAGGGCUCUAAUCUGUUUAGUCUGUCCUUCAGGGCUGCUUAAUGGGCAACCCUUCCUGUUCUCUCAGAGCUGGUGAGGGUGGGGUAAGGAGAGGAUAACGUUCAUGUUACAGCUAUGCUGCUGCAUGGUGAGUCCAGUUCUUUUGUCUGUUUCAUUACCAGCCAUCCUUGGGCACUCCUGGAUAGAAAAUUGGAAUUAAAUGAGGUGUGUCACAGCAUUAAAAUAGCUGAUAGUCUCCUUUUUGCUUUCAGUUCUAGGGCGUUAGGCCUGUCCCAAGGGAGUAUUGAACUGACUCCUUGGGGUGGCUGUGAGUUUAUAUAUCUCAAAGGAAGCCCUUUGGGAAUACAGCUGUGACACACACUAAGAGCAGGGUGGAAAUGGGACCCAUCUGGUCUACCAAAGAGAGACUCUUCUGUUUGACCCACAAAAUUUUCUAUUAGCGCUAAGGCAACUUGAGACAGUAACACAGCCUGUAAUAUGAACAAAGUAUGCUACAACUCUGGAAUAUGUCCAUUGCAUGCUUGGGGCAGAGUACAGUCGCACCUUGGAUCCCGAAUGCCUUGCAACUCGAAUGUUUUGGCUCCCAAACACCGCAAACCCGGAAGUGAGUGUUUGCGAACGUUCUUUGGAAGCCGAACGUCCGGCGGGGCUUGCGCAGCUUCCGAUUAAGUGCAGGAAGCUCCUGCAGCCAAUCGGAAGCUGUGCCUUGUUGUCGAAUGUUUUUGGAAGUCAAAUGGACUUCCGGAAUGGAUUCUGUUUGACAACCAAGGUACGACUAUACUCUGCAUUUCAAGAACUUAAUUUUUUCAAAAACUGAAAAUUAAAAAUCAUAUGAAUUGGAUUCUGCACCAAGAGAAGCAAGCAUUAUGAAAACGUAUACGCAUGGUGCAAAUUAAUCAAGACUUGCAUAAUUUCGCUUUCAUUUUGUAUGAUACGUUUUGUAGUUUUAAAAACUAUUACACAUAAAUUAUUCUGCUUAUUAUUGUUAUCAAGAGAGAGGAAUACCACCAGACGCUUUGUAAACUAGGCUGCAAAGCUGUGCUUGCAUACAUGAAUGGUGUCUUCUGCUCAAGGGAGGGCUGUUUUGCACCUCAGGCUAUAAAGUUAUGCAAUAAAAGGUGGAAAAAAUCUAAAGACAGCCUUCUUCUUGUGCAAAAUCUGGUGGAGCCUUUUGCACAAGUAGAAGCAGGAAAAUGGCUGUAGAAUCCGUGGAACCACGUAAAACUGAGUGAUGCCAGCAUCUGUAGAAGCCGGAGGGCACCAUUUAACUGUGAAGCAGUAGUAGUGAUACUAAUUCUUCAGAGGGCCGUCCUGAUUCAGAGGGCCAUUCCCAAUGAUGAUGUUGAAGAUAAAAUCCCACAGAUGCACAUGUUCACACAGAAUUCUGCUUGUUGACAUUCCUUUUCCAACUGUCCUUCAGUACUUCUUUGACCUUUGAAAGGCUGAGGCUGCUCUGAAUCAUCGUGAUAGGGAGUUCAUGAAAAAAAAAAAGCCAGCUAUUUUCAUUCAAGUAAAUUACAGUGUAGACCCUUCUAAUAAUAGGUCUGUAGUAGGAAGAGAAAUAACUUAUCAGCUUAGGGCAACUAUUUCUUGUUAAAGCUAUUGUAACCUUUUCCAACCACUAUGUGUAGGUUUGCUUCAUAGUCACUUCUUUGCAUUAUGUUAGGCAGAGGUUUUUUCUUUGCAAGAGAAACUGCUGUCACCAGAAUAGCUUCUAAAAUGAUGUUCACUAGUUUGCAGAUAGUUAAAUGGCUGUCUGCUAAAUUGGCAGAUACCAAACCAUUACUAGAAUGUCCCAUUUUCCCACUAAAAACAUAAAGGUGAGGAAAGUCAUAUCAGGAGAAAAAAUGUCCCCCCCCCCCCCCAUUUUUGAAACUUAAUUUUGAAACACAGAUGCUAAAAGUCCAAAGCAUGGAGAAAUUCUUAUUUAAGUUCUAGUUUUCUUAAUUAGGAGAAACAGGCUCCUCCCUGCCCUCAAAGGCUGAGUUUGCACCACACCAUAAGCCAUAGCUAGGGUUUGUUCUUGUUUGAGUGAAACAAACUAUGAUCCCUGGCUUGGAUAGAAUGAUUAAGCCAGGGAUCGUGGCUUGUUGCUUGCACUAGGGAAGGAGCAAAGCAGGAACAAGUUCUGCAUUCACAGCAAACCAUUAACUAUGGUUUAGUGCAACAAGCAAGGCCACUUUGCCUAUGACCUUGUUGAGACAUAACACCAAACCACAGUUUGUCCUUACGAUAACAAGCUUUGAGCUCACAUGUUCUCCUCCUUCGCAUGCAAGAGGAGGGGAUCAAAAGCUUUUGCCUUUGAACUGCCCACAGAUCUGUGUGAUAGCUGAACUGAAGGGAACUGGUUUUGUUUAAACUUUGCAAACAACGGUUGCCACAAGGAACUGCACUCCCUUCAAAGACAGGAGCUUUCAACCUCCCCCUGCUGUGUAUGGAGGAGGAGGGGCACAGCGUAUGAGCCUGAAGCUCAAUGCAGCCUUAAUCUUGUAAUGAGAAACUAACCAGACCUUUGUCUACAUAUUGCAGCAUUUCUGUAGAAGGCACAACUUUUCUCAUGACUAUAAUUUAAUUAUCCACGUAUGUGUGUUUCCUGUUUACAGAUUACUAGUAUUGGAAUCCACAGCUCCAUCAGGAGAUAUGUCUCGUCCACAUCACAUUGCAUCAGUCGUUCCAAAUCGGUACCCCCGGUGGUUCACUCUAAGUCACAUUGAAUCUCAGCAGUGUGAGUUGGCAUCAACUAUGCUAACUGCAGCCAAAGGUACAGUGCUGGCAAUUAAGCAGAUAUCUAUUUUUAGUUGACUAUAUACAUGAGUUUAUAUUGGUCUUGUUCACCAAUGUGGUGCUAAUGGGUAUACAUAAUGUCUGCAUGGGCCUUUCCUGGUGCUCCCAGGGUUUCUUCUCUCUGCUCAAAUUAGACUUGAAAGAAGCAUUCUGUGGCAGACUAUAGAAUAAGUUGUGUUGUACUUGAUUGCAGUGUGUCUGUGGUGCCCACAAUGGUUUUUCCAAAAAGCUGGACUGUCCCUUAUUACAUGAAUGAGCUCCCCUUUCCCUUCUCGUCCUCUGGUGCAGUUGGAAGCGGGGAGAUUGGAAGCUCCCACUUCCCUGUUUAACUAACCCAUGGUUGAUCAUUGUAUUCAAACUCUGACAAAGUGUGGUUAAUCUUAACCAAGGUUUAGAGAAACAAACUAGUCUCAAAACCAUGACUUACGAAAUUGAUGUGUUUCCUUAAAUAUAGUUAAGACUAACCAAGUAACAACAGUUUAGGGUUCAAAUGCAGUUAAUUGUGUAUGGAAGCAAAAGCUUUUGAUCUCUUGGCUCUGCUGAAGCAGAAGAGUGAGGAAGAGGAAGUGUAGCAUAUAUAUCCGCAGUGAGCCAGGCUAAGUAGCCGAAGCAGUACUAAAUAAAAUGUACACAAGCACAUCACUUGCUGUCCAUGUGGCAUGUCCAGCUCACGUGUGCAGCAGAUUUAUUUUGGUACAUAGAUGAAUUCAUAUAGAAAUGGAAAACAUGGAUCUAGAAUGUUUAGUAUCUGUUCACUAAGAAAGGCUUUGAAAUAUUUAUUUCCAUUGUUUGUAGAUAGAUAAUAGAUCAGUAAAAAUAUUCAGCAUUUGAAACAAAUAAAAUAUAAUAAACAACGACAGCAACAGUACCACAGUAAAAAGCAGAGCUGGCUUAACCAAGGCCUGUCUAAGCCUCUGUAAACAAGUGUGUUCAGUGAGGUAGCUGUCUGUGCUUCUAAGGGAAGAGAGAUCCACACCAGGGAUAUAACUGCUGAGAAGGCACUGCCCCUAUCCAUACACAGUGAGCAACAGUUGCUGGUGGGAUUAAAAAAAUGGCCCCCUCUGUUGUCUCAAAAUGUAGGAAGACUGCUGUGGAUAGAAACUUUCCAUCAACGUACCUAGGUCCCAAGUCAUUCAGGGCUUCGCAUGUUAACAUCAGCACCUUUCAACGGAGCCCAGUAAUGUAUAAGCAGCUAAUGUCGAUCCUGCAAGAUAGGUGUUAUAUGGCUGCACAGCUAAGAACCAACCAGUGCUCUAGUAGCAGCACUCUGCACAUAGCUGCAAAUUCCAGACCAUUUUCAAAUAUAACCCUACACAGAACACAUUGACGAGCAGUUGCCAGAGGCUGCAAAACUGUGUGGUCAGACUAUGCCGGUGAACUCGACGGAGCUGCAAAUUGACACACCUUGUCACUGAAACCAUGUGGGCCUCCAGUGACACAGAUGAAACGAAGAGCAGCUCCAAACUACACACCUGCUUCUUCAGGGGGAGUGCAGCUUGACCUAAAGCAGGACAGAUGGAAGUUUCUUGGACACGAGUAGUGUCUACCAACCGCAACUCCAUUUCCUAAGGAUUUAGCUCCAGUUUGUAGGCUGUCAUCUAGUCCAUUGCCACCUCCAGUCACUGGUUCAGCACCAUCAAAACUUGCAUUUGCUACAGAUGGUAUGGAGAUAACCACAUCAGAUGCAUAUUGAUGACACUGUCUGUGUGAUGGCACAUUGCAAUAUUCCUGUCACUGCUUGUGUUCAUGCAUAUAUAUAUUUUGGCUGACCUUGCAGGUGAUGUCCGAAGGCUUGAAACAGUGUUAGAAUCUAUCCAGAAAAACAUUCACUCCUCAUCGCACAUCUUCAAGCUUGCCCAGGAUGCAUUUAAAAUAGCAACGCUUAUGGACAGUCUGCCAGAUAUCACUCUUUUGAAAGUCUCUCUGGAGCUGGGUCUUCAGGUAUUUUUCUUCUUAAUGCUGUUUUAAUGCUUCAGUAAGAUACUAUAAAAUCUUGGAUCAAUUUCCUCUCUCAAACACUUAAGAUGUGUAAGAAAUGCUUCUCUUUCUUGCGGCAGAGCUGAUGGAGAGACUCCAAAGUGCCCCUUUUGACUAAUUUCUAAGCAAUGCGUAUUCUCAUUUUUCUUGCAUUGUGACAACUCUAUGAUACAGUUUUAGUCUCUCUAAAAUGCCCAUCUUUUUUGUGAACAGGUGAUGCGCAUGACUUUGUCAACCUUGAAUUGGAGGCGGCGGGAGAUGGUGAGGUGGUUGGUAACAUGUGCAACAGAAGUAGGUAAGUGGUGCCAUUGGUCUCUGAUGAAUUCUGAUUUAACUAGCACUGUGAGAUAGUGUAAUCAGUCAAUCAAGCAUUUUAUUUGUAUGCUGCCUUUCCAAAGUUAAAACCAUGCUCCAAGUGGCUUACAACAUGCAAAAAAACCAACCCACAUAAUUACAAACAUAACAGAACAAUAUAUAAAACAUUAAGAAACACACAACCAAAUUGAACUGUUUCCACAUAAAUCAUAAGAUACAAAAAAUAUCAAUAACAACAACCACAACCACGACAAUACCCCAACCCAGGAACCUGUUCAGCAGCCUCACCUUUUGUAGCUGGAGUCAGUCCGGGCCCCACCCUCCCAAACCAGAUGGCACAAGGCAUGCAAGGCAGGGAGCAGGUCUUCCAGGACUCACAGCCAAGAUGGUCUCUAUAUGCUGCUCUUCCAAGAAGAACCUGGGUACUUCUACAUCAAAUAUGUAUCUUGUGGUGUUUUUUUUAAAAAAUUACCUGUCUCUGUGCAGUAACGCCACACUGACAUGAACUGAGAGUACAAAACUUAAACUGUCCUCAGCAAGAGAGCCUGAGCUCCAUGCAGGAGAUCCCAAACAGACAGAGGAAUGCAGCCACCUGAAGGAAGUAGCUUAACCUUACUUGCUAUGUCCCCAAAUAAAAGAUUGGGAACCUCCUUUGCAGGAAUUUAUACAAGGAUAGAAGCUGAAAAGUGUGCCCUUAUAUGAAUUGUGCCAAGGAGGCAGGAGAAAGGCACUCCCCUGACAGUCUCCCAAAUUUGGAGCAAAUUAUGAAAUGCCAGUAGUGUUCCAGUGGUUGUGCAUUCACAAGAACAGUAAAGUUCUCUACAAAGUUAUUCAAAUUAAAUAACUUUUUAGAGAGCUGCAUGUUCUCUUAAAUGCCACAUCAAUCAUGCAUGCCUCUCUUUUUCUCUCUCCUUUCAGUGUGUCUUCUAAAAUCAUAAACUGAUUUGUCCAAACCUUUGGCUGUAUUCCUAGUUUUAUCUGCUACUCAUGGCUGCUUUAUGGUUUGCAGCUUUCAAAUUUGGCCACCAACAGACUUGUGCAGGAGUGUAGAGUGCCAUUACUUUCUGAGAAACUGGAAAGGAAAACCCAAUCUGUAUUCUGUUUUUGGUUUUAUGAAGAUGGGUGCUGUUCCCCAAGCAGAUUUUCUACAUCACUGCAACACUUAGUGGUCAGGAUUGCAUUUUCCCUGUGUCUGUUGAGUUUACUAUUCUUUGCUCUCCUAUCAAGCGAUGCUAUCAGCAAAUUUGCAUCCUCUCUCUUUCUCUUUUUUAAUAGCAUGUUUGUCUUGGCCAAGUUAAUUGAAACCUAGAUUGAGUUCUAGAUAUUAGAGGGCAAGUGUGUUUUGCUCAGUUAACUAUUGGCAAGCAAAUUGCUUUUUUAUUCCGCUGUACAUUAGCAUAUAUAUGUAUAGCUUCCAUAAGGAAGCUGUAAUGUCAAGCAAAGAUCACCUCUGAGACUCUAGGAAGUUUGUAAAUGAGGGACAUGUUUGUUUAUGUAAAUGAAGGCCAGGCAUUGAGUGGAUGGCCUCAGUGCCUAGCGUUGGGUAAGGAGGGGUUAUGUGUAUGCAUGCAUUAUAGUACAGCAGGGCCCAACUGAGCAAAAUAAGGACCUCUGGGUGUGGUUAGAUGAGUGCACAGAUGUGUGCAAAUUACUUUGAGUAAUAAUGAGGCACUCAAGCUGCCUAUAAGCUUCAAUUUAUGAAGCCCAUCAGUCAUUGUUCGCCCUCACAAGAGCAACAAAAGGGUACUAAAGAAACCUGCACAUUUCAGAUCGGAAGGCUGGUAGUGACUCUAGAUGAAGAUGUUGCCUUUAAGGACAGAGAUUUCUAUUUUCCUGCUGGGGUUAUAUCCAGUUCAGUUUUGACUUCUUCCUCUUUUUUCCAUGGAAGGGGGUGUUAGUUCUUUAGGAGGGAAAUACAUUGAGCAUUGGGACUUUUUGGGAAUGGGCCACACACACUCAAGCUUGGGGGGGGGCAGUUUGUUCACACAAUGUGUUGUCUUGGAAUGCUAAUCUUUAUUGGAGCCGUAUCAUUGGGAUUCUCAAUCUGGUUUUCAUCGCUUCCAAAGAUAGGGGCCAAGGGGACUUCAGCCCCCCAAAGUUGAUGGGCAUUGCCAUUCAAACGGUGUGCAUGCACCACAUCACGUGAUCAAUUAUGUGGAGUGGGGUGUACCUGCCCCCCUUUUUUAUUCAAGUUGGCACUCCUGCUUCGAAAUCAGGUGUGCAGGCUAAAGUACAGUGGUACCUCAGGUAACAUACGCUUCAGCUUACAGACUCCGCUAACCCAGAAAUAGUACCUCAGGUUAAGAACUUUGCUUCAGUAUGAGAACAGAAAUCGUGCUCCAGUGGCACGGCGGCAGUGGGAGGCCCCAUUAGCUAAAGUGUUACCUCAGGUUAAGAACAGUUUCAGGUUAAGAACGGACCUCCGGAAUGAAUUAAGUUCUUAACCUUGAGGUACCACUGUAAUAAGAACCAAUGUUGCUCAUAGGCUGUGAUAGGUUGGGUCUGUUCUUCCACUUUAUUAGGAAUGCUCAGCCCUGAUCUCAACACACGGACAUUGGUGGGUCUUCUACUGAGUGUUACAGACAAGGUCACAGAUUUGUUCUUUUAGAUACAUAUUCAGGUUCGCCAUAUUUGGUGACAAACGUUUCCUUCUGUGCCUCACAGGUGUUUAUGCACUGGAUAGCAUCAUGCAAAGCUGGUUUACACUUUUCACUCCGACCGAAGCGACUAGCAUUGUUGCGACCACGGUGAUGUCCAACAGCACUAUAGUCCGCCUGCAUCUGGACUGCCACCAGCAAGAGAAGCUUGCCAGCAGUGCUAGGACGCUUGCUCUUCAGUGUGCCAUGAAGGACCCUCAGAACUGCGCCCUCUCUGCGCUGACCUUGUGUGAGAAGGAUCACAUAGCUUUUGAGACGGCUUACCAAAUUGUCCUCGACGCUGCUGCAACCGGCAUGAGCUACACGCAGCUCUUCACUAUAGCGCGGUACAUGGAGCAUCGCGGCUACCCCAUGCGGGCCUACAAGCUGGCCACGUUGGCCAUGACGCAUCUCAACCUGAGUUACAAUCAGGACACGCACCCUGCCAUUAACGACGUUUUGUGGGCCUGCGCACUUAGCCACUCCCUCGGGAAGAACGAGCUGGCGGCGAUCAUACCUCUGGUGGUCAAAAGUGUCAAAUGUGCAACGGUACUGUCGGACAUCUUGCGUCGGUGUACUUUGACCACUCCCGGAAUGGUGGGGCUCCACGGAAGGAGGAACUCGGGCAAGCUGAUGUCAUUGGACAAAGCGCCGCUAAGGCAACUCCUGGAUGCCACCAUCGGAGCGUACAUUAACACCACGCAUUCCCGGCUCACGCACAUCAGUCCCCGGCAUUACAGCGAGUUCAUAGAGUUCCUGAGCAAGGCCCGAGAGACCUUCUUAAUGGCUCACGACGGACACAUUCAGUUUACACAGUUCAUUGACAACCUGAAACAAAUUUACAAAGGCAAAAAGAAACUGAUGAUGUUGGUUCGCGAACGGUUUGGUUGACAAUAAAAAUGUGUGUGAAUGGGGGGUGGGUUGGGUUGUGGGGGGGGGGGAGCAUUGGGAGGGUGGUAUGUUUUUACUUGAGCCUGCCUUUGUAUCCUUUUUAACUUAAAACAGAGCCACACCGGUAUUAUAUGUGUAUAGUUAUAUACUGAGUUUGCAAAACUAAAUUGUCACGUUGUGAAAGUUUGUGUGUUGUUUUUUUCCUCUCUCUUCCCCUUUCCUUUUCUGUUUUCGUAUGAGAGAUUGAGAGGCUUAAAAAAAAUAAAAAGUUUGGUUUACACUGAGUAUAUGUUGUCAAGUGGCAAAAGCCCACAGAGCUCUCCUGUUCUUUCUGUAUAUGUUCACAGCCUCAAAACAAAAAAAAAAAAGAGAAAUAUAUUGCAAUGGCUUUAAAAAAAAUACAAAACCAAACAAACACCUCCAUCCUGUGAUAAGUACCUCGAAUGGCUCCAGCUUUACUCCUUUGUAACUCAUCCUGACAUUUCAGCUUAUUUAAAUGAACCAACCAACUCAACCACACAAAUAACUAAAUAGUUUCAAAGGCUGACCCACGUGGCUUUGCAGUGCUUGUUCAUCCAGAAGCAUGGCACACGAUGCUUGUGCAUGUGGAAACUUAGCGACUGUCAACAUACAUUCUCAGGGAUUUAUCUGGAAAAUAAAAUUAAAAAGAAUGAGAGCAUUUAUUGUACUGUAUAUAUAUAUAUAUUAUACUAUAUGUCGGAAUAUUGAGAAUAAAAUAUAACAUUAACUAAUUUAUAAAGAAAAAAGAAAAAAAAACCUAUAAUGCAAAAUACUUGAAGCUGCAGUAGCUUGGUUUUUAAACAAACAAGGAAACGUAUUGGAAAAGACUAAAGUGCGCCCAGCUUCAGGGCUGGCUCAGGUGAUGAACUGAAUAUGCUGGGCAUCUAUGCAGAGCCACCUUUUUGGAUUGAAUUGUUGGAUGGAAAUUGGGGAGAAUUUUAUACAUAUAUAUAUAUUUAUACAGGCGAGUGUAUGCAUAUAUACAUAUGUAUGGAUCCACACUUGCGUGCUUGUAACAGGUACUCUAGUCAAGAGGGGACAACACAGCCAGAGCAGCAAGCCUUAGCAUUAAGAAUACAUACAGUAUGCCAGAUUUGGGGUUUGUGCCUCCUAGCCUAGAAAACUUAAAUAUCCCUUUUUCACACAGAGGAUGGCUACAGAUAACGUCGCCCCUACAUUGCCGCUACUUGUAAACUUAUCAAGGUGUGCACGAAACCUGUGUGACGUCCUGGCCACGUGUAGCCCCUGGUCAUUGGUAAGGUGACAUUUUUAAAAAAACUGCUGGGCUUGAUCCAAAUACAACAGGGAAAAAAGAGUUGUGCCGUAAAAAUUGCCUUGCCACGUGGCCGGACGCUGCAAAUGGCCAGUUUCCCAUGUGGUUCAUACCCACUGUGGUUAGUUCACAAGUGGCAACUGUGAGGUAGAAGUUUGCCUGUGGCUACCUACAAUGUUUUCCAAAACAAUUGACAUAAUACAUUACACCUUUGCAGUGAGCUAAUAAUAAGCUAACCUUUGUGCACAAAUAACAUAUAUAUUAUAUAUAUAUAUAAAUAUAUUCUGCAUAGGUAUUUGACUUUGUGCAGGACAGAAAGUUGUGUAGGUAUGACUGUUCUACUUUUCAGUUUGUUUGUUUUUUCAAAAAAUAUUUUUUAUUUCUUCUAGAAUUACUUCAAAAGAAAGCAGCCUUCUAUCUUGCCUUGUCUUAAUGCUUUAAAAUAACCAAACUGGAGAUCUAACUACCAAACUGUUCAUUAUAUUAUUAUUACUGUUAUUACCAACUUUGGUUACAGUAUAGUGUCCUUUAUUUUAGCUGAUGGUUCUGUACCCUUGUGCUUUUUAAAGCAUUUUUUUUUUUAACAUUUUGGUGCAAAAGUUGUCCCGUGUCUCUUGUUCCCUUUGUUAGAGAACAUGCUAGAAGUAUGUUUGUAGAUUUUGUUUGUUUGUUUAGAGGGGGGGAACUUGUUUCAUGCUCUCCAUUUUAUUUAUUAUACUAGGGGGAAAAGGUUGUAUUUCAUCACCCCAUGUAAACAUGCUCAUGAAGUUGAAAGUAAUUAAGAUUUGAUACACUGAUAUCAAUUUAUUUAUGUAACUAAAUCACUGUUUUAUAAACUUGUUAAUG